AUGUCGUCUAGGUAUACAAUUAGACGAACUCCCCGACUGCGUAACCAGGCCAUCACAGGUCGUAGUAGCUUUGUGAAGCACCACGAUGCUGAGGAGAGGCCGAAGGGUAGGCAGGUAAAUCGCCAAGUCUCGUGCAGCCAGUAAAAGCGUGGGAGGUACCACCGCAAUCGGUACCGUCAGGUAUGCGUCUUUGAGAUCUAGCUUCGCUAGCCAUUCUCCGUGAAGGAGAAGAUCUCGUAGCAAGUGAAUACCUUCCAUCUUGAAAUGGCGGUACCGGACUAUGGCAUUGAGGGGGUGCAGAUUUAUGACGGGUCUCAGUUGACCGCCUUUCUUUUCCACCAGGAAAAUGUUGCUUAUGACACCUGCGGGGUUGAGAGGUGCCCGUUUUAUAGCCCUUUUGAUAAGAAGGGUGGAGAGUUCCUCGUCGAUCAGUCUGCGAUCCUGGAGUGAAAAGCAGAUCGGUCGAGGAGGGUGAAUGUGUAUCAGAUGUUCUAUUAGUUCUACGUGGAAGCCCCAAAUAGUGGCCAGCACCCAGGGGUCUGAUGUUAUUUGUGACCAAGCUGGGAAAAAAUGUCGGAGUCUGCCCCCUACACAAACCAGAGAAGAAGUAUGAGGUAACUCACCGUAUGGUCGUCUGGAACUGGAGUUGCCCCGGAAACCUCUGGAUCGCCACGGACGUCUGCGUGACGGGAAGAAGGUGGGACGGGGGUUAAAUUCCUGGUACUGCGUACGUUAUUGGAAGGAGCCUCUUCCCGUGCCACGGGAUUGGGAGUAGUUACGGCUGGACAGACGGCUCCUGAAUCUGCCCGCCCUAGUGGAGACCCGCCCCUGGAAAACCCAUCUCAUGGAGGCCUGGGCCGUAUAGAGGGCUGUGAAUGCCCUAACAAAACGCCCUAAAUCUUUAAUAAAGGAAUCGCCGAAGAGCAAUCCUUGGGCGUGCUUGCCCGCCUCUGUGAGGGCGAGAUUGGCCAGUUUGGGUUCUAUCUUAAAUAAGAUGGCUUUACGCCGUUCAAUCGAGAGGGAGGUAUUAACACUACCAGCAAUACAUAUUGCUCUCUGGACCCAAUCACGUAGGUCUUCAGGGUCAACCAUGCGGUUCUCCGCUCUGGCGUCUUCCGCCAAGUCAAAUCAUUUAGCCAGGGGGCUGAAUAUGUACAGGUGUUUAUCCUGGCAGGAUUUUAGUGCAGAUUCCAGCCCCUUACGGGGGUUCCAGCCCAAUUUAGUUCGGAACUGUGUCAUCUUGGGGUCUACCUCCGGAGUGUCGCAAACUUUAUUGGGCGCCACAGGCCUUGGACACUCCGCCCUCAAUCUGUUGCGUGCCGCUUUACUAAGGGGGCGCCGGACCCAAUUUCCGAGAUACGUGGCAACGUGGUCGGCCGGGAGCCACUCUGCCGAUCUCGGAUGGUGUAGGUCAUCCGGGUCGAAGAGUGGGACACCCGAAGGAUCCACCAGGGUGGACCCCGCGGCCGCGGGGUGCCUAGUCCCUGUAUCACCUCCGGACAUCUCUGCUUGAGCAGAGGUCAAAGCCUGUAUCAGCGGCAUCCGCAUCAGUCACUUUUCCAUCUGCCUGGCACAGAAAGGCUCUUUUGUGUGGAUGGGACACGCUUUCUGGGGCGAGCGUAGGUACGCCAGUCAUGGUGUUUCUGGAGGCAGAAGGGUGUUUAGUCUUAUGGGUAGCCUUUUUAAGUGUUUCUCCCUGUGGGUUCACAGCAGGACGCGAUAGAGGCAUCGUGGAGCCCGAGUAUUGCUCGUUCGAAGGACGUGGCAAGAGGGCCUGUGAAAUGGUGUGGGAGAGGGUAGAUGACAUAGACCCCACGGCCGCCAUAAUAGCGGCUGUCACCGAGCGCUGUAGCGCUAAGAACUGUGCCCCAUCAGGGUAGGUAGUUCUAUCUGUCAGAGUGGGUGAAUUUCCUGAGGUGACCCUCUUGGUAUCACACUCCCCAGAGGGUGUGGAACCAGAAGUUAGUCUGGGUUUAGGCAUGAUAAGUGUAGCCAGAAAUGAAUCCCUAAUAAACUAAAGGAAUAGUAUGGGUUAGUCACCCAAAACAGCAACAACAAGGAAAAAAAAAAAAAAGCAAUACUGUAUAAUACCAGUUACCAAUAAAUAUCUAAAUAAUAAAAUCAAUAAGAAAAAAACUAGAAUUGAAUGUCAAUAGGACAAAAUGUGACAUGUACUUAUCUUUGUGUCUGAGCAGCAAACAAAGAGGGAAAUGGAAGGGAAGUGCUGCCUAUUAUACUGGGACCUGAGCGGGGAGGGGCCUUCUUUCUGUAUGUUCAUUAUUUUUUCAUUCUGUUUAUAUCCUUUGCUGCUAUUGGUGGACAGUAAAGAAAGGGAUAUGCAAUAUGAGCCUCUGUGUCUUGUUAUAAAAUCCUUGUUUAUCUUUUAAAAUGGAAAAUCCACAGGAGGUGAAAGAUAUGUAUGAACAUUUAUGGACGCUCUAUACUGUAACCAGGCACUAUGGCAGACAAUGCGCAUUUGAAUACUUUUACAAAAGCAAUAUCAAUUGUUUACAAAUAUGACCAGUUACACUGUUAUUUGCAUUCCCUUUAUAGGUGAUCUGUUUUAUUUUGAGAAAGACGGACUGUGUUAAAUAAGGAGCCAUGCCAACAUGUUAAAGAAAGAGCAGUCAUUGACUUUUAGUUCCCUUAAUCACCUUGUUGUAGGUAUUACUUUGAUUCCAGAAGCAGUUUUGAUUGAACUUGUUAAUACACCACAGCAAAGUAAACAUAAGCCACAAGCUAAGCAUUAUCCUUUUGAAGGCAGAAAGAAAUUCCAGCUUCUGGAUAAGUCAAUGAUGCCACUUAACGCAGUGCAUUGACUUUCAAUAAUAAUCUGGAAGCACUCAGUCUGCUGGGGCAUUUGUCUAAAGGUUGAGGGGGUCUGUUUAUAAAGGUUAAAGAGAUGCUUGUUUUGAUUCAUGGAACCGGUUUUCCGGAUAUAUUAAUUUAAAAAAAAAAAUCAGCUGCCUUCAUAAUGAACACGAGGAAUAACUUGGAUAAUGUAGAAUGCUCAAUCGUUAAUUUUACCACCACUGUCUGAUGUCCGGCACCUUUUUACUCUGUGUUUCAGCUAUAACCGUAAAAUGUAAUGGAUGAUGUAGAUCAGUAUGGGAAUUUUGAUUUGUGCAUCCCUAAGUAUUAAUGCAACAUGAUGGAAGAGAUAUGAGAUAAAUGAAGGAAUUUAGGUAAAUGAUCUAAUACUGUGCACACGAAACUUUGGCAGGUUGUGGGCUCGAUUUCCUCCUGGAAUGCUUUGCUGGUUGGCUUAGCAUGCGACACACUCUGUAACACCUGGUAUACGAAGUGUUAGCCAUCCCUGAACUUGCUUACUGAUACAGGCUUGUGUCAAAGGAUCUUCUAGAGUUCAUUAUACUGCCAAUGUUUCCCUAUUUAGGAGGGACAGUCUAUAUUGUUUACCCCCAAAUCCUUCUAUCCCUCCUUUCUAGCCUAAUGAAGCUCUUUUCCAGGAGCUCCAUAUUGUAGGUGGGUCUGAGUUCAUAACUGAGCUACAGCAAUAAUACAGUAUUGUGUCUUUAAAAUACAGUAAAUGUGUUUAGAAAUCAGUCUGGGUAAACAAAGCUAUAUUUGUGUUUUUUUUUUCUAAAUUAUAUAUUUGUUGCUUAAAUUGUUUAGUAAGUCACCUAAAAAUAAAUCAUAACAGGCCCGCCCUUAUCACAUUCCGAAAAUUAAACUCUUCUUUUUAGUCCAUUUCAAAUGUUGGGAGGUAUCGGUCAUACAUUCUAGCUAAAGAAUUGGCGAUGCGUAAAGCCCAGUCUGGUGAGAGGGAAUCGAUAAUUGGUAUCCUCAGACUUUGACACUAUCUACACAUAUAUCAGACCAUUCCCAUUUAAAUCCAGGAUUACAAUUUUAAAAAUCAUAAGGAGAAGACACCUGAAUCUGGAUUUUACUGAUCACAAGUAUGACGUAUGCAUUUUUCAUGAAUGCUCCUGAUUAAAAUGGAGAUAUAUUUAUUAUAACUAGAUCUCCUGGUACAAUAUGUCCUCCUGCCCCCUGCUGCUCUCCAUUUGUUAACGAUUUUAUAAUCACGUGGAAGCCUAUAAUCCUAGACAGUGCUUUAAAUUUUCAGCAGUCCAUCAUCCAAUAGAACAUUUGUAAGAUCAGUCCUGGAAAAUCUAGCUGUCAAGUGGGGUAAACAAAAAUUACAUUUCAAAAAUUUUAAUCUUUGCAGACAAGUGCUCUUGACUUGUAACUUUUUACUUUUUUAAAUCUUGGAUUUGUAAGAGUAGUAUUUUUCUAACGUAGUUUAUGUACUUAUCUGUUCCUUUAUUACACUUAUCACAUGGUAUUUUAUAGGAAACAUACCUCUUAAUAGUUAAUUUUGGAAUUUCUGUAGUAUGGGCCACAAAGUAAACAGAAAAAAAAUAUCCCGAAACAAUUUUACACCAUUAUUUAUGUGAUCCUUUAUUUUAUUUAUUUUCUCUAUACCUCCUGCUUGCAUCGGGUUAAACUGAAAGCUAAUUUUUAUGCAGUUUACGUGCUACUUGGUGAAGUGUAGAGCUUAAGAAAAUCUGGCACUGCUUUUAUUAGAAGUCUUAAAGAUCAAAAAACACUUCUUUUUCUACGGAUCUUUAAACCUUUGAUGGAAUUUUGGCUCCUUACAUACAGUACAUUUUUCUUUCUGCGUGCCUCCACCUAUCUGAAAUAUUCCAUGCAAUGUUUAUACUGAGAAAUGCACUCACUAGUCACCAGCUACAAGCACUUCAUGUUACAGGCAAAGGGCCACUUUUCUACUCCACCAGGAGACCAAGAAGAGAAGAUAGCGGUAAUGAUAACAUAAUGUUUACAUAGCGUCAAAAUCCUUGCCUUUAGCUAAACGAAUAAAAUCACUUGAUAGCCAUAGCUCUAAAAAAAAAAAAACAUCCGCAGACACAGUUGAUUCAGCAUUGCUUUACCACGGGGUGCAAGCGAUUUCAUGUCAGAUCUAUUUGUAAGAAUUGAAAUGCAUUUUUUUUUCUUCCAUGAUAUAUCAUGCUUCAGCACAAAUACAUGGAGCAAUCCUGACAUCACAGUUUGGAAAUGUGUUUGGUCGAAUUAAGCUAGUGUGCACUUGCACUCAGAAACACCCAUUACUUUUGUAUAGUUGAAGAGCUUAACGCUGACAGGAGAAUUCAAAGAAAUAAGAUUACCAUGGGGGAAAAAAUGUGCAGAUGGAUCAGUAUCAUAAUGAAAAAAACUAAUUCCACAACAGAUGAAAGCUUCUCACCACAGAGUUUCUUUUUCUGAACUUCCGGGGAUGUGAUUGAAAGAAAACUUUGUCAUCUCUCAAAUGUCCUUAACAACAAGUGCAGGGUCAUUUUAAUUGUAAAAAUAUACAUUGUGUAAAUAUUUAUAAGCUCUUUAACGGAAUACACUUGAUUUGAUCAUUGGACUCCCUUUUGAAACACAAAAAGAAAAAGCCCUUACGUUUGCCUAUAAUUCAGUACUGGGACAAACUCCUCUCGGCAUAUGUGAUCUAUGGUGUGGAGAUCCCGAUUUUAUUAAAGGACACGGAGGCUCUUAUUAUGCUUUCCUCUUUCUUUUAUUUCUCAGCAGCAAAAUAAAUAUUGUAUAUAUAUUCCAUGAAAAAAAGAAAACAAUUCAAUAACACCACAUCAUAACUUCUAAAGGGUUAAUCAAAUACCACAUAGGAACCAGUGUCCCCAUUACAACAAAGUCCCAUGUGACCCUAAGCCACUCAUCUUUCUUUUGCUGCUGCUGGACUCUGAUGAUUAUAAUGAUGACUCUAAUGAUAAUCACUUGCGGGACUAUAGCUAUAGGCACGGACAUGGACCAUAAGAACGGAGCUGACGACUCCGCCUUAGUUGACCCUCAGGGCGAACCAUUAUUCGACCCGGACACCCUACAGCACCCGAGGUCCUCAGAGUGGUACCCUCUGGACUACGUAGCGAAAUAUAUCGCUGCCCGCAUCAGAAAGCCACUGGAUAAGGUGGCUCGAAACAAGCUGCGGGCAGAGUGCCCAUGCCCCACGGUCCCGGAUAUGGCAUGCGCCACCCCGGAAGUGGACCCAAAAAUCGCCCAAUUUUGGGGAAAAUCAGUCUGGAAGGCCAAGAAGGGCCUGGAUUUUGCCUGGCGGAAUUGCCAGGAUAAGGUAUUGGACAUCCUUGGACCGAUCGCGAGGAUGUUCGAUAUGGUCGAAAUCGCGUUGGCAGGGGGUGCACCGCUGGACCUGGAAGCCCUCAGGGGGUGGAUCCAGCGUGCCGUGUGUCUCCUGGGCAACGCGAAUACGGCGGUGGCCACGGAAAGACGCAAGGCGAUUUUAAUUAAAAUUGAGCCUAAGCUGGUAAACCUAGCUAUCUCAGAGCCGGGUCCCCAGGCUAAAGCCCUCCUAUUCGGGGAUAACUUCGUAAAAGAGCUAAGCACAUAUGUAGGCACCUUUACGGCACUGGAUAAGGCUCAAGCCAGCAUGAAGCGAGUGUUCCAUCAGAAGGUUUUUGGCGGGGCUGGCAGAUAUCGGGGCCGUCUGCCCGGCCGCUCGCCCCGGGGCUCUCGUGGUUCCGUGCAAUCUAGAUUCACACCCCCGGAACCCAAACAAGCCUCACCAUUCUUCCCGGUUCGAGGCAGGCCGUGGCAAACCCGAGGACCCAGAGGCUCUUCAUAUGGCCGACGACCUUAUGGUAAGUGCACUACCUCCUCAUAUGUCUGCAUUAACUAUGGUGGGGGGCAGACUGGGCCAUUUUGUCAAAGCAUGGCACAUGAUCACUGCGGAUGCCUGGGUGCUCCACACGGUCCGGGGUUAUUCUAUAGACUUUGUGCAAUACCUCAACUGAAACCCCCCGGCCGAAUGGUGUUCCCCACUCAGGACCGAGAGUUGAUAACCCAAGAGGUCCAGGCCUCCAAGGGGGCAAUUUAUACAGUUCCCCCUGUCACACCAGGUUUCCUAAGCAACCUAUUCUUAGUACCCAAAAAAGGCAGAGGUGUUCGCCCAGUCAUCAACUUGCGACCUUUAAACAUGUUUGUCACGUACCACCACUUCAAGAUGGAAGGUAUAUACUCCCUUCGGGACCUCCUCCUCACAGGGGUCUUGAUGGUAAAACUCGAUUUGAAGGACACAUACCUCACGGUCCCAAUGGCCGACGACUGCCACCACUUCCUGCAAUUCCGCUGGGAAGAGACCAUGUGGCGAUUCCAAUGCCUACCGUUCGGUCUCUCAUCGACCCCCUGGUGCUUCAUAAAGCUCAUGAAACCAGUGGUCGCCCUCCUACGCAGCAGGGGCGUACGGCUCAUAAUAUACCUGGACGAUAUCCUCAUCAUGGCUCAGGACCCGCUUCUGUUGCAAGAACAUUUCUCUUGGACGAGAAAUCUGUUAGAAAACCUGGGCUUUCUGAUCAACUGGGAGAAGUCGGUCAUCGAACCUUCGCAAGCUAUAGAGUUCCUGGGAUUCACCAUAGACGCGGUGACCGGAACGCUCCUACUCCCGACGACCAAGAUCAAGGCCAUCAAAAAGGAGCUCAAGCGGACGCUCACACGUCCUGUCCUUACUUUGAGGCAGCUGGCCAGGAUUGUAGGCCUCCUCUCCUCGCGUCAAUUCAGGCCAUUUUUCCCAGACCCCUACAUUACAGGGCACUUCAACGGUUAAAGGCAAAAUACCUUCGUUUGGGGCACUCAUACUCCGCUUCUGUUCCUCUCGACUGUGCCGCCAAAGACGAAAUCAAAUGGUGGCUACAACACAUGAAAGCCUGGAAUGGCCGCGUGAUCUUCGGAACAGCGCCGGACCUCGUAGUGGAAUCCGAUGCAAGUUUGCUCGGUUGGGGUGCGCGCUGCGGACCUUUCUCCACCGGAGGAAGAUGGUCCAGGGAGGAACAGGGACUUCAUAUCAAUUGCCUCGAACUGUUGGCAGGUUUGUUUGCUUUACGGAGUCUUUUGAACGUGUCGACCAACUGUUCCAUCCUGUUACGCAUGGACAACGUUUCAGCGGUUCGAUAUAUCAACCACCUCGGGGGCACGAGGUCGGCAAUACUUGCGGAAUUAGCAAAGGAUUUCUGGCAGUUCUGCCUGGACCGCAACAUAUCAGUGCAAGCGGAACACAUCCCGGGGAUGAGCAAUGUAGUAGCAGAUUGGAACUCCAGACAUCUACGGGAUGCCAGCGACUGGCGGCUGAACCCGGCCAUCUUCACCCAUUUGCAAUCGCUGUGGGGGCUGCUGGACAUCGACCUGUUCGCGUCACGACUAAACACGCAAUUGCCGAAGUUUUUCAGUUGGAGGCCGGAUCCGGAGGCUCUAGCGACGGACGCUUUCCGACAACAGUGGCCGAACACCAGACAUUACGCUUUUCCCCCCUUUUCUCUCAUCGCAAGGACCUUGCUGCACCUCAGACGACACCGGACGUCUCUAAUCCUCGUAUCUCCCUUCUGGACGUCUCAACCCUGGUUCCCUACACUCCUGGAACUGUCCAUAGACCUGCCGAGGUUAUUACCGGUACACAACAACAUCCCCCCUGGAUCCCUAUCGCAAUCUGCACCCUCUCAUACUGCAGGGACAUCUCAAGCUUUUGGCAUGGCUCCUUUCAGGGGACUCGAUGACACCCCAAAUGUUCCACAAACAACUCUGGACCUCCUGGCAGGAGCUUGGGCCCCGGGUACAAGAAAAUCGUAUUUACAUGCCUGGAACGCAUGGUAUGGUUGGUGCGUGGAACAACACGUGGAUCCCAUAUCUGCAACUGUGAGUCAAGUCUUGGGUUUCCUCACUUUUCGACCACGGCCUGGCGUAUCGUACAACUAUAUAGAUCAGCUAUCUCGGCAGGCCACGUAGGUUGGAAUGGAAUUCAAACAGGGAAACAUCCGAUGGUGUGUCGACUCCUACGAGGCAUAAAAUUUGCACGACCACCACGACCUCGGUAUUCGGAGGUAUGGGAUGUGAACCUCGUUCUCCGACUUUUUGAAAGUUGGCCAUUCGGCGGUCCGAGAUCCUCAAUUUGCGGACCUAUUCCUGGCCAUUCGACAACCGCAUCGUCCGGUUUCUACAGUCACCCUAUCUCACUGGGUCAAAUGGAUCAUCACGUCGGCAGGCAUUGAUUCCUUACACAUACGGAGCACAUUCAGUGAGGGGUGCGAUGGCAUCAAAAGCAUUUUCAUUAGGCUGUAAAUUGGAAGAUCUUCUCCGAGCAGCCGAUUGGUCGAGAGAAUCUACAUUCCGUGAAUUUUAUUUCCGUCCGGUUUCCCAUUUUUCCACGUCAGUGAUCACAUAGCUUUGAACUAGCAUAAUAAGAGCCUCCGUGUCCUUUAAUAAAAUUACCAGAUUUUACUAAUUUCAUGACGUAAAGUCAUGAUUUUAUAAAGGACACGGAGGCGAGUACUAUCCCACCCACUAAAGGUAAGUUGCCCUCCUCUGGGAAUAUAAUGUAUGUUAUGGGACUGGAACCGUGUGAUAAUGUGCUAUUUUAUUUCCAUUUGAGUGACUAACAUGAGAAUGAUUGUGUUAAAUAGUUUUGGAAUAUGAACGUGGAAAAAUAUUAUCCAAGAACACAUUUUACCAUUUCGUUUCUCUGUCUUACAGCUUCCUAAUUGGAGUGCCAUAAUGGUCCAGGCAUACCCACAGGUGUGCGGAUGGAGGAUGACCAGUUUUUUCUUCAGGAUUUGUUGGUUUUUUUGUCUGACGUCGUCUUCUAUUGGAUUCACUGUUUUCUCUACACGACUACUGGUAGUUUUUUCAUUGCCGAGUUUUGGUGUGUCCAUCAGCAACACCAAAAGAAAGAGGAGUGGCUUAGGGUCACAUGGGACUUUGUUGUAAUGGGGACACUCUAAUUGGUUCCUAUGUGGUAUUUGAUUAACCCUUUAGAAGUUAUGAUGUGGUGUUAUUGAAUUGUUUUCUUUUUUCAUGGAAUAUAUAUACAAUAUUUCUUUUGCUGCUGAGGAAUAAAAGAAAGAGGAAAGCAUAAUACUCGCCUCCGUGUCCUUUAUAAAAUCAUGACUUUACGUCAUGAAAUUAGUCAAAUCUGGUAAUUUCAGGAUCCUGUCCCACUUCCAUCUGGGGACACAAGGAAGCUGUACUCGGGCAGCACAAUACAAAUGCAUCAUGCACUUGGACCCUGCAGACAGUGCUUCCUGUACAGUACUUCAGACAGGCCCCUUCAGUCCCUCAUAGGGCCAGGUUUACCAGUUGGCAUUCUCCCAAUGUUGGGAUAUAUGGGUAAUUUUCUCGCUCCAUCAUAUAAUCUAGUGCUUCUCUAUGAAGCAGUGUUUUGGAUCAUCUUGCUGGGUGGACAUGAUAUUCAAUAUGUGAACGUCUUAUGGAGGAAGCGCCUCAGACUGAAGGCAACUAGAGGCUUACUCUCUGACAAACAUAGACAUUGCCAUUGAGUCAUUAAGAUGGUGCUUAGAGAGUGUCCCCUUAAAUAUCAGCUUCAUGCCAGUAUGAUAUAGUGGCGCUUUAUAGAGCUAAAAAUGUUAUUUAUGUACUGUACUAACCAAUGAACUAUCAAUUGUAUAUGUAGCAUUUCAAAUCUACUUGGAUUUUACAAUUAUUAUAGUCAUGACCUUCUGUGCAUGCCCACAACAUGGCUGCAUGUUAUCCAUUAUGGGAAUCGCUGCACCACAAAGUAAAUGUACAUGGAUGUCACUUGCAGCCAGCGCUAGACUUUAAACUUUUGUCUGAGUGAGACAGCCACAUACCUCCCAACAUUUCAAAUGGGCAAAGAGAGACACUUUCAUUUUAGGGGUGCGAGUGUGGGUAUGGCCAGGGUCAGGGCUGUUCUGGAUCAUUUUAGGAGACUUCGUAAUAACAAUUUAUGGAACUAUGCAGCUCUUGUUAUACACUCAGACACACAAACCAUAUGAAACUCCUAGAAAAGAGGGACAGAGGGAUUUGGCCCCAAAAUAGGGACUGUACAUCCUAAAUAGGGAAAUUUGGAAGUAUGCAGCCAAGUGUUUAGUGCUCCAGCUGUAUUAUCUUGAAUUUGCAGAUGAUAUUAUUAUUUUUAUUACUACUUAUUUCAGAAAGACUGACACUGCCUUUCAUGUUUCCAAAGUCAAUAAAAUGAGUACAGUGCAAUAGGGUAACAUCUGAACCCCAAGACAUUCUUAAAAACUAUCAAACAUUAAAUGUACUCCUUCUGGUUAACUGCUUUGAUAUGAUUAUUAUUUAAAUCAUAUACAUAUGCUAGUGAUUUCACCAGUACAAAAUGUACAGAAAUUACAUUUCAUAAUGUUACCUGAAGUGGACCUUGUCCUGCACAUAUUUUUUAGAUUUAUAUAUUUAAAAUUUUUAUAUAGCUGACAGGUUCAUUUAAAGGGGACCUGUCACUUUUCUGAUAAAGGGGUAUUGUACACAUAGGAACUUUCCAGCGAUCAUCAGUGAGGGAUCUCUACCUCCUCUUCUCAAAUAAAAAAAAAUGAUGUGUUUCAACCCUUUCCAGGUUUGAUAAAGACAUAUUACAUGGUCAUAUUAUGUUGACUAAAAUAAAGAUAUUGGAUUUCAUUAUUAUUUUUUUUCUCAUAGUGAAAGUUUCACUUCCCAUCACAAAAGGUUAUUGAAUUGUCUACUGGGGUGAAGAGUGCACUGGAUUCGGUAUAAAACAUACUUAUCUCCACAUUUCCAGCGUUUCUAGGUUUGAGUGCCCUCUUCCCAUUGUGCUUCGUUUGUACACUCAUUCAUGCAUGGGCAUCUGCUUGUAAAGGGCUGUACGUGCUAUCCAUGCUCGGGCAUUCCUUCCAUGGUACCAUGUGCCCACUUGAGAAUCAAUAGGGUCAAGGCAAUUUGUAAACUACACUUUGCUAUGACAUAACUUCCUAGUCCCAAGAGCUUAAAUGGACACUCUAGGCACCAACACAACUUUUAUGUAUUUUAAUGCUUAACCCCUUAAGGACACAUGACAUGUGUGACAUGUCAUGAUUCCCUUUUAUUCCAGACGUUUGGUCCUUAAGAGGUUAAAGGAACACUUCAAGUACCACAACCUGCUGUGCUUAUUGGCUGAUAGCUUUCACCUGGUCCUCUCAGAUUGCGCUCUGAUGCUCAGAUGCGAUCAUGGACUCAUGGUUUGACUCAGUGGUGCUAAUGGAAGCUCUAUGCAGGAGCUUUCGCAUCAGAAGAGGAAGUGAAGUACAUCAUCAGGACCCUGUUAAGUUAAUAAAUGGUUUCCCUUGCUCAGGAGAGCACCUACAGCAAGCUAAAGUGGUUAUGGUGUUUGUUCUGUUUCUUUAUAUAUGUAGCUGUAUUUUUUGCACUGUAAGUUUGUUUAUUUUGGGGGGACAAUAACAUAUUUUGUAGCAUUCUGCAUCUUAUGCUUGUCUCCUCUUUGUUGGUUACUGUGUCAGGGUUACAUGUAGUCGCAGCUCCAUAAGCCUUUCUGUCCCUCUCUUAAAAUGAGCACUAUAGUGCCAGUAAAACAAACUGGUUUUCCUGGCACUAUAGGGUUAUUAGGUACCCCCCUCCCAGGGCCCCCCUUCAGCUGGGCUGAAGGGGUAACCCUUCAGACAGUUACCUUAAUCCAACACCCUCGGCACUGGUGACCUCUCCUCCCCCUGCCGACAUCAUCUCCGAAUGCGCAUGUGCGGCAAGAGCUGCGCGUGCAUUCAAACCACCCAUAGGAAAGCAUUACUCUAUGCUUUCCUAUGGACAUCAGCAUCAUCUCAGUGUGAUUUUUCACACUGAGAAUCGCGGAAGCGCCUCUAGCAGGCUGUCAGGUAAACAGCCACUAGAGUCUGGAUUAACCCUCAAUGAAAACAUAGCAGGGGGACAUGGCACCCAGACCACUUCAUUGAGCUGAAGUGGUCCGUUAACAUAAAUCCUCCCAAGUUUCAUAGGUUUUAAAAUGUGGUGUGUGGAGGUGAGACUGAUGGGUGCGCCUGUCUGUGAAGCUGUCUCCUUAGGUUGACUCAAAGCUCACAUACAGUCAAUGUGUACCAUCAGUAAUAUUUUAAAAUGUGAUUGUUUCAGUGAGAGACAUUAACGCCUCUGUUUUAACCCAUGAGUGCUAGGGAGACCAGCAAUGCAUUGCACAACCCUUCAUCACGUUAAGGACAAAAUUUAACUGCCAGGCAUUUGUAAUCUUAAAUUAACAACGCUGAUUAUUUUAUUUGCGAAUGCGUAUUUGAGGAGCAUACCUGAAAAUAUAUGUAAUGAAAUGCAAUCCCUUACAUUUUUCAUUUUAAUGUAAAUGGAAAGUAUUUAUUGCACUUACAUUCAGAAUAUGUUUGGAGGUUAUAUACACAGUAAGAGAACCCUAGUAGUAUUAUCUCCAUAUUAGACUGCUGAUGGAUUUUGGAAGAAAUGUUAAAUAAAAAAUGUUUUUAAAGUAAUUAUUUAAACACAUUCAUCAUGUAGGUGAAAUUUCUCAAUUCUCUAGUGUAUAACAAUUCAACAUAUUUGAUGUUUAGUGUACUUCUCAAUGUUCUUGUAUGUCCUUUGUAUCCCCACACAAUUUCUGUACCUGUAGCUGAGCCUGCAAUUCAUUAACCCUUUAAUUGCUCGUCCCAAAGAAUCUACGCAAGAAGAUUGGUUCUAACACUAGACCUCAAUCGAAAUCCAUACCUUGUCCGGACUUAAAAUUUUUGUUUAAUAUUACCUUCCAAUUAGUGACUGAGAGGGGAUUAUCAAAUCCACAAACAACGUGCAAAGGCACUAACUUCAGACAGUUCUGCUCAGUCCAGACACGCAUAAGGCACACAUUGAAAAUGAGAGAUACAAACCGUGUAAAACACAGCAAUACAAUCUUGGGAAAUGACCAUUCCCCUUUAAUAUACAAGUAUUUUCAGAUUCACGAAGGGGUUACUGAGAUUAUGUUUUGAGCUUCAGUAUGUCAUGAUAAAGCCAGGCUCCAUUUUCACUCUGACAAGUGAAAAAUUUAGGCGAGUAGAAAUUUGCCCCUGGCAAGUAUGCCAUGAACUCGCCGGGCUUGUAAUGGUAACAAACUUUUAAAGGAACUCUUUCUGCUCUAUUUCUGACUGUUUUUUGCUGAAACACCUCCCAUUUCUUCUGCUUCCGUUAGCUCUAUUGGAGCUCUGGGCUCCAGUGCAUGCCUGCUUUCUCCUUCUUAGUGAGCUGUACCAUCGAUCAUUGAGCAACUCCAGCACACGGGGUUCUCAAUGAGAACCUAUGAUUGGAAUGUUCCACGGCACAGAUAUGGAAACAGGGGAGGGCUUGCAAAAGCUACAGACAGGUUUUUUUCUUAAUAUUUACCUCCAAAGAAAACAUGCAGAAGGAAUACAUAUAUGCAUGAUUUGUUUGCAGGUGUAUUCUACUUCUAAUAAAAAAACAAAAAUUUUCUUUGAAUAAAAUAACAUUUUCGGUGUAGUGUUCCUUUAGGCCUGGCUAAGAACGUAAGACUUGACUUUUAUGCUUGGUGUGUUUAUCAGGUACUGCUUUGACUCUGCAACCAAAGCCAAGGAAAGCUGCCCAUUGGCCUAGUUGACUUAGAUUUUUUUAAAUUUUCUUUCUUUCUAAAUACCGGAAUAUAAAAAUUUAGACACACACCAUCUCUGAUAAUUUCAUUCACAGGUGGGGUAACAGGGUAAUAUUUACUGUGUUUGCAAAUUCUGCAAUCAUUUUACUGCAUUCUUAUAUUUCUGUUUUAUUUUUACUAGGUAAAACAUCCUCCAAGAAGCUGUCCAAAAAGGUAAGGAAAUGUUGCUGCCCCCUGCAUCCCCUCCAUCAUUUUAGUAGAACAUGCCUUUUUUGCUCCAUAAUAAAAAUUGGGCUAGAUUUUGCAGAACCUAUAUUCAUUAUUAUGCAGCCACAGAAGGUUGCAUAUUACUGAAGUCACUGAUACAUUUAUGUUUGUAUGUGUAUUUUUAGGAUUUGGAGACCAUGUUGUCUGAAGCAACUAAGGCGAAACCUGGAGGAACAUUUUUCAGAGAUCUGGGAGAUAAAGGUAAUGCUACCUUUUUCUUUCCAGACUUUUAUAAACGUUUGGAAUUGCUUGCACCUAAUGUGCACUGUUCAGUGAUUUGAAGUGGCCAUGUUGGUAGGAGUCUUUAUGGGCAGCGUUCCGAUAUGAAAUGGUUUACAUACAGUGAUAUUUAAUGUUACUGCUGAAGCUCUAACCCCUUCAUCAGCAGUAUCAACAGUACGUCAUAAGCCAGUUCAGAACAAGCCGGCUGGCUAAUGUCAACGCUCUGCUCAUUCUAUGCACCAAAAUUGUAGAAAUAGCCACUAAAUAAGAAGAAAAAAGAGAAAUAUGUAUUAUAAGAAGCAACUUUGAAGAAAUCUGAUCCAAUUUAAUUUUUGCAUUGAGCUUGCAGAAUCUCUAGCACUUUGAAUAGAUUUCUUGAUGUAUCCAAUUUAAAGUCUCUCUCCCAUUUGUCAAUCAAUCUUCGGCAUAGACCAUUAUGCACAGGGCCGGACUGGCCAUCGGGCAAACCGGGCAAAUGCGCGGUGGGCCACAAUGGCCAUGGGCCGAGGUUGACCGGCAAACACCAGCUCUGCUUUGUGUCUUCAUGGCCUGUUGGGGAGGUCUGCAUGGGCACUCUGACUUGUCUGUGGCUGCGCAGCCCCAUACACCGCAAAAAGUGCGAUGAACUGUGUGUCCUGAUAUCUCUCUAUCAUGGCCAGCAUUAAAGGGAUAGGCAUCAAAAUAACUUUAGUUCAAUGAACCAGUAUUGAUGUAUGUAUUAUGCACCUGCAGUCUCAGUUCUCUGCCAUUUAGGAGUAUAAUCCCUUUGCUUCUGCCCAUGCAGCCAUAGCCAUACCUCUGCUGGCUGUGACUGGCACAGCUUGCAUGAAAACAAAAUGGAUUCAUUUUCAAUCAGAUGUUAAUUUACUAUAGAGGUUUUUGUCUCCUGCUCAGUAAAUUGAACUUAAAUCACACACAGAAGGGGCCUGCAGGGUCUAGAAUUAACAGUGCAGGAGAUAAGAAAUUCUAAAUGAAACAGACUGAAAUAAAAGGAAGUUUAACUAUUAGAUAUCCCUAUACAGGAAAGGUUUAGGAAGGCUGUGUCAGUCACAUGCAGGGGUGUGUGACUAAAGCUGUAUAAACAGAGUUAUUUAACUUCUAAAUGGCAGAGAAUUAAGCAAUGAGACUGCACGGACAUGAUCUAUAUACUAAAACGGUUUUAUUAAGCUAAAGUUGUUUUGGUGCCUAUAGUGUCCCUUUCAGUUUUUCAGUAAUUUGAGAUUCAGUUGCUCUUCUCUGUGAUCGGACCAGACGGGUUAGCCUUCGCUCUCCACGUGCAUCAAUAAGCCGUGGAUGCUCAUGACCCUGAUGCCGUUUUACUGGUGGUCUUUCCUUGCACCAUUUUUGGUAGGUGCUAACCUCUCCAUACCGAGAACACCUCACAAGACUUUUCAUUUUGGAGAUGCUCUGACCAAGUCGUCUAGCCAUCGCUAUUUGGUCCAUGUCAAUGUCACUCAGAUAUUUUUGCUUGCCCAGUUUUCAUGCUUCCAAAACAUGAAAUUUAAGAACUGAAUGUUCGUCAUGCCUAAUAUACAUGCCACCCCUUGACAGGUUAAUCAAUGUUAUUCACGACACCUGUCAGUGGUUGUCUCACAUUAGUGUAUGUAUCAAUUCUAGGUUCUUUGCAAGUUUGUAUAGAUUCCACAUUAUGUCACUGAAGAGAAUUUCCAUUCAGCUGCAUUGAAUACCAGGUUGCCAUAUGCAUCAUUCAAAGUAUCCACAUACACUGAACAAUAAUUAGUUACAUUUUGCUAGUUCGUUGGAUUUUGAAACCACUCCCAAAGCACCACAGACUUUGUCAUCAUGGCGGCUCACAUAUGCUUUUGAGAGGAGUGGGUUUUUUUUGGUUUUUUUUAUACUUGCCUAUGCUGCACUCUCUCCCCCAGUAAUAAAACUGUGAGCAUCGUCUAAUAGGACGAGGGAAAGAGGCAGCUGGGACGGAACACAGAAAGGCAAUGGUUAAGUUGCUCAUUAUUGCAAGCGCACUCAUGACAGUUUAGCUCCUCUCUAUUUUGUGAUAAAGGUUAUCUAUUGUUUUCGCUUUCUGUAUGCAUCUGUGAAUAUUUAAAUUUCACAGUUAGAAAGGUCACAAAUUAGUCAGCAUUCUAUAGAUAAAUACGGUGUUGGCUUACACACUAUAAUCCUGUAAUUCUAAAACAUAUCUGUGAGGUCAUUUAUUUCCUUGGCAGAAAGAAAAGCACUCUUUAAGAGCUUGCUUUUCUUUUUUUUUUUUUUUCUUUUCUUGUAAAAUUUUAUUUGACUUCAUAAUUGUGAUAAAAGUAUAUUUUCACCUUGUCUGCUGCGCCCUUUUGAAAUGUAUUAUAAACACACUUACAAUGUAAUUAUCUUCUUAAACCGGUGUAAUUAUCCCUCACAGCAAUUAUUUUUCCUUGAGAUACGUAUUCGGCACUGUAUAAAUAAGCACAUUAUCGCUAAUACACGGAAUUAUUUACUAAACCGUGUGUAGGUAGUUAAAUUAAAAACAUCCAACAAUUUUUUUCAGUUCACUGUUAAGUGAAUUAAGUUGUUGGUUUUGGCUAUUUGUGGUAUAAAUUAAAAAAAGAAAACUGUUAAAAGCAAGCCCUGUGUCGUCAUCCGGUACUUCCACAGGGGACAAUCAAUCCUGAAGCUAUAAUAAGAAACAAGCCAUUGGUUUCCAUGGUUAUUCUACUUUAAUUUUUUUUGCUCCUGAAAGAUACUUAAUUCAAAAUCUGUGCGCAUGUAUGUGUCGUGCUUGUUUUACAAAUAAAAUCACAUUCUUUUUGGGGUGAUACCCCAUUCUCUUCGUGUUAUUGCCGAGCAAGGGGUGGUCAAUUCUUCCUGUCUCUGGCUUCCAUUGCGCUAACCCUUUCAAUUCCUUAAAGUAGUUUAAAGGGUUAAAGGUUACUUUUUCCUGCUCCACGCCCAUAUACACCGGCAUCGUUGCAGUAAGAGUGCUUGCCCAUAACACAGACGAGGCCACAUUUUGUUCCUUGAUUAUUUUUCUUAGAGGAAGAGAAGAAAUGUCAGGUGCACACAGUGCACAUUACCAUAAUCCUUACCAGCAGCGUUUUCACUGUAAAUCUUUCCUGAACAAACACACAAUCUUGCUUCAUAUUGCUCGGUGAUGACAUCUCAUUUCAGUAUGGACUCACAUCAAAGUGGGGGGUGACACAUAGUCACUACAGUUUUGCCUAGUCCAUACAACUGAAUAUAUACAAAUCAGAGAGACUUGGCAUUGCCUACUGUGCGCUACAAUGUUUUUUUCCAAAAAGCAGAUAGGUAUGGCAGCAAAGUCUUCAAAAGACAUUUUGACAACUUGAAUAAACCAUUUGAAAAAAGUUACUCAACAGGCAAUAUAGAUUAUAAGGAGUCACAGGAGACAAGUGUCACAAAAGAAUGUUGGAAUUUGUGGCUAACAGGUGUGGGCAAUGCUGGUUUUCUUUUUGGUAUUGGAUCACAACUCCCAGCACUAGUAUUUCUGCACAAUUAAAGGAACAUUCUAAGCACCAUAACCACUGCAACAUGCUCAGACCCACGCCAGUUUGCAGGUCCUGCAUUAGCUGUGCUUUACUCUACAGAGAUAUCCAGCUUUUCCUGCAGGAGAAGACUGGUUUCGGCAUAGACACCAAGGUACGUUUUCAAACCUUACUGAAACAGUUUGACUUCCUACCAUGAGUGUCCUGGCACCAUAACAAUUAUAGCAUGCUGUAGUAGUUUUGGUGCUUGGACUGUUCUUUUAAAAGUAGCUUAAUAUGGGAAAUGGUGGAUAACAAUAGGAAAAGUUGGACGCAGAUAACAGACUAAUUUAUCACGCAUUCUCAAAUCCACAUCUGGGACGUUUCAGGGUUUGUACCAUAACUAAUUGGGGGAGGUUCAAACCAAGUGAAGAGAGAUUAACGGGGAAAACACCCAGCAUCCACUUCAUCUCCCCCCAUCAGUCAGGCAUAGGUGUAGCCAAGUGUCCACAUUUAAAAGACAUUACUGCUAUAUUUCCCAUACCAGGUGGAAGCACAGUUGAGUGGUGGUAGUCAUGUAAAGGAUGUGAAUAAAUUCUCCAUGACUGCAUAGCGCAAUGAUGACUAUUGUCUCUCAUAAAAUGGGUGGGUUGCUGUGGAUUAACAUGGUUUUAGUGUCAGCUGCUGCAGAAAAUAGGGAAGUUAAAUGGUAUGCUUUCCUCCCUUCAACGAACACAUGUAGCCUUAAGGCCUCUUAAUACUAGACAGAAAUACACUACACUUUAUAAGCCUUGUAUAUAUAACUCCCAAAAUGACUAGAAUUAGAAACAGUUUGUUAUCCCUGCAAAGAAUAUCGUUUAUGGGCUAAUGGAGGGUCUUAUGUGUAAAGUCUGAAAUAUUUAGAAACUUUUCUGGGUUGAAAGAAGCAAUUAAUACUAAUUCCCAACAAGAUACAUCUCUGAGCCCCAUUGCAAGGUUGAAAGUGUGCCUGUAGCAUGAAUUCAGAAUUCUAUUUUUGCUAAAUCGGUUACAUAGUACAUUGUACAGUCCAUAUUUCUUUCUGGAGUCAGUAAGGUUCUCUUUAUCUAUUGAUUUUCCCCAAUAUAAACGGAAGUAAAUGGUGUUUACCCUUCUAUAAGCCGUGUUUAAACAUGCCACGCUGAAACAUCUUCUGUGCUAUAUAAGCUUCAAUUGACUGAUUAAUCCAGCCAUGCUGUGAGAAUUUGCACUGUUUUAAGUCACCCCUCACAAAGAUGAAUCAAGAAGUAUGUUUUUUUUUUUUGGUUUGUUUUUUUACCUCUUUGACUAUAUAAAACCACAUCACUAAUUGUAUUUUUAUAUUUACUUUUGUAUGACUUUGUUGUCCCAGUCUGUGACUCCCAGGGCAUUGCAGUGGGCACACACCUCAGUUGCUCAAAGGGUUAAAAGCUCAGUGUCUGUAUUCAUCUUGUUUAUAAACUAUAACUUUCUUCACUGAUGUCUACGCUACAAAUUGUAGCCCUGGAAUUUUCCUUGAGGAGGGAAGAAAUAUAUUCACCUUGCAGAAAGGACAUAGUCUUAUUAAAAAAAAGUAUUUUGUUGGCACAGCGAUCGGCUGCUCUAUCAUAGCAAUCUAGUUAUCUCCCAGCCUUGCGUGUCUGCCUAACCCCCUUGAGAUCCUAAAACAGGCUACUAACCGCUCUACCAAGGCAGCAAGGGGAUAAAAUACUUUGAUCCCUUUCAGUAACAUUAGAGGAGUACGACAUAUGACUAAAUGAGUUUAAUGUAUUUUCUUUUUGUAUAAACAAUGAUUAUAUAUCUGUAUUAUUUUUUUAAGUGGGGGGAAAAAAAAUUCACAAGAUUUAGUGUUUGCAUCCGAUUGAAAACAAAUAAAUGUUCUUUUUCAUUAUACUAAAGGCAUAGCACAGAUGCGAAUGUUUGAGAAAUAGCAAGUUCAUUCUCCGUGCAAUGCAAACAUAUGAGCGUGCUUUGCACGGUCCAAGUCUUAACGAUGACACCAUGAAAUAUGUGUAACUGAUCUGCCAGCAAUUACUUGUGUAAAUGUGACAUGGUAACAUAAACUGCAUUGUCACCAAUACAAAAAAUGAACUGAAAUGCCUUAAAUUUGGCUGUAGGGAAUAUAUUUUUUUUUUUAAAUUUUAGAAUGUAACUUUGUGUUUAUCUUUUCUCUUCUUGUUUUAGGGCUGAUUUCUUACACCGAAUAUUUGUUCCUUCUGACAAUACUGACAAGUAAGUUUCAUGCAAUUACUGCUAUGAAAGUAUUAUUACCUUCCCCUUUCCCGUAGGAUUGCAUCAUACAUUGAUAAUAUAAAGCUUUUGAUCUUAGAUAUUGUUUUCAAACAAAUUAUUAAAGGGACACUCCAAACACCAUUAUCACUACAACCUUUGUAGUGCUUAUGGUGCCAGGAAUGACCUGUAAGUAGUAGGAAUGAGUAAGUAGUAAAAAUGUUUAAGAACAGUUUGAAAACCUACCUGAGCCCUGCCUGGCACCCAUCACCGCUCUCCCUAUUGCCAGAAGCUCCUACCACUGAGCUAAGCCCAUAUGUGCAGUGCUGAGCUUAACUCAGUGGAGCUGGGAGCUAAUUGCGGGAACCUCUGGUAGCAGGGGAGGCAUUCUUAAGUGGCUUGACUACUUGCGCUGGGUGCACUCUUGGCUCCCUAAUAAUUAUAGCAGGCUGUGGUGGUGAUGGUGUUCUCAAUGUUCCAUUAACUUCAAUGGUCAUGUAUGCCUUUUCACUUUACCUCUUUGGUAAAGAGAGGGCAAAAUGAAAUAUGUUUUAAGGUUAAGCUGUUUUGCACGAACGAUUAACUGGUAUGUGUACCGUUAUAUAUGUAUAUAUUAUCAUAUUCAAAAUCAAAAAAUAUAUGCAAAUCCUUUCCACAGUCUCUAAACAAAUUACAUUUGCCUGGGGUAUGAUGCCAAUACUAUUUGUAAACUGAAAUCAAUCUGGCCCACUAUCGCUACCUAUUUAGAACAUUUUGUGAUAACCACAAAUAGCAUGUUGAUUUCUGCCACCUACUCUUAGAAUCAUCAAAUACUUUUGUCAGAAUUCGUCAUUGGUAACACAUUGGUUUAUGAGUAUUGUUCGAUUGUUAUACCCCCGUUUAUCAUUAUUCUUUUGAAAAUCAAAAUAUUCUGUGAAAAUAACAAUAAUGCCCACACACAUUUUUUGCCAAGUUAAAAAAAUACAUCUGACAUGUACUGGACAGUCAAAAGCUAUUGAACAGAUCUGUUUUAAUCUUGGUGGGGAAAGCAUCUGUCUGUUUAAAGGUUGGAAGGGGAGUUGUCAGACAGGAAUGUGAGGAUGCUGAAGAAGGGAACUAAACAUUAUACAGCAAAGUGUUUUUAGUCUGAUCUACCCCUGCACAUUACAUCACUCUGGCAAUCUUAGCAAUCAUACAGCCUAUUAAUCACAAAUAACUGGGAAUUACAAAGUAAAACAAUGAUACAUUUUCUAUCUUCUUAGUUUCUAUAUAUGUAUUUUUUUUAUGGUAGUUUAACAGCAAUGUUGCCUAAAAGCAACCUUAAGCACUAUAGCCACCACAGAAGCUUGUGGUAGAAUUUUCAGGCACUUUCUGUUAAAUGUCAAAGCUAUUUGACAAGAACUGGCUCUUUCGUGGCACGUUAAAGGACCACUAUAGGCACCCAGACCACUUCAGCUCAAUAAAGUGGUCUGGGUGCCAGGUCCCUCUAGUUUUAACCCUGCAGCUCAUAGCAGUUUCAGAGAAAUUGCUAUGUUUACACUGAGGGUUAUUCCAGCCUCUAGUGGCUGUCUCGCUGACAGCCACUAGAGGCCGCUUCCGCGCGCUGAUGCCCAUAGGAAAGCAUUGAGUAAUGUUUUCCUAUGGGCAGUUUGAAAUCGCGCGGAGGAGGAGAAGGAGCCCGGCGCUGUAGAAAGGUAAGUGGCUGAAGGGGUUUUAACCCCUUCAGCCCAACAGGAGGGGAGCCCUGAGGGUGGAGGAGACCUAAGGACUACAUAGUGCAUGGAAAUGAGUUUGUUUUCCUGGCACAAUAGUGCUCCUUUAGGCACGACACCUCUGCAUAUGUGGAUUUGAACUUUAAAGUGGCACUGUCAAGGCAGAAUCCAGUUUUUGUUGUUUUUUUUUAAACCCCAUCUUGACUCCACUACAUCUAAUUGUCCCCUUAGUUACCCCCAAAUGCCCCUAAGCCCCCCAUAUUACCUAUUUUUUUAUCUUUAUUUUCUCCCUGGACCUAGGUCCUGGGGGCCGCCAUCUUUGUGUGGGUUGAUGAAGUCCCUGUAAGACACGUCAUCUGCCCACACUAGAUAGCGCUGUGAAAUUCCCGCGCAUGCCGAGUUAAACACUUGGGCAUUCGAACAGGAAUUUUUAUCCAUUCAUUCGUCAGAAAGACGAAUAAAUGAUUAGAAAUUUCAAACGAAUGAACGAAGACCUCUUAAUUACAAGGAGGGAGCUACGGCGCGCAGCUCCCUCCUUGUAAUAUGUAAAAAAUAGCAGCAGCAGGGAGCACUGCUCCCCACCACUUCCUAAGUCCCCCCAUGUCCUCCCUCACUCAAUAAGACCCCCAUAAUAUCAUAAGGGAGAAUAAAAUCUCCUGAAUGCUUUUGUAGAGGCAUGUCUACAAAACAGUGAGUAGCCAAUGGCUGCUCACUAGUGAUGUCCCGAACGGUUCGCUAACGGUUCGCCGCGGACUCAUCAUUGAGUAAACUUUAACCCUGUACCUCACAGUCAGCAGACACAUUCCAGCCAAUCAGCAGCAGACCCUCCCUCCCAGACCCUCCCACCUCCUGGACAGCAUCCAUUGUGAAGCUGCAUUCUUAGUGAGCUGUCCAGGAGGUGGGAGGGUCUGGGAGGGAGAUUGGCUGUUGAUUGGCUGGAAUGUGUCUGCUGACUGUGAGGUACAGGGUCAAAGUUUACUCAAUGAUGAGUCCGCGGCGAACCGUUCGGGACAUCACUACUGCUCACAGUUGUUAAAAAAAAAAAAAAAGUUUUUUAGAAAAAAAAGCUCCCCCUCUCUAACAAAUGGCCCCAUGAGGGGACAUAGUGUCCCCAUGGGGCCAUUUGUUAGAGAGGGGGAGCUUUUUUUUUGGGGGGGGGGUCCCUUAAUGAAAAUGGGGGGGGACUAUUGUCCUCCUCCUCCCCCCCCCCCAAACCCCACCAAUGAGCAGUUGGUUAGGGGGUCCUAAAUGAAAAUGAGGGGGACCUGUUGUCCCCAAGCCCCUAGUCACCACCCCCCACGCAAAAAAAAAUUAAUAAAGACCUACCAGCCUCACCCUAAAAAUAGUGAGGGGGAACGAGAAACUAAAUCCCUGUAAAUAAAAAAUAACUUGCCACCAUGUCCCCCCCAGGCUAGUUAAGAGAUGCCCCACCAUGGGAGGGGACAGUUCGGAACAAAGUCACGAAUUUCAUCCUAACACCAAUGGACGAACUGCUCUCAUUUUGUUAGAAUGAAAUUCGGUAGUUUUGCCAGCGUUCAGGAAUAUGGAAAGGAGGCAUCGCAAGAACACGGAGGAAAGGUGAGAAUUGUGGGAAAACUUCUCUGACCACAGGAAACAGAGCACACUUUGUUCCUCUGCUGUUCAUUGAUGGUCAGGCGUAAGAAACCUCCAUAAGACAAAGUAGUCCCUACUUUGUCUUAUGUUUUUAAAGAAAACUAGAUUAGAUAGGAAGAAAUCAAGAACAGAUCCUGACAGAGGGAGAGAAGAGGAAGCUAUUUAAAGAAAAGUAAGUUCGGCAUGACAGUGCCACUUUAAGUUCAGCCUUCCAACUCUGAUCAUAAGUGAAAAGCCUGAGAACACUCGGGGUAGUUUAUUGGAGAUCACAAACCUCUUUGGUUUUGAGGGUAGCCAUCACUGCUAUAAGUUAAGGAGGCAUCAUCCUACUACAGCGUUUAGCAGGACUUAACUGGGUUGGAGUAGGGGACAACUCAACCUUUUAAAUUUACAAAACCUAUAUACGCCAAAGGUGAUGGAAACACAGCAAACAAAGAAAACUUUGGAUUUUUAUAUUCAAGCAGUUGCAUAGGCACGUUUUAUGGAGGUCCAAGGGCUUUAGAGCAUUUUUAUGGCCCACUGGUCAGGGGUUCAGUGAUUCCCCCCAGUAGAAUCAUGAGCUUGACCAGAAGAUCUAGAAGCAAUUAAAUCCAGCUGCCUGAUGCAUAUAUUUAUUGUACUUCCAUCUCUGCAUUCAUUGACUGGGGAGAGCUGGUGAUAGCCUUUCAUAAAGAAUUGACAGAUUAUAUUUGGAAUAUAUCCCCAGCUGCACACCCUUUAAACAUUGUAGCUAUCCCAAGGUUUGCUGCAGGAGUUUCAUGGUUUACAAAUGAAAUUUAACUCAUGUUGUAAAAAAGUUCAUUAUCUGUUUUUACUUUUAUUAGAUUCUUGGUUUAAGUGAAACUUGCAUAAAACUGUGCAGGAAAAAGAUGUAUUUUAUAAUUUAUUUAAGACCGUAAAUUAACACUGAUUUCCAUCUUUGGGUUACUUAUCACGCAUACAUAUUAAUGGCUUGUAUGUGGUUUUGGUGCCAUCUAUAGGUCAUACAUGCUAAGUGUGUGAUAUGUUCUAUACUAAGUAUUGUAAACUGCAACCACCCAGUUUUUGAUAAGCUGCCAUUCCUGUGAGCCUUUGCUAGUGGUUCUUUUGUUACUCAGGAUAGUGAGAGAUCACGAGAGCCGUUCAUGAGCAGUGAACAGGUGGGUGGCCUUAGAUUGUCCACGUGUUUACUAAGCAAACCAUUAUGGUCAUAGAGCACAGUAAGGAAAGUCACAAAAUAAUAAAACUCAUUUCUCCAUAAGACUGUAAAAAAAAAAAAAAAAUUUCUUUACCUGGGAGAAAGAAAAAUCUGUGAACAAAUGUGUCCGUUCAUAAAAAUCUAAGAAGGUUAUGAACGAUUUGAGAUAGACGAUCGAUUCCUGUGUUUGAUGGUUAUAUGUUCUAGGAGCAACGCUGUAACUUUCUGUUUGUAGGUUUGGAGUUGAACGUAUGAUGGCAUACUUUGAUUAACUGCAUUUCCUCAUUUAUGAUUAAAUUUGUUUCAUAGAUGUCUGAGAAAGGAAACUCUAGCAGAGAGUUAAUUGGUAAUCUCUGUUGCAUUAAAAAUAAAUCCCCCAUAAAAAUAACUCCUAUUUUUUAAGCAGUUCUAUAUAUUCCACACUGCUACAGUAGAGCUAUAGAGUAUAGUUUUGUUUAAACAAAUUAACAAAGGUCAUAGGUUAUGGUACAAGAAAGUCAAUUUUGACUCUAUCCCAGCAAACAAUUUGUAGUUAAAAACCUUUUCCCUUUGACAUCAACGGAUGAGUUUUUACUUUGUCCUUUUGCAGUCAAUAGCUGGGCAACUGCAGAGCACAGCCAUAGUAUGAUGCCAUUUAGCCAUAAGCACUUUGCAAUUUUUGGAGCCCCAAACAUAGUGGACGCACAAAAACUAUUAAUUUCCAUUUCUUGAAACUACAGGUGAUUGUCUCUUGUAGAUCCCUAGCAAAAAUGUACUACAAGCAAAAUAUCACAUUCUCUCCUAUGACAGAUUCCCUGGAAACCUUGUGGCCCUUAAUUCUAAAGUAGAUUGUACUUCUAUGCAUUCCUUUGUAGCAGAAUACAAGACCCUCAUUAGAAACAAGCAUCUUCUGUCUUUGCAAGGGAAUUAUAUUUCAUACCGAUCCACUUGACUUGGCUCGAGAGGCAUCAGAAUACAACUAAUAUCUUAGAAAUCUUAGAACAACAUUCCAUUGAGGGAAACUUCAUUUUCAGUAGAGAAUGUUCUUUACAUUGGACGUUCCAAAUAAUUCUUAAUGUUGGCUCACUUUUGAGGUUCAUUGUACUGGAAGUUUCAUUUUUAUUCUGAAUAUUCUUUUACUAACUUAAUGUGUGGAAGCACAAAUGCAAGAUACCAAAACCUAAUUUUACAAAUUAACCGUUUCAAAGCCUAAAUGUAUUCUGAAUAGUGCAUUUUAUGUUGAUUAAAAUCUCCCAAGUAUUUUUUUUUUUUUUUUUGCUGACAAUAUUUGUCAUUAUAUUGUCAUAGCUGGAAAUGUAUCACAGUCUCUAUGAAAGAAAUCUUGUUGAAAAUAUAUUGCUGUGAAACAGAAGUAAACAGAACAAAAACUGUUCAUUUAUUGCAUUUAUUUGAAAAUGUAAGCUGUAUAGUUGUCCUGUAAGACUUUGUAGCUGUUGAGCACACUGCUCAGUGGGCUUUGCUGCUGGUGAGUGGACCUCUCUAUGGACUUUGCUGUUGUACCAGACUGCUCUCUUUCGAUGAGUGAACCUCUCUGUGGGCUUUAUUGUUGAUUGAUGAGCUAUGGGCUUUGCAAUUAUGAAUACAUUUCUCUCUGGGCUUUGCUGUUAAAAAGUAUUCUAACUUUAGUUAGAAGGUAAUGUGGUAUGUAGGCUUAGAUCCAGAAUGGCCUGAUUUGUCGACAUGUCAAAGGAUAUAAGGCAAUUUGAUCUUCACACACACUUCAGGACCUGCACCACCUAAAAAUGGAUGAUAUAAUGUCAGUACCCUCACCUGAUACAUUACAUUCCUUUCAUUUCUUGCAAUUGAUGUGUAUUACCACACAAUGUAAUGAGCGCCGCAGAUGAUUUCAGAUGCUUGUGGGUAUACUCCUUCAUAUCUGGGGAAACACAUUGAGGGCCAAAACGUGAGACUCGGAUAAGCAACAGAAUGCAUCCCCAACUCUUCAUACAACAACCAUAUUGGACAACCAUCCUCAUCUGAUGAUAUGUGAUAAAUGCCUCCUUUUAUUGGUAAAAUUGGACCCACAAUCUUUCAGUUUUCUUCAAAUAUGACUUGUGCUGCUAUUCUUUGUGUGGUAACAGUUCUGGUUUAUGUCAUUUUAUUGUUGCAGAACCACAGAUUGCGUUUCACAUUGCAUUUAAAAUGCUGGACACUGAUGAGAAUGAACAGGUUGAAAAAAAAGAAUUUUUAAAGGUAAGCACGUUACAUUAAUUUGGCUUUAUAAAUGCCUUUCUAACUUUUAUUCAUUUAUUAUAAAUUCUACCAAUAAAAAAUGGUCUAUAGAAUUGGAUAUGACCAGAAAGCAAUUUGCAGGUUCAGGCAUGGAUUUUUAUUUAUUUUUCCUUCAAUGUGCAGCGAGUUUACAAAUUCAUUGGCAAAAAAAAAUAUCUGUAGUCACCUUGACACCCAAAGCCCACCCUUUCGUCAACACAUAAGACGUCUCACUCCCUUUUCUCACAGGGAACCAGUUUCCUUUGGAGAUGAUGAAAGUGUUAACAGUGAAAUAACGCAGUAAAAUAAACCUAAAGCUAUUUUGCUAAAACGAGAUUUCUGAUUUUGAGAAAACCCCCUAUUUUGUCAAGCUGCUCGAAAAAAAACAUGGUUUUGCACUCGGAUAAUGAUUGCACCCUAACAACUACGUAUUUAAGUUGAAACAUGCCUUUAUCGCUGUGAAUUUCAAGAUUGAAAGUCCCUUCCCACUUUGUUUUAGAUUUCCAUCUAAUUGGAGUAGUAUUGCAAGAUUUUCAGCCCUACGUAUAGGGUUUCUCUAAUGAAAGCCUUUAACCUCUGUUUUUGUUUAAGGAAUGUUAAAUCCUAAAGUCCGUGAUUGAGCAAAUGUGCAGAGACUGAAGCAUGAAUGGGCCUGAGAUUGAUAUCUCUUGUAAUGAGCAAAAACCUGAUGAAAUUAAGUCUGGCUUAAGUGUGGAUAAGGUUUAGGUUCCGUCCCCGUUGUAAUUUGGAGUAGUGCUGUAUCAGGUUUUGUUCCUUAGCAUUUAAUAGAAAAUAUUUUAAUGCCGGUUUAAUUGUUAGUCUGGAUAUAAUGAAGGUUAUUAAUAGGAAAAGUGUGUUUCAUUAAGGUUUGUCAUUUCACUCAGACAUUUCUAAUGGUCUCAAAGCCUGUAGGCUAAAACGGAAAGCUUUGCCUUUCUUCAUUAUGUAUUAAUGUACUUAUUGCUGAAUUAAAUGGGCACUUAAUGCACUACUUCCACUUACAGCUACAGUACGUGUGGAGUGGUUACAGUGCCUCCCCACACUCACAAAAACUGGAACUUCCCCAAUACCCAGAGAAGACCCCCAUCUUGACUGCAUUUACUUUACACUUCCACAUUAUCAGUGUCAGCCCUGUCUGUCCUAGAUAGGAUUCACAAGCUGAGAUAGCUAGGUAUGGGUUACCCUGUUACUCCUUGUGCUGGUUAACAAUUGUUCCGUAUGAUCUUUUAGCAAACUGACAUUUAACACAAACAACCAGCGUAGAAUUCACUGUCAGAGAUCCAAAGAUGUUGCUAAAUCCAGUUGGGCAUGGCUUACACACUCUUGUUAUCCAGAUCAAGUCUGCCCUCUAUCCAGCAUUACACGCUAAUCGGGGGAUUGGUUAGGUGGAAACUCAGAUGAUGUUAAGGUAAGUCCAAUAGGCCUUGCGAAUACUUUUUUUCAGGCCCUGCUACUGGAGUGGUCAGUCCUUGGCAUAUGGUGACAGGUUGUUGAAUGUUUCAAAGGCCAUGACUGUGCAAGGGUUACUCCAUGCAAUGUAACCACUUCACUGAUUUGAAGUGGACGUGGUGCUUGGAGUCUGUGUGUGCAGGGUUUCACUAUAAAACUCUGCACAUACAGAGCUAAAGCUUUUUGUUGUCAAUGUUGUAACUCCCACCUCUGGCAGCAUUAUUGUGGCAUCAUUAGCCAGCCUGGAGCAAGAAUUCCCUUCCCAGCUUCAUUAAACUCUCACCCAGUCACCAUUCCUAAAAGUUAUUGAAAACUCACUUCCUUUUGUAAAGCGUAUCAAUUAAGCCGUAAAAAGCUUUCCCUCCCUAUACCUUAGUAACUAACCUUUCUUCUUCUUUAACUGUGUCAUGUAAAACAAAUCAAUCCUUCAUUGUAAAGUAUUCUAGUAACCUACUUUCCCCAAACAUUAAAUGCAUGCUUCCCUUACCUCUUGUGUCACUUUAUCCCAUUCCCUCUAGUAUGUAAGAUCGUUUGAGCAGGCCCCUCAAUACCCUCUGUUCCUGGUCAUCCAACUCAUCUGGCUACAAAUAAGUGACUGUUAGAUCACCCAUUGUACAGCGCUGCAGAAUUUAUUGGCGCUUUAUAAUUAAUAAUAAUGAAGACUAUAUUAAAACAAAAUUUACCGGCAGAAAAUCUUAACACAAUGUUACACUCUAUAAAACAUAAUUUGCAGUGAAAACAAAACCUUGGUAAGACCAAACAGAGUAUAGGGAAUGAUUAAAGUAUAAAAAGGAAAAUAAAAAAAUUAUUAAAGGAGUAGUCCCUCCUCCCCACUCCAUACUUUGCAACAUUAAGUAGUAUGUAUUGAGAAUAGGUGGUAUAGCGGAAUGGAUGCUCUAGCUACACUUUUAUUCCCUUUUUGUUCGGUUGUCCAUACACCCCAUACAUUGUCCAAACUAACUGUGGGUUCCCAGAUGCCUUCUGUAUUUUGGUCACUCUGUGCCCAUUAUUGGUGCAGGGUAUGUUGAAUGUAUUGCUUGUCUGUGCCUCUCCCACUCCCCCUUUUUCCUGUCCUAUAGUUUCCCCAGCAGGGUGUUGUCCCAGGUACGCAGCCAGACUAGUUUAAACUAGCUGCUUCUCCCAUCAGCCCUUUCUGUUGUCUGUCCCCACCUUUCACCUUGACAUGAAUGUGUUCCUGAUGCACAAAAUGCUGGCCAGACCCACUCAGGGCACACCAUAAUCAAUCCCUUUUUAAAGGGAUGCUAUUUUGCCAGAAAUAGAAUGCUGUAUUCCUGGCACUAUAGCUACCUCUGCCUCCCCCUGCAGUGGUAAGUAAAAGGUUAAAAAACAAACCCUUUAUUAAUUCGAUCCCAGCACUGAUGUCCCUCAGCGCUGGGUUGCAGCUCCACCUCCUACAACGUUACUGACGAGGGGGCUCUAAUGCACAUGCGUGACACCCCCCCCCAUUGGAAAGCAUUUAAUCAAUGCUUUCCAAUGGUGACGUAGAUGACGCUCAAUGUCCUCACGCAGAGUGGACCAAAAGUUCAUUAACAGCCAGGAAGUGCCAGACUUAGUGUUGCAAUGUAAACAUUACAGUUUAUCUGGAACCACAAUGUUUUACAUUGCAGCGUUGCAAUAGGGACACUGCACCCAGACCACUUCAAUGGGCUGAAUUGGUCUGGGUGCCUGUAGUAUCCCUUUAAGCUCUAUGCCCACGCUGUGCUUUAUGGGAGAUGUAUACUUUGCUGUUCCCAGAUGUGGGUCAACAGCGAGCAAACCCAGGAUGGCAGGACAGUAACCUAAAUGCAGCACAGUCUUGCCAAAACAGAGACUGUUGGGAAGCAUUGCAAUUUUUUUUUUUUUAAUUUUUUUUUUUUUUAAAUUUUUUUUUUAUGCUGUGCAUAGGAGUAGUACAAACAGGCCUGAGGUACCCCAACGGCAAUCCUAAGGCUUUGCAGAGCAUUAGAUAAGGCAUGCACAAUUUUUAUAUUAUGAACAGGAGAUAAACAGGGUAGUGCAAUUCCUAGGUAGGUCUAUCUAGCCGAAAAUCAGGGUACAGGCUAGGUGCAGGCGUAUAUAGGUGAGUUUGGCUAGGAGACUUGCUAGGUUAGGUAACAUACACAAAGAUCAGAAAAUAAUACAAGGCUGUGUCGGAAUUAAACAUGCCAGACUCACAUGAAAGACAGUCGUCCUAUAUAGAUUGCUAAACUAUAACGUGUAUAACUAAGUUGGGUAGUUAGGAGACCUGUCUAUUCGGUAUUACUGAAGGUGCUUAAAGGUACAUUCGAGUAAUGGAUACAUGCAUAUCUAAAAAUGUCAAGGGUUAAUUAGGCUUGCUUAUGGUUAGGUUGUCAGUGGAUGAGUACGUGGGUUACCACGGGCGCCAGCGUUUACUGUGGGAGACCAUGCGGGAACGGUCGGCUAUUUCCCUCCAAGACAGGUCUAGAGGCAGGUGUGGGGGCGUUGGUCAGUGCCUAUGUGUGCUUGUGCCAGGUAAGGUAAGCGUUUAACCCAUUCCUCCCCCUUCAGCCGGGCGAGAGUGGGACCCUGAGGGUGGGGGGACCUAAAGACACUAUAGAGCCAGGAAAACAAGUUUGUUUUCCUGGCACUAUAGUGGUCCUUUAAGGUAAGGUUGUCAGGUAGGUUAGGUUGUGUGUGCUGGCCGAGGUGAAAGUAUUUGCCGGUGUAGACCUGUGUUUCAGGCUUAGGUGCAUAGUCCAGAGUCAGCCAAUGCCCCGACUCGGUGGCAAGCUUGCGGGGUAGCAGGAGAAUUGAAGGUAGUUAAGGCAGGUCCUCCCCAAAGCCACGGGCCGUUUUUGAGACCUGCAUCUGUGGACCACGAACUUGGGUGUUCCCAGUGGAGGCCACGUUCUUCCCUAAUCGGGUGCUGCCGUGGAUCCUGAUGGAGGGUCGCCAUCUGUGGCGUUGGAUCCUCUGCGCCGGUGGUCGAUACUCAGGGGGUAUUCCCCUGGUGGUCUUCAGCCCGAGUGGGCCUAUCUUGUAAGGCUGUGUGCUUGUUUCGUAUGGAGUGCCCAGGGGGUGCCUGCUCUUUUCCCGCCUGUCAACUCUCUGCUUUUUCUUUACUGCUGGUGCUUUGGGCUUCAUGGGGUGGCCAUCGUGUGUUCCAGGCGCUGGAGCUCAGAUGGGACACAUCUGAUCCGUUCAGCGGUCAGGCUUCGCCCCCUUUAUUUAUUUAUUUAUUUAUUUUAAACUAUAAUUUGAUCUUCUAGAUGCAUCCAAAAUUGAAAUAGCAUAUUGAUAAAAUAUACUCUGGGCACAGGCUUAGCCAUGAAUAUACUAUAAGAAUGAGGGGAAGGCAGACAGAACAUGUUUCUUUUUAACUCGCUGUUAUCAUUCAUUCUUACCAUGCCACUAGAAAUAUAUAUAAUGCGCAGUGCUAGAAUCUGUGAUAAUUGCAAGUGCUGAAAAUAUCAACGAUAAAAAUAAAAUUAUUAUUGACACCCAUGAAAAUGUCCAGUUUACGGUCUUAACAAUUUAGCAACUUCUAACAGUAAAAGAAGUAACAGCAAUUACAUAUCAAAUUAAUUAUAUAGUUUUUCUACCGUGUUACGGAAACAUAAGCUCAGAGAAGUAGCAGGAUCUGUUUUGCCGAAUAUAUCACCACUUAACAUUUAUGACACAAACAUCUAUUCACUAAAUGUCAAAUUUGCUUUUCAGAUUUUACUGAUUUAAUGUGGAUCAGUUCCUUUGCAUGUAUCUAUUAUAUUUCCUCUGUUGUCCACUGUUUUGCAUUUUAUGAUUAGCCAAAUAGGUUAUUGCCAAAAUGACAGCUGAACCGUAUUCCGCAUUAAGAGAACAGACCCCACUUAUUUAAAGUAAACAAAAAUAAACCAAGUAAGAGAUUUUGAUUUUCUAAUCUUAAGUGCUGAAAUUAGAACUUUGUGUAUUUGUUGGGGGAAAGAAAUUUGGGAGGUAUUAAAUCUUUUCUGUUUUACUGAUCUCAUAUUUUUCUUAUUUAUAUUGUAUUUUUUCCCCCCACUUGUAGUUACAAAAGAUCAUUGGCACUAAAGAUGAAUUCAAGGAUCCACUUGGAAAUAAAGAAUCCUUACAGGUAAAAUAUAAAGUACAAUGUCUAAAAGUUUCAGCUGUAGUUAUAUAGAUGCCAGAUAUGUAUUUACAUUGUAAUAAAUAUCUUGUAUUGUAAAAGCUUUAAAUUAGGUUUACCCACACGACUGAAGCUCUAUAUGCUCUAAAAUCCAUGUAUAAAACAUUCCUGGUCAUUUUAUGAUUAGAAACAGUACCUCCCGCAGCGUUUGUAUAUAGUACAUAUUUCAUUAUUUCCUUCUGAUUUAUCUCAUUGUAAUGCAGUACAGAAUGUGUUGCCAUUUAAUAAAUGUUUCAAUACCGCAAAUCAUAGGUGUAUGACUUGCCUUCAAAUUCCUGAAAUUUGUUUAACGUACAGAAUCCAUCUUGUUUUAUUUUUAUCUAAAUAGAUAUUUGGGACAGAAGAUUAGGAGUAAACUGUACCAACUUCAUGUUUAGUGUGUGUUUUGGGUUCUCCAGAAUUUCUCACAACCGGCAUUCUCCAUAAACAUGAGAUGCCGUUAAUAUAAAGUGCAAAAAUGUGGUACUUAAUGUUACAUGCACUAAAAAUGUGAAUACGUUUUGAAUUGUUAAAACAAAAACAAAAAUGCUAAAAUGAGCAUUUACCAGCUUGGUAAAAGAGCUGUGUUUUGUUACAGCUCAAUACAUUUCCUAAUUCAGUUUUUAAUUCACUGCGAACCUAUAUUUACUAAAUAAAUCCUAUUGUAAACAAUGUGAGAGUAUUUUUAGUUUUACAUUCAUCUAACUAUUUUGAGAACCGCAUAGCUAUUGAAUAAAUUAACAGAUGUGGUUAAGCCAAAGUAUUUCAGCGGCUGUCAAUUUUCCGUUCAAAAAUCUGUUUAACACAAUAUACAUAACAUGUAAUGCCAAAAGAUUCAGUCAAUAAUAGAUUCUUUUUAUUUUUUUCAUGUAUACAUUUAAUGGCAAUUUGAUUAGCUCACUGUUUGAUUUAGAUAAUAUCAUAUUCACACAAAUCUAAUGCGCACCUUUUUGAAACCUGGAAGCUGAAAAAAAAUUUGGCUGGCGAAUGUAAUGUGAAAUUUAUACAAUUAGAUACUACUAUAGAACAUUGUGCUACAAUGAAAAUGUUUAUUGCCAUAUACAACAGUAACAUUGAUGGUAUUUCAAUUUUAGUGUUACUUGUUAAGUCUAUUCUUUCUUAAGACCUCUUUCAGGAAAGCAAUUUGCCACUUUUGAAUUUGCCAAAAUGCAAUUCACCAGAAAAUUUAGAAUUUUGCCCCAAAUGUAAUGCGCCAUCAAAUCUAAUGCGCAUUCAAAUUUUUAAAACGUGAAUUUCCAAAAAAGGUGCGCAUUAAAUUGGUGGUCAUGACAGGCGCACUUUAUGUAUGUCAUCUGCCUUUCUCAGGUUUGUAUUAAUUCAGUCAGACAAUAGUUUCUACCAAAGUGUAAUGUUUCCCCCCUGCAAAAUAGACAUUCCAGCUUCCCCUUCUCUAGCACAUACAAGUCGUUUUCACCCAUAUUUGCAAACCUCUAAAACUAAAUACAGUUUAUUGAACUUCAUGAGCAAAUGGUAGAUCCCCAGAUGUUGUAGAACUGCAAUAUCCAUGAUGCUGUUGCCAAUGUUCUGGCUGAUAAACCUUAUCGCUAGCCAUGUCCCAUCUUGAAUUUAAACGGUUUGUUGUUCUGUUUGGUACAUUUGCACAGUACUGAUUAGGGCGUUUUUGAUGGGUUUGAUCCCCAAGCAAGUUCCAGGGAAUUUCAUUGCAUUUUGAGUUCUAUUUCAGCAGCUGACAAACCGCAUAAUACAGUUGCAAUAGUUGAAUCUGUCACCAUCAUGCGUUUAGUGUUGAGCAGUAUUUAGAGAGUUUCAACUGGUAUUGCAUGAUGCAAAAUUUACUUUCUAUAUAAAAGACCUCUUUCUUAAAACAAGUUUGCUACCAAUUCCCUGGGCAGCCCAAACUGGUUUCAUGCUGAAGCUUUGUGUGACAAAGAAAAUGUCUCAAUGUUUAACCUAUGUUUGCUAAACGUAAUUAGCAGCCAUAUGCAGUGCAGGUCUUAUUGUCUAUUUUAAAUGGACACUAUAACCAUUGGAGCUCAUUGUAGCAUAUUAUAUGCUGUGUGUCUUCAGGGGUCAUCCAAUUUUUCUGUCAAACUGUUUUCAAGUAGUUUGAAAACCGCAGCCAAAACCUGGCCCCUCUGCUGUCUCGACUGAAUUAUCACCCAAAGCCAUCAAAUCUUGGGUUGUAGUAAUACGCUCACCGAUUACAGUCCAAGAUUGGGCAGGUAAUGUAGAAAUAAAUAUUUUGCAUUAUCCAGUUGUCAGGAAAAGGACUGGGGUUUAGGUUCUGGAGAAACCUUUGUCAAAGCAAAGCUAAAUGAUUUGACGAAAAACAGGGUGCUGGCAUAAAAUUGCAAACUACUAUGUCUACACGUGAUGUUAUUUAAUGAUGACCUAACUGCUAUAAUCAGUAUAAAAACUUAAAGGACCACUCAUUGAAGUGUUCUGUGUUAAGUUUUCCAAGCCCCUUGACACUACAGUGGUAAUUAUUGCAGUUUCUGAAAAACUGCAAUAAUUAGAUCUCACUUCACAGGAAGUGUUUAGUAAGGCUGUGUACCUUACUUGCAGAGACAUGUGACUAGGGCUGCAUAAACAAAGUGAUUUAACUCCUAAAUGGCAGAGAAUCAAGCAGUGAAACUGCAGUGACAUGAUCUAAAGACCAAAACUGCUUCAUUAAGCUAAAGUUGUUUUGGUGACUAUUGUCCCUUUAAAGUAAAAGUGACAUUGGUAGUUAGUUUUGCUUCUCUGUACCACCUGCACGUGAUCUUAUCUUUUAUAUGUUUGAGCUGUUUAUAUCUAUGACAAGGCCUUCACCUUUUUUCCCAGUAAUUAAGGUGCCACUGCACUGGGAUCUUGUUUGACGUAUGAGAUAGCUGCAUUAAUUUUGCUUGGCUGAAAGUAUCUGAUGUCUGAGAUAAAUGUUUAGCAAACCGUAAUAUAAUUCUUAGGCUCAUAUUGCAUCUGAUGAUGCUACCUUGUACAAAAAUUGGCAUCGCGUUUCAUUUCAGUUCACUCCUAUUGUUCUAUUAACCGUGACAAUCCCUUGCCCCAGCAAUACUUUUAUUACUUGAAGGGGUAAAAGUCGCACAAUGACCUGUGACUACUAACCUUUUCACUGCAGAUAACUGUACAUAUUCUCAUGAUAUUAUGAACUGCACUUUCUAAACAAUGCAGGUCAGCAAACUUAAAGGAAGACUCCAAACACCAUACCAGUACAACACCAUAAGUGCCCUCCAUGUAAAUAGCCAUACCAUUUGCAAAUUUGGGUCCACCUGGUGCCUGUCACCUCCACGAAGAGAGCUGGUAGCUCUCUGCAUUGAGCUAAGCUGAGUGUUGCUGGGCUGAACUCACUGGCUCAGUGCCAUAAGCCAAUGCUUUCAGCCAAUGAGCUAAGCCCUGCACUACUGGGCUUAGCACAGGGGGGCUAAUGGAAGAGACCGAGAAGUGGCAUACCUAUGGAUCUGUGAAGAGAUAUAAGAGGGGCUAGAAUUGUUCAGUCCUUUAUAGGUAUGGAUUAGCACUUUGAAUUGACUCCUAUAGGAUACAGGAAGCCAAUGUAAUGACUGACUGGAAAUCAGUGUGGCGGCAGCAUUCAUUGCAGACUGUAUUGGGGCAAUAUGGCUUUUGGGAAGACCAAUUAGGAGAGAGUUACAAUAAUCCAUGCGGGAAAUUACUAGAGCAUGGACAAGCUCCUUGGUAGCAACUUGCGUAAGAAUGGGGCGAAUGAGGGUUAUGUUUUUAAGAUGGAAUCUGUAGGAUUUGGCAACAUACUGGAUGUGAGGCUCAAAGGUGAGGCCAGAAUCAAGUAUGUCGCCAAGACAGCGCGCUUGCAAGGAUGGACUUAUAUGGAUACCAAGGAUGCAGGGGGGAAACAUUACACUUUGGUAGAAACUAUUGUCUGACUGAAUUAAUACAAACCUGAGAAAGGCAGAUGACAUACAUAAAGUGCGCCUGUCAUGACCACCAAUUUAAUGCGCACCUUUUUUGGAAAUUCACGUUUUAAAAAUUUGAAUGCGCAUUAGAUUUGAUGGCGCAUUACAUUUGGGGCAAAUUUGUGGAUCCCAAUUUGAAGGGAGAGCGAAAGAGGAGGAUCAGUAUUAGGAGGAGGAAAGACAAGGUGCUCAGUUUUAGAGAGAUUGAGUUUCAGAAAUAGGGAGGACAUCCAGUCAGAGAUGGAAGAAAGACAAGCAGUGACAUGUUGCAGGACAGCAGAGGAGAGGUCUGGGGAGGAGAUAUAUAUCUGGGUGGCAUCAGCGUUCAGGUGGUAGUGGAAUCCAAAAGAGGUAAUAAGUUUGCCAAGAGAGGCAAUAUAAAGAGAAAAUAGAAGGGGACCAAGGACAGAGCCUUGGGGACUCCAACCGACAGGACUAGGGGAGGAGUUAUCAUUCAGAAAGGAGAUGCUGAAUGAGCAUUGGGAGAGAUAAGAGGAAAACCACGAGAGGACAGUCACAGAGACCGAGUGAUUGAAGAGUUUGAAGAAAGAGAGCAUGAUCAAAGGUGUCAAAGGCAGAAGAGAGGUUAAGAACAAUUAGUAUGGAGUAGUGGCCUUUGGAUUUAGCUGUGAUUAGGUCAUUAGUAACUUUGAUAAGGGCAGUCUCAGUACAGUGGAGAGGGCGGAAGCCAGAUUGAAGAGGAUCAAGGAGAUAGUUGGAAUUGAGGAAGUGAGACAUACGGGUAAAUACAAGUCUUUCCAGAAGCUUUGAGGAGAAAGGGAGCAGGGAUAUUAGACGAUAAAGGGGGAGGACGGGUCGAGAGAUGUUUUUUUCAGGAUAGGUAUGUCACAUAUUCAUCCGCUUAUAGAAAUGUGGUUAAUGACAUUUACUGUCCACACAGGAAAAGUUGUGCCGAGCAGCAACCUAAUCCACAGAAGGGUUAAUGCUGAGCAGUAAUUGUGCAAAUGAAACCUGGUUUCAUGUAUUCAUCCGCUUAGAGAAAAGUGAUUAAUGACAUUUACUGUCCACACAGGAAAAGUUGUGCCGAGCAGCAACCUAAUCCACAGAAGGGUUAAUGCUGAGCAGCAAUUAUGCAAAUGAAACCUGGUAACUGACUUUGGGGUCAAAGGCCGGUUACAGCCUAUCAGAACUAAAGGAGGGGUAUUUAGGCCCAGUUCUCAGCCUGCUCAGUGCCCUGUCGUGGUUUCCCUUGUGGUUGUCUGAGAGCGCGUUCCUGUUUAUAGUUUUCUACCUGGUUUUUGACUUUGGCUUUGUUUAUUGACUUCUCUAUAUUCUGGUAUCCUGACUCCUGGCUUUCCUCAUCGCUGUGUCCCUUUCUGUGUUCCCUGACCUCGGCUAGUAUUUUUGACUAUUCUUUGUACGUUAAAUCCGGCCAUUCUAAGGACCGGUAAUACGUUACUUAUUUGUCAUCCGUGCUGUACAGUUCUACGUGCUGGAUCAAACAGUAAUCCUGACAUUACGACAUGGCCAUAGAUCCUGUAGAACUGUGUCAGCACAUAGCUGCUUGUGAGAGGAAAUUAGAGGAGAAUGAUCACCGCAUGGAUCAAUUCACUCAGGCUUUAAGUACGCUUCUCGCUAGAACGGAGCAUCUGCAGCCUGCAGCGUCUCCUCCUAUAGCACCUCUACCCUGUGUACCUCCACCCACUGUUAAUAGGACUCCUUGCAUCUCCUUAUCACCAUCCCUACAGUUUGAUGGCAAUAUCCAGGAAUGCAGGGGUUUUCUUAAUCAGGUGGAGUACCAUUUUGAGGCCUCACCAGGGUCAUUCCCCACGGACAGAGCAAGAAUUGGUUAUCUAAUGAAUCAAUUAAAGGGCAAGGCCCUUGCCUGGGCUAAUCCGUUGUGGGAGAGUAAUCGGAGCAUAGCUCAUAAUUACCAGGAAUUCCUUGCCGAAUUCAAGCUCACGUUUGAGCCAUUGGGUAGAGAGGAUGACGCCUCCACUGCCCUAAUGCACAUCAGACAAGGUAACCGGUCUAUCUCGGAUUAUGCUAUUGAAUUCCGUACCUUAGCUUCCGAGGUAGACUGGACUAACAAUGGGUUAAUCUCAGCAUUCAAAAAGGGUCUCUCAGAGACUAUACUAGAUGAGAUAGCCGCUAAAGAAUUACCUAAGAGUCUUAACGAAUUUAUUACGUUUGUCAUGCAUAUUGAUAAUAGGUUAAGACUCAGAGAAGUCACCAGAAGCAAGACCAGACGUACGGCUAUGUCCCUAGCACCUCAAUUCUCUAAACCUGUUUUGUCUAACCUCCCUGUACAGUCCGAACCCGAACCUAUGCAGUUGGGGGUCACUAGACUGUCAGAGGCCGAAAAACAGUAUAGGAGAAGGGAGGGGUUAUGCCUAUAUUGCGGUAGAAAGGGACAUAUGAUAACUAAUUGUCCAGUGCGUCCGGAAAACUUCCGCACCUAAGAACCUUAAGGGGACAGAUCUUAGGUGUGAUGGAGUUGUCCUCUAACAAAAACAAAAGUAGAUUCCUCCUUGAGGUAUCUAUUUCCAUUGAUAACAAGAAGUUUUCUUGCAGUGCCCUAAUGGACUCAGGUGCUGCUGGAAAUUUUAUUGAUGUCCAGUUUAUUAGGGGUAAUGAGAUACCGGUCAGGGAGAGACCUACGCCGCUAGCUGUAGAGGCUAUUGAUGGUAGACCACUCACACAACCGCUUAUAACCCACGAAACUGUCCCUAUUACGAUCUCCAUUGGGGCCUCCCAUAGGGAGGAGAUGACGUUUCAGGUUAUUACUUCUCCAUCAUGUCCUAUCAUAUUAGGGUUUCCGUGGCUGAGUAAGCACAAUCCCUAUAUUGACUGGGCUAAUGGGGAGAUAUUAGAAUGGGGUAAAGAGUGUAUGGGGAGAUGUAUAAAACCAGUACUAAAGAGAUUGGAUACUAUUGACCUUCCCACUACCACUCCCCAAACUCCUGGAGUUCCCAUACAAUACCGAGAACUUCAGGAGGUGUUUAACAAGGCUCAAUCUGAUGUAUUGCCUCCCCACAGAGCAUAUGACUGUGCCAUUAACCUGUUUCCAGGCGCUAUGCCACCUAAGGGGGCAGUUUAUGCCUUAUCUCCCCAGGAGAGUAAAAUAAUGGAGGAAUACAUCAAAGAAUCCUUGAGCAAAGGGCACAUAAGAAAGUCAUCCUCACCAGCUGGUGCAGGAUUCUUUUUUGUUGAGAAAAAGGGUGGUGAGUUACGCCCUUGCAUAGACUACAGGGCACUUAAUAAAAUCACUGUAAAAAAUGCAUACCCUAUUCCACUCAUUUCCGAAUUGUUCGAUAGACUUCAGGGAGCUAAAGUAUUUACUAAGCUUGACCUUAGGAGCGCUUACAAUUUGGUUAGAAUUAAAGAGAAUCAUGAGUGGAAGACGGCAUUUAAUACCCGUAGUGGACACUAUGAAUAUCUGGUAAUGCCAUUUGGGUUAUGCAACGCCCCGGCCGUAUUCCAAGACUUUAUAAAUGAUGUACUCAGGGAAUUCAUUUACUCAUUUGUCUUGGUUUAUUUGGACGAUAUUUUGGUGUAUUCCCCUGAUCUUCAAACUCACCACUCCCAUGUUAAACAGGUUCUGCAGACGUUGUUGAAAAAUAAACUUUAUUGUAAAUUAUAAAAGUGCAUAUUUGACCAGCCUGAAGUCCACUUUUUGGGUUACAACAUCUCUGCAUCGGGAUUUCAAAUGGAUCCUAAAAAACUAGAGGCUGUACUACACUGGCCAUUACCCUCUGGUUUAAAAGCCAUUCAAAGGUUUAUUGGUUUUGCCAACUAUUACAGAAGAUUUAUCAAGGGAUUUUCUUCUGUAAUAGCCCCAAUCACAAAUAUGACUCGCAAAGGGGUUAGUAGCACAGUAUGGUCCAAAGAGGCUGUGAAUGCUUUUGAGACUCUUAAACAAAGAUUUGCCUCUGCGGACAUACUAAAACAUCCUGACACCAGUAAACCUUUUAUAUUGGAGGUUGAUGCAUCCGAGACAGGGGUAGGGGCUGUUCUCUCUCAGAGAGAAAGCCAGGGAACACCAUUGCAUCCUUGUGGCUACUUCUCCAGAAAGAUGUCUCCUGCUGAGCGCAACUAUGAUAUUGGCAAUAGAGAACUGUUGGCCAUUAUUCUUGCCCUCAAGGAGUGGCGACAUCUUUUGGAGGGUUCCAAGGACCCCCUGUUGAUCAUAACCGACCACAAAAAUCUGGCAUAUAUAGGGGAUGCCAAACGUUUGUCUUCCAGACAGGCUAGAUGGUCACUGUUCCUUUCACGUUUUAACUUUCUCAUUACUUAUAGACCUGGUUCUAAAAAUACCAAGGCUGAUGCCUUGUCCAGGCAAUUUGAUAAUGAGUCAGCUCCGGAACAGAUGACAUCUCCUAUUAUUCCAGCAGAGUGUAUUAUUGCUACUACUGUCCUCUCACUGUCUUCUCCACUGCUUGGCACCAUACUGGAGGCCCAGCCUCAGGCGCCCAGUGGUAAACCGUGUGAUAAACUGUUCGUUCCCCUAUGUGAAAGGGUUAAUAUCAUGAAAGUGUUCCAUGACAAUAUAACUGCUGGACACCCGGGCAUCAAUAAGUCCACUGCCGCGAUCACUAGAUCAUUUUGGUGGGAUUCACUCAGGAAAGAUGUAAAGGAGUAUGUGCAGGCAUGUUCUGUGUGUGCAGUUUCUAAGGUGACUCAUGCACUUCCUUGUGGCCUGUUGCAGCCUCUUCCUGUUCCUGAGAUUCCAUGGUCCCACCUAUCCAUGGACUUUAUUGUUGAGCUUCCUAGCUCUGCUGGGUUCACUACUAUUCUCAUGGUUGUAGACCGAUUUUCUAAGAUGGCUCACUUCAUUCCUCUCAAGAAGUUGCCAUCUUCGCAAGAUUUGGUCCUAAUUUUCAUACGUGAAAUUGUCCGUUUGCAUGGCAUCCCCACAAUAUUGUGUCUGAUAGGGGCUCUCAGUUUGUGUCCAGGUUCUGGAGGGCGUUCAGUAAACAAUUGGGGAUUGAUCUCUCCUUCUCCUCCUCCUACCAUCCACAGACCAAUGGUACAGCUGAGAGGGCUAACCAGUCAUUAGAAGUUUAUUUGCGUUGUUUUAUUAAUAGCACACAAGACAAUUGGUCCGAACUACUCCCGUGGGCCGAGUUCGCUAGAAACAAUGCUGUUCAUGACUCCUCUGGGCACAGUCCAUUUUUUGUCAAUAAUGGUAGGCAUCCUACGGUUCUCCCUGCGGUAUUUUCUGAUACUGCCAUUCCUGCUCUGGAUGAGCGUCUGGCCUCCAUUCGGGAUACCUGGGUUAAGGUUCAAACUGCUCUAGGGGCUGCUGCUGAACGCUUCAAACAUUUUGCUGAUAAGCGUAGGAGUGCCAACCCGGUGUACCAAGUGGGGGACCGGGUUUGGUUGUCAUCUCGCAACAUCAAGCUUAAGGUCCCUAGCAUGAAGUUUGCCCCCAGAUUCCUUGGUCCCUAUAGAGUGCUUCGUAGGAUCAAUCCAGUGUCUUACUCUCUGGCUCUUCCUGCAUCUUUAGGGAUUCCCAACACUUUUCAUGUGUCCUUACUCAAACCUCUUGUCUGAAAUAGAUAUACUGUUCCUUGUGUUCCUCCCCCUCCGGUGGUGGUGGGUGGUCAGGAAGAGUAUGAGGUAUCUUCUAUCGUGGAUUCUAGGUUUUCUCGGGGCACUUUACAGUACUUGGUUGUUUGGAAAGGUUACGGUCCUGCUGAUCGUUCUUGGGUUUCGGCUCCUGACCUGCAUGCGGGCCGUAAGAUCCGCGCUUUUCACGCUAAAUUUCCUCUCAAGCCUGGUCCUGUCCGCCCGGUGGGCGUUCUUCAGGUGGGGGGUAAUGUCACAUAUUCAUCCGCUUAUAGAAAUGUGGUUAAUGACAUUUACUGUCCACACAGGAAAAGUUGUGCCGAGCAGCAACCUAAUCCACAGAAGGGUUAAUGCUGAGCAGUAAUUGUGCAAAUGAAACCUGGUGUCAUGUAUUCAUCCGCUUAGAGAAAAGUGAUUAAUGACAUUUACUGUCCACACAGGAAAAGUUGUGCCGAGCAGCAACCUAAUCCACAGAAGGGUUAAUGCUGAGCAGCAAUUAUGCAAAUGAAACCUGGUAACUGACUUUGGGGUCAAAGGCCGGUUACAGCCUAUCAGAACUAAAGGAGGGGUAUUUAGGCCCAGUUCUCAGCCUGCUCAGUGCCCUGUCGUGGUUUCCCUUGUGGUUGUCUGAGAGCGCGUUCCUGUUUAUAGUUUUCUACCUGGUUUUUGACUUUGGCUUUGUUUAUUGACUUCUCUAUAUUCUGGUAUCCUGACUCCUGGCUUUCCUCAUUGCUGUGUCCCUUUCUGUGUUCCCUGACCUCGGCUAGUAUUUUUGACUAUUCUUUGUACGUUAAAUCCGGCCAUUCUAAGGACCGGUAAUACGUUACUUAUUUGUCAUCCGUGCUGUACAGUUCUUCGUGCUGGAUCAAACAGUAAUCCUGACAAGGUACUACAGUAGCAUGUUUAAGGUCAGCAGGGACAACACCAGAAGAGAGCGAGUAGUUGAAGAUGUGUGUUAAGGAAGGCGCAAGACAAGGGCCGAGAGAUCUGAUAAGGUGAAAUGGGAUAGGAUCGACCGGGUAAGUGGUGAGGCGAGGGGAAAGGAGAAGCGCCGCCACCUCUUGUUCAUGAGCCAGGGAGGAAAAUCUGAAGGGUAGAAAAGGCAUGAUCUAAGUGGGGUUGAGAAAGAGAAUGGCAAGGUGGGGAGAAUUAUUUUCUUAGCUGUUCAAUCUUGUCGGUAAAGUAACAUGCAAAUCUAUCGGCUGUAAGGUUAGUUUGGGAGGUGGUCACAGCAGGGCGAAGAAGAGAAUUAAAGGUGUCAAAGAGACGCCUGAGAUUGCGGGAGCAUGAACCAAUAAGAGAAAAAAGUAUGACUGUUUGGUGAAGGCAAGGCCUACACUGUAUGAACACAAUAUGAAUCUAUAAUGGGAUAGUCUGCCUGGGUGCGAGACUUCCUCCAGGAGCGUUCAGCACAACGGGAGCAUCUUUGCAGGUAGCGUGUUGAUUUAGUAUGCCACGGUUGGGGGCGUGUCCUCCUCGAGAUGCAUGUUUGGAGUGGGGCUCCAGUGUUCAAGGCAGAUAUGAGGGUAGUGUUCUAUGUGGAGAUGACCAGUGAGGGAAAGGAGAGGGAAGGUUUGGAUAGCAGUUGUGAAUCAAUAUCAGCUGACAUCUGCUGGAGGUCAGUAGAAUUGAGGUUUCUUCUGAGUUGAGGGCGGUCAAAUCAAUAAGCAUGAGCACUCCAUGCCCUCCGAAGCCCCCUCUGUCAUGCCAGUCUAUGCACAAAGUCCACUGGUAUUGGGCAGGCUAUAACAAGGUUUUUACAUCCUAUAGCAUUUCAGGAUUCCAGGUGGGCGGUAGGGAUUUUCUAAUUUUGAGAGAUUGGGCAGGCUGGCAGGUGCGAGCCGGCGGUACCCCUGCGACCGGGUGCCGCCUUCACCACUUGCGGCCCCAGCCCGCGCCGCAAACCGCCGGGGCCACAUAUGAAGGGGUCCAUCGGGAUAAAUGUGGAUAGUAAGGGGACCCGGUCAGCGCUGGGCGCUUUAACAGCGCGACCGGGCCCCCUGUGAUUACAUCACAGAGCUUGGAGGAAAUGACUGCACGUCACUCCUCCCAGCUAUCACACAGACCGCACAGGAGGCAGCAGAGGGAGUCAGAGUAGGAACUCUGACUCCCAUCCACCUGAGCCACCACUGAACCCCUGGGAAAGUCACCCUCCUGCACCUAAAAGGUAGGAAACUGACUAAAAUAUUUUGUGUGUCUUUGUAUGUAUGUCUUGUGUGUGUGUGUGUAUGUGUGUGUCUGUAUGUGUCUUAUGUAUGUGUGUCUUGUCUUUGUAUGUAUGUGUUGUCUGUGUGUAUGUGUCUUUGUAUGCCUUAUGUGUGUGUCGUAUGCCUUAUGUGUGUGUCGUAUGCCUUAUGUGUGUGUCGUAUGCCUUAUGUGUGUGUCUGUAUGCAUGUAUGUGUGCCUGUCUGUAUGUAUCUGUAUGCGUGCCUGUCUGUGUGUCUGUAUGUAUGUGUGUGCCUGUCUGUCUGUAUGUAUGUAUGUAUGUGUCUUGUGUGUGUGUCUGUAUGUGUGUCUGUGUGUCUGUAUGUAUGUGUGUGUGUGUGUGCCUGUCUGUUAUAGUGGGCUAUAGUAAGUAAUAGUAAGUGGGAUACCUAGCUCAGCCUUCCUACUGGGCAUUGCUAUAAGGAACGUUAAAAAAAAAAAAAAUUUAAAAGGGGGGGGAAAAAGGUGGGGAGGGGAAUUGAGGAGGGAGAGGAGGGGAGCUGACGCACAGAUGAGAAAUCAUAUUAUGCACAAACAGAGAAGUCGUCUGAAUAUCACCGAAAGAGGAGACCUUUGUUUGUUACUUACUGUGACGGAACACUGGCACUCCGACUGAGUACCUCCGCCAAUCGAUGUGCCUAGUGCUCGCUGAGGACUCCAAGCACUCCAACAGACACCAUCAGCACUGCAGACCCCACUUCCAGCGAUACAGCUGCGCCGGGGUCUCGUCGUCUCCACCCACCCUGGAUCCACGACCAGGAUCCAGCUCCCAGUGGGUGAACCUCUCUAAAUCCAGAGAGCGUAGCAGGAACAAAUCAAGCUAUUGCAAUAGCUUACUUUGGGGAGUAAGUGAAUAUAGCAAUCCCCAGUGUGUAGGUAUCCCUUCCCCCAAACAUGAGCCAAGGCUUCAAGAAAGGUACAAGAUGAUCUGGUUUUAAUGACCACACACUGGCUUUUAUGCAAGUCCCCAUGCAAGGGGACAUCCCACAGGGUGGGACACAGUACAACCAAUCCUUUACAGGCAAACCGUAAAACACACCCAGCACCAACAUACAAUCCCUCCCCUCUGCCUGUGAUAUAAUUACUGAACACAAUGGGUUAAUGUAAUUUAUCACAGGCAGGACAAAUACACUUUAUGCAACAUAUUAAUAACUUCCAAAAUAUACAUGCCACAAACAUAACAAUCACAUAUUCGAACUCAGCACACUUUAAUUAUAAACAUACCCAAAAAUCAUACAAUUCCCUCCAGUAGUUCAAAAGUUAGGUAAAAGUCCUAUUUGGGACAAAACAGCUUGUUUCAACUGGUUUGGCAGUGUCCCUGGGACAACGCCCUGCUGGAGAAGAAUGGUAUAGGUAUUAGAGGGGGAGGGGAAGAGACACAUGCUCCCAUGGAAUCAAAGGGCAGAAACAAUCUUUUAAAAGACAAUAAGCCCAAAUAGUCUUUUUUACUGGCAAAGUCUCCCAAGGACCAUAGUCACAUGGCAGGAGGCUGGCAAUUAGUCCUCUCCAGGCACAUUUACGAAAAUCGAACCAGAUAUCAAAUAUUUAGUCUUGCAGUAUCAACCUCAAGGAUCUCAUUAAUCACUAGUAAAGAUAAUUUCAAUUUACUUUGUUUUCUCAUUAAACUUUAGAACGUUAAAAACAUUAUAAACAUGCAUUAAGUAGAAAUAAAAAGAUAAAUGUACGUACAUUUAUUUAUUUUUUUAAAACACCCUCCUUUCUAAAAAAUAUUCUGCACUUGCGCGAAAACUGGUGGGCAGUAAGGAAAUUUUUUCAACCAAAAAGAUGCAUUAGUGCGCGGUAGGUAGAAAAAGGUUUACUACCACUGUCCUAUAAGAAGGAGUAUUCCCCACAAUUGGAGGAACAGGCCCCAAAACUGAGAAAUGAGUCUGACUCUACUCACAAAACUGUAAACCUUUGUCCAUAAACUGAUAGCAGCCACACUGUAGAUGCUAUCAAUUUAUUAUUAUUAUUAUUAUUAUUAUUAUUAUUGUUGCCAUUUAUAUAGCUCCAACCGAUUUUGUAGCGAUUUACAACGUUUAGGCAACAAUACUAUUCAGUAUCUGUGUAAUAGAAUUGCUGCCAAGUGUUCAGGCCUGUUCAUCUCCAUGGUAAAGAAGAAAAUGCUCAUUGCCUGAAGCCUGGUCCGUGCUGAUCUAACUCCACAUGUUAUAAAGCAUUGACCUGUUUAGUUAACACCAGUAGCACUAUAGCCCCAGCCGUCAAUAAAUGUGUGGGACUUCACGUGUUGCUGUGUUUUCUUUAACUUUACUUUGCACAAAUGAUGAUCUUCAGACUAGUGCAAACGUGAACAUCAACCCAUAAUGAUCUUCAGACUAGUGCAAACGUGAACAUCAACCCAUAAAGUUUCCAUAUCUUCUAUCAGACAGACAGCUAGUUAAACAUUUGAAGAAAAUUGGGACAUUUUGAUGCAAGUCAUUUUCUAUGACCUAUGAUUGUUAAGAGAGGAAUUUGAAGAGUUUUUGUCUAUGUGGCAGUGUUUACAAGACCUUUUGAUCUAAUAGAAAACACAAAAAUUCCACUGGCCGGGAUUCUAGCCUCUUUGGGCAGCGUGUAGCAAGAAUGGAAGGCGCGGCGUAAAUGCCACAUUCUUUAUAUGUGCAAUUAAUACCUACUCCCGAAUGACGAAUAAUCAUUGGAGUUAUACGGACGGAUUAGGCCUAUUUGAUGCUAAAUUUAGCACACAAAUGUCAUACAUCUGUUUAAAAAAAUAAAAAUAUGAACAAUGUCAAUGAUUGUAUUAGUAAUGUGCUAAAGAAAUUCUAAAAAUAUCAAUGCUUCCUUGAUGUGUACUAUUUAAAAAACAGAUGUUAACACAGUUGCACUGCCUCACUGUGUUUCUAAUUUUCCUACAGCAUGCUUCAGCUUUUUAUUUUGGGAAGCAAUGAAAUAUAUUGGUUUUAUUUAGAACCUGCCUUAGAUGUAGCGUUGAACCUUAGUUAUUUUAUGGAUAAUAGCGUGUUCCCUUGUUUUUAUUUGUCCAGAGAAUUAAAAUUAAUACUUCCCCUCUAGACUAGCAGCUGUUCUUUCCAAAUUCAUUUUUACCAUAGGUUGUGGGAGUAAAGAGACAGAUUAUAUAUUGACACACAGAACCCAUAAAAUUGCUUUAUUUCACUGCAGCGUUUACAUCGUUCCCAUAACUUUAAAAAUUAAAUUUUAUAUAUAAUCUGCUUUUUUGUUAUAUGAAAGAGAGAUAGGUUCACUGGCUUUGCAUCACAGCUGUUGUAUACAGCAAACACAGACUCCAAGUAAUCCAUGUUUAAAAUGGAAUAAUGAGGCAAAAAUUGGAUAUUUAUUUAUAUAUUUAUUUUGAACCAAUUUGCAUAUGCCCACACAGAGUCAGUUGAGUAGUAACUUCACUGCAAAUGUGAGAUUACUGUGGGAAAAGCAAGUCUUAUGGCUUGACUGAUGUGUAGAUUUGUGUUUAACAAUGUAUUGACUGUGUGUGUUUGUGUGUUGUCUGCGUGACCUAUACAUAUAGUGUUUGUGUGUACAUAGAUUUUCUUUUUUUUUUCAGCAGAUCAUGUUUUCAAAUUCCUCAAUGCACUGUGAUUGCUGGUGCCCGUACAGUAUUCGCUAUAAUGCAUGGUUUAACCACAAACCUAAUUUCAAGUCCACACCAGGAUAUUAAGCCCAAUAUUAGUGGGAGUUAGAGUCAAUAACUACAGCUGUUAUAGGCCCAUUUAUCUCUCUGCAUUCAAUCCCAUCGUAUUACAGCACAGAUAUUAAUUACUUGUCCUUUAUUUAAACUAGCCGGCAGGGCCAGAUUAAAAGCUUUGUGGGCCUGGUGCUGACAAUUAUGAUGGGCCUAAUUACAAAAUCUUAUCUACCAAAAACACUAAAACAGUCCUACCUCCUAAGCGUCAUGUAUGUGAUGUAGAUGGUGCUGGAGGGAAACUCAUAGGAUGCAGCUAUGAGAAAACACAUACCCUAUGCUAAUCUCACGCUUUCAUCUUCAAGUAAACGAAUACCCCUUAACAGCAGUGUCCAGUAAAGCAGGAAGUCUAUGGAUGGGGUAAAAGGGUGGGCCACUGACACAAAUCUGCCGAAAGGGGCGAACAUACACAAACAGGGGGCAUGUCUGUGUCCCCAUGUCUCCCAGUCCCUUAGUAUCUGUGUCCCCAUGUCACUAGGGGACAUUGAGGGACAUUGGGAGACAUGGGGACACUGAGAUACUAGGGAACACUGAGAGACCUGAGGACACUGGGAGACAUGGAGAAAUGGGGACACUGGUUGACUUUGGGACACGAGGGGACAUGGGAUACAUGGGGAGACUUGAUAAAAAACCUGCGUACAGGUCGAAACAUUGCGUUGUCCAAUAAACCUGCUUAAAUUUAUCACAGUGAGUGCCUGAUAAUUUUUCUUUUAUACUAGGAGACAGUGAGACACUAGGAGACAUUGGGACACUAAGACACUGGGAGACUAGGGGAUUUUGAGAGACUAAAAAACACUGAGACACUAGGGACACUGGCACACUACGGACAUUGAGAGACACCAGGGACACUGGGAGACAUGGGGAUACGGAAAUACUAGGGACACUGGCUGGGAGACAUGGGAACACUGGGAGUGCCCCAUGACUCCCAGGUCUCAAAGUCACCCAGUGUCCCCAUGUCUCUGUGUCCCCUAGUGUCUGUGUCCCCAUAUCGCCCAAUGUCCCCUAGUGUUUGUAUCCCCAUGUCUUCCAGUGUCCCUUAGAGUCUGUGUCCCCAUGUCACUAGGACACUUAGAGACACUGAGUCACUGGGAAAGAUAUGGGGACACAGAUUCAUAGGGACAAUGAGAGAAUAGGGGCCACUGGGAGACUAGGGGCCACUGAGAGACAUGGCGCUACUGUGUCCUCGUGUCUCAGGGUCCCCAUGUUCCCAUGUCUCCCAGUGUCCCAAUGUCUCAGCGUCCCCAAUUCUCUCACCGUCUACAUGUCUCGCAGGCUCGGAGCUGCUGUCUGGACUCUCUGUGCAGAGAUGCUCCCCGCGCAUCAGUGAGUAGAGAGGGGCAGGGAGGGAGAUGCUGUAACUUCUCAUCCCUGCCUCUCUACUGGCCGGCGCUGGUAUUGCAGAAUAAUCUCAGUUUAUACUGAGACAGACAUUUGCAUUGCCGGUAUUACUGCAAUAUCAGCACUGGCUAGGCAGCCUCAAAUACCUGAGAAAUACCUGGCAACAAUAAGAAAUACAUGAGAAAUAACUGGCAACCCUAAGAGAGGUAGGUGUGUGUGUGUGUGUGUAAAAAAUAAAAAAUAAAUUUUUUUUAAUCAAUGGGCCUGGAGCUGCAGCUCCAUCAGCCCCUAUGUUAAUCCGGCCCUGCUAGCAGGGCACAGAUUAUUCUCAGAGUUUUGGGAAGUAAAUCUCAAAUGACUUAUUCAGUAAGGCAGGGAUUUUUCGCAAAUUUUCUGUUGUCAAGCAGUAAGUGCGAUGUCAUUUAAAACUAGUAAAUGUGAUAUUAAAUGCCUUUGACGCCUUCUUGUAAAUAUCUACUAAAGUUACAAGCUUAAGAAAACCGAUUAAGAUAUUUGUGGGAAUAAAUUAAAUUUGCAGUAGUACCUAUCUUUUUUUCUGGAAAACCAAAGAAUGUGCGUUCAUUUAAGGUUAAAGUCUUUGUAGUUGUGUGAAUUUCCCUGAGCUUCACAGAAAGCGCUUUUAUUUAUUUUUUUAUAUAUUAUUAUUUUUUUUUUUAUUCCUACUGUCAAAGAAGGUUGUGUUCUGUGCAGUUUAAAACUGAGCUGCUACUCCCACAAACAUUGUGCUUGAAAAUAUGCCAAUCCCACCUUGGAAUUUCAGCUGAUAAAGAGAAUCUCGCAAACAAGUUGGUGCAUAUUUAUUCUAAAUGCAGGGAUAGGCUUUGUCAUCUAUGAUAAGCCAAGAUAGGCAUUGUUUAUAUGUGUCGUCUUCCCAUCAAUAUCUUGAAGAGCUCUGUUUAGAGCAGCUCCCUUGUGCUGCUAAGGACUGCUCCAAUUUAAAGGUGUUAUUACAAGACUAUACUGCUGAUCGGCCAAGAUUUCCAAACAACACAAAGGCAGGGGAACGUUUGAGUAAUUUACAGAGCUAGAUCCACAAAUAUAACUUUAAUACCGUAGACACGCUUUCACAGCCUUAAAUUCUUUAAGUCCUAACUUCAUAUAGAGAGUUCAUUUAGAGACUUGCCAGAAAAGUAAUCCAUGCAAGCCAAGGCUGGUUUGCUUCUCUUUGUUCCAAGCUUAAAAAAAGGAAAUAAAAAAUGUGUUCUGAAUCCUGGCACGUAAGGGGUUAUAGAGUAUUGAUGUAGGGGUAUAUUAGAUGGUAACAUGGAAAUAUAUGAUAAAGAUUUUUUUUUUUUGAGAUUCACGUGAGGUCUAAACUAAAGCCGGAUAGAAAUAAGUUUACCGUCGUAUUGGAACCCUCACAGAAUUUCAAUAAUGAGUGGUCUGCGAGAUUAAUUUAUGGCUUUGUAAUGUAACAAGGAAGGGUUCCUUUUGCUUAUUUUCAAGCAUAUUUUGGCCUUCUUUAUAUUCUCAUUAUUAUAAUUAUCAUCCAGCUUAAUGAAGCUGAGCUGGACUUGUUUAAAUUUGCAGUGCUACAGCGGGAGAGUUGACCACUGAGUUAUGUAUACAAUAGUUAUAUACAAUAUUUCAUGUGCUUGUAAUACAAAUUGUGUUGUUUUUUUUACGGUUUUGUUUUGUUUAUUUUAGUGCCAACAUAGAUCUAAUGUCCAGUUCCAGCUUUAAAUAUAGAUAAAAUUAUGGCUAUUUUAGGCUAUACAAUACUGCACAUGACACGCAUGCAGUAAGCUUGCCACACAUGCUAGACUAAUGGAUUACGGUUACUAAACAUGCUGAAAGCUAAAUAACCAUUAGUAUUAAGUCUCAUGGAAGGAUCCUCAUCUUUCAUCUUACCUCUUGAGCUGGAUAAAAGACAGAGCCUAUUUAGAUGUCAUAAGAAAAGUUCUGUUGAAAUCCCAAAGGCUCCCCUUCCACCCCCAAAACAAAAUCUCUCUUCAUGUUUCUUACGGUUUGCUGUGUUCAAAGAAUGCCGCAAUGCUACCAGUGAAAGAGAACCUUAAGCAGAGAACACACAGUGUGUGUUUAAGCUUCUGAGCUUGAGCCGUUGUUGCAGUGAAGUGUGUGCCUUUAUGUUGGCCCCUAUAUUAUUUGUAUUUCAAUGAAAAAAAUGGAGGCACACAGUCUGGAACAUGCAUUACUUAAUAGUGCUGCAGAUGAAGGGACUCAUAAAGUUCUACAAAAUGCAAAGAAAUUCUCACACAAAUUAUAACUGGAAAUCAUUCACAGCUGCUUAAAAGGCAACUGUCCCUUUACAUAAUUUUUUCAUUUUUGCUUACCCAUCCCCAAAAAGAACACCAGAAAAAUCAAGCCACCCUCCUGCACACAAAAAAGGAGGGUGGCUAACAACAUAACUUGUAUGUGUCAGUGUGUGUAUCCAUGUGUUUAGGUUUCAAGAGACAAUGUAGGCAGAAUAAUCAUUUCAUCUCAUUGAAUUGGUUAUAAUCAGGGCCAAUAUCAGGAGGGUACAGCCAAUACAGCUGAAUGGGCCUUACAUCCCCAGUGUGUGUGUGUAUUGUGCAAUACUUGAGAGAGAUGUAUAUCUCUAAAGUAUCGCACUAUAUAAACACGUGCACACUCACAUUGUGGGUAUAGGGCACAGGCUCAGGUCCCAUAUAGCUGUAUUGGCUGUACCCUCCUGAUUAUAACCAACUCAAUGAGAUGAAAUGGUUAUACUAUCCUUUGAAACAUACACACUUGACAUUUAUCAAAUAUCACUAUGUCUAUAUCCCUGCUGAUGCUUCUCUAGUAAACAGUUGGUCAAAUGAGACUCCAGGUUCCUUCUCAGACAGGUCCUCUUGCAAGCCACGGUCACAGUCUGCACAGUGCUUAUGCCGGGCUUGCUAGAGAGAAUGCGCCUGCCUGAGGUGGAAGAAGGAGGCUCCUGGGCCCGCUCUUCGCUGUACAACCUGCUGUACCACAGGACCACCACAUAAUCUAGUGUCCCCCAUCCCCAGCUACAGGUAAGAGGCAGGGAGGGGGGAAUAGAUGUAACUAUAAAUAAAAAAAAUAAAAAAACUGCUCACAGCCCCUAUACACACACACAUUCACACUGCAUACACUUUUCUCACUCUGCAUCCACUAUACACACUGCAUCCACAUUACACACAUUCUGCAUUCACUAUACACAUACUCACACACACUGCAUCCACUUUGCUCAUCCUUGUGGGUGGACUCUGGAAGGGUACUGUGAGUUGUCUCAGGGCAAGCCCAGGUGGCCCAGACCUUGAGCUCUGUAAGAAGCCACUGAUUGCUGCUCUGGUUAUAAUGCCUGGAGUCCCCUGGCACUGUCCCUCCAUUCAUUGUUGAAAUAUUUUUGAGCAGUCCCAACACUGAGGGUCCCUGGCUUCCCAUGUUGCUCCUCUAACAUUGGAGGUAUGGCUAAGGCAGAGAUUACACACUUCAUUCUAACUGUAACCAUUUAUACCUUGAAUUGGCAUUGUGAUAGGCUGAAAGUGGUCAGCUGACACUCACAGCCAAUCACAUGUGCCCAUUGCUGCUAAGGCUAAUGCUUCCUCGUUAUCCCAAGCAGUACAUGGUGGAUGAACUGCUGGGAACAUGGUAUAGCAUUAAACAGAAAAACAAUCACUAUAUGCUCUUAACACAAAUAAACCCUUGAUGGAAAUAAGUGUUCCCUUUGUACACUCAAUAAUGCAAGAAAAAACUGAAAAAAACAAAAAGGAAACCGUGUAAAAUAUCAUCAAAAAGUGAAUAAUAUAUUAUAUAUAUUAUAUAUUAUCAAAAAGUGAAAUAAAUAUAUAUAUAUAUAUAUAUAUAUUUAUAUAUAUAUAUAUAUAUACACACAGUUGCAAGAAAAAGUAUGUGAACCCUUUCAUCUAAGUCACAACAAUAGACAAUCACAGUCUGCUUAAACUAAUAACACACAAAGAAUGAAAUGGUGCCAUGUUUUUAUUGAACACACCAUGUAAACAUUCACAGUGCAGGUGGAAAAAGUAUGUGAACCCCUAGACUAAUGACAUCUCCAAGAGCUAAUUGGAGUGAGAUGUCAGCCAACUGGAGUCCAAUCAAUGAGAUGAGAUUGGAGGUGUUGGUUACAGCUGCCCUGCCCUAUAAAAAACACACACCAGUUCUGGGUUUGCUUUUCACAAGAAGCAUUGCCUGAUGUGAAUGAUGCCUCGCACAAAAGAGCUCUCAGAAGACCUACGAUUAAGAAUUGUUGACUUGCAUAAAGCUUUGCUGUUCAUCAGUCUGUCUAUAAAUGGAGAAAGUUCAGCACUGCUGCUACUCUCCCUAGAAGUGGCCGUUCUGUAAAGAUGACUGCAAGAGCACAGCACAGACUGCUCAAUGAGGUGAAGAAGAAUCCUAGAGUGUCAGCUAAAGACUUACAAAAGUCACUGGCAAAUGCUAACAUCCCUGUUAGCGAAUCUACAAUUCGUAAAACGCUAAACAAGAAUGGAUUUCAUGGGAGGAUACCAUAGAGGAAGCCACUGCUGUCCAAACAAAACAUUGCUGCACGUUUACAGUUUGCACAAGAGCACCUGGAUGUUCAACAGCAGUACUGGCAAAAUAUUCUGUGGACAGAUGAAACCAAAGUUGAGUUGUUUGGAAGAAAUACACAACACUAUGUGUGGCGAAAAAAAGGCACAGCACACCAACAUCAAAACCUCAUCCCAUCUGUGAAGUAUGGUGGUGGGGGCAUCAUGGUUUGGGGCUGCUUUGCUGUGUCAGGUCCUGGACGGAUUGCUAUCAUCGAAGGAAAAAUGAAUUCCCAAGUUUAUCAAGACAUUUUGCAGGAAAACUUAUGGCCAUCUGUCUACCAGCUGAAGCUCAACAGAAGAUGGGUGUUGCAACAGGACAAUGACCCAAAGCAUAGAAGUAAAUCAACAACAGAAUGGCUUAAACAGAAGAAUAUACGCCUUCUGAAGUUGCCCAGUCAGAGUCCUGACCUCAACCCGAUUGAGAUGCUGUGGCACGACCUCAAGAAAGCGAUUCACACCAGACAUCCCAAGAAUAUUGCUGAACUGAAACAGUUCUGUAAAGAGGAAUGGUCAAGAAUUACUCCUGACCGUUGUGCACGUCUGAUCUGCAACUACAGGAAAAGUUUGGUUGAAGUUAUUGCUGCCAAAGGAGGUUCAACCAGUUAUUAAAUCCAAGGGUUCACAUACUUUUUCCACCUGCACUGUGAAUGUUUACAUGGUGUGUUCAAUAAAAACAUGGCAACAUUUCAUUCUUUGUGUGUUAUUAGUUUAAGCAGACUGAUUGUCUAUUGUUGCUAUUUAGAUGAUGAUCAGAUCACAUUUUAUGACCAAUUUGUGCAGAAAUCCAUAUCAUUCCAAAGGGUUCACAUACUUUUUCUUGCAACUGUGUGUGUGUGUGUGUGUGUGUGUGUGUGUGUGUAUAUAUAUAUAUAUAUAUAUACAUACAACCUGUAUAUAAAAGUUACAAAAAAAAUCACAUGACAUCUGCAAAAACAUAGGAGAAUCUUCCUGAUCACUCAAAAUGGCAAAAUAGAGAGAAUAUAGUGCAGAUGGUAUUAAAAAAAAUAUAUAUAUAUUUGACAAUAUUUCAGUUACAAGAUUCAAAAUGAAAAAAGCAUAUUUCCCCAACCAGCGUGGUACCAAGAUUUCAGCAAGAAGCCCCAGAAGUAUAUAUGCAGAGUGGCAAAUAAAAUAAAAACAAAAUAAUAAGUCCUUCGCGUUCCAUCAGACAAAACACUUGGACUCUUUAUUUUAUUUUUAUUGUGUUUUUAUCUUAUUUUCCCCGAUCCCUGAAGAAGUCCCAUUGGAUGAAAUGCGUAGGACUUAUUUUGUUUUUGUUGUGUUUUUAUUUUAUUUUAUUUGCCACUCUGCAUAUAUACGUCUGGAGCUUUUUGCCAUUUAAAGUAUUUCUGUCUCAUUUGAAAACCUUUCUUGACGUGCCGUCUUUUCUGUAUUGUUAAUGUAAACUGCCAAUAUAUUACAUGUUUAACUAGGUAUGUCAAAGAGAAUGUAAUUCUAGCACCCCUCAAUCAUGCAACAAUACUCCGGAGCUACAGUGCUCUGUCUAAAGUCUUUCCAGCACUGGAGGAGUUUAACCAGCAAUCCUGAUACAGUCCCAAACUCUCAUAUUAACUGGCAGCUCACCUAAUUAGUGAAAGAUUAUUUAUACCACGUACAGCGAAGUAUGCAUGUUCUUGGCAUAUGGUACAUGUCAUUAUCAAAAACCGUUCUUCUCAAGUGAGAUCAACUUGAAAACUUUGUCAGCAGAUAGGCCUUAAUCUAGGCAACAUGCUGCGGUUCCACAAAUUACUAAGUGUAUGUCUAGAUAAAACCCAUCACUACACGUAGGCGCACAUGUAAUUUGAGCUAGAAGGAAAACCUCCUUAGUCAUAGAAACAUUAUCUAAUGAGCGUUAUGUGCCUUGCAUAACUAACAAACCAUAAAUCCUCAGUCUAAUCCAUUUUGGAAGAGAACCUGUCUCAGGUCAGAACUACUGUUGGCAUGCAAAGAUUCCUUUACACCUAGUUAUCCAAUUGCUUGUUGAUAAGAGGCCCAUUUACUUAUGAAUAUUGCCAGCAAGGUUUGUACCAUUACUCCUGUUCAUUUGUUAACCCACUGAGUGCCAGAGGAGGGGUGAGUAAUACAAUUAAUCUGAGUCUCAAGGUGUUUUAGAAAACGGUAUUGAAGCCUGCACAUUGCAUUUUAUGUUUCUUAAUCUGGAAGCUAUUUUUUUAUUUUAUUUUAUUGUUGCAAGAGUUUUGAUUUAUUUUAUGAAAAGACUUAAUGGAUCAGUGAAGCGUUAGGAAUACAAACCUGUAUGCCUAACAAUUUAGUGUCCAGUCCCUAGUUAAUUACCUUUUAAAAGCUGCAAGGCUCCCUUUGACACUGCUUACCUCUCCUCCUCCAGCCAUGUCCUGGAGGGUGCAUGUCUUCAUGGUCCAAUCCAGUGCUCCUCAUAGAGGGACCUGAUGCUCAUGCGCUGCAAGAACAGUCUAUCAAUCCUUUCCCAUAGGAAAGCAUGAAGUCAGUGCUAUCCUAUUAGUGCAGCGAGAGUGUCCAUAGUGACAGCCACCAGAGGUGGAUUUAACUUUGCAAUGUAAAUGGUUUUUCUCCUUAUUCCACCACAUUGGAUUUUUUUUUUACUUUAUUACAGUGAGCAUGCCUUAGAAUUUUUGCUUUGUUUCUGAAGUUGGCAGUGGAACACAAACAUUGGUGUCUCCCAAACCGCACUUAUUUUUGUUUGUUAUUGGUUAUUGUUCAACAGCUGGGGUUGUGUUUUGUUUGUUUUCAACACAGUCACACAAAAAUUUAUUGAUCAAUUUCUGGAUGUAAUUCUGCCGAAGUUAGAAAUCUACAAAGAUCAAUAAGCUGAUGUUGCAAGGAUUGAGGAACACUAUAAUGUUAGAAAUACAAAUAUAUUUAUAUAUAUAUACACUAUUGUGCCCUAGUCACCAUUUAGGUUACUGAGACAGUGCUGAAAGGGUUAAAAAGGGUGAUUUACUUAAAGGAUCACCAUAGGGUCUGGAACACAAACAAGUAUUCCUGACCCUAUAGUGUUAAAACCACCAUCUAGCCCCCCUUGGCCCUUCAAGCCUCCAUAAAUAUAGCAAAAUAUUAUUGUAUUCCAGCCAGAAGCUGUUUUCCUCAGAAAAACAAGCAGUCUGUUGACAUCAUCAGUGGUGGCCUGAUCCAAUCACAGUGCUUCCCCAUAGGAUUGGCUGAGACUGACAAAGAGGCAGACCAGGGGCAGAGCCAGCAUGAUUCAAACACAGCCCUGGCCAAUCAGCAUCUCCUCAUAGAGAUACAUUGAAUCAACGAAUCUCUAUGAGGAAAGUUCAAUGUCUGGAUGCAGAGGGAGGAGACACUGAAUGUUUGGAUGCAUUUUAGGCAGCCAUGACCCAGGAAGGAUCUCUAACAGCCAUCUGAGGAGUGGCCAGUGAAAUUUUCGCUAGGCUGUAAUGUAAACACUGCAUUUUCUCUGAAAAGACAGUGUUUACAGCAAAAAGCCUGAAGGUAAUGAUUCUACUCACCAGAACAAAUUCAAUAAGCUGUAGUUGCUCUGGUGACUAUAGAGUCCCUUUAACUUUCGACCCUUGUUGUGCCAAUCUCAUCUGUCUAGCUUCACCUCUUUGGCUGAGAUCAUCAGUGUUAAUGAUCUCAGCCAAUCCAAAGCUUUUCCUGUAGUUGUAUAUCAUAUUUCAGUGAUAAUGUGUUCAUUAAAAUAUGUUCAUAGUGGACAUUUAAAGGGUAUAAUGGCCACGUGUAUUUGUUUCAUUUCCAUAUUUGUAUAUAUAACAGAAUUCAGUCUUGUACUUUAUUCAAAUGUUUUAGGCCAAAAUAGCAAAUUGAAAAAAGUGUAAUACCGUAUUUUCAUUUCAGCUAUUUUAGUCAAAUAUGUCAAAUACAUUUUGAUUUCCUGUCCGCUUUCCUUUUAUCUGGAUGAAUAAUAUGCAAUUCCAUCUGAACAUUUGUCUUCACCACUAAAUCUGUGAAAACCAUCACUCGGCACUUUAUAUAAUAUAGUUAAUGCAGCAUUUUAAUCCGAUUCAAGCACAAAUUGAAAUCCACCUGAUACUUCUGUUUAGUGUCUCAAAUGUAACACCUUAUUUAAUGGUCAUUUUACCCAACCCAUAAAUGGAAUCUGUAAUCCCAGCAGAAUCAUCUGAGAGAAAAGAUUCACAGAUAUCCCAUGAACUGUACCUAUACCAUUACUGAUAUCAUCUGAUGGAAGCGCUGUCAGAACUUUUUUACCUUGCGCAAUGCUGUUGUCUUAUCACCCAAUGCAGGGAUUCUUUUCUCGUGAGCGUGGAAUCCUGCACUUUGUCAGUAGGCCACACAAAAAUACGAGCAGUCUAAUUUGCAACUUUGACCAGUGCACACCAAAACAUGGCUCGUCGUCUCUGUAAAGUUUGUUUCUGAUUCAUUACCCAAGAGUGUAAUAUACCUGGGAUGGGCAUGCAUUUACUGAAAUGUUAAACUCCUGUCUAGCUAUCAUCAUCCAUAUAAUAGACAGAUGAACCAGGAGUCUUAGCAGACCACACACACAGACUUGCUAAACAAACCAAUCCUCCAUAUACAACUGAACAAAUAACCAUAACAGCUAGUUCACUGCCGUGUCUCCCAAGCUGAUAGACUGUAAUAUGGAAAAUAAUCAUCCUUAUAUCUAUAUGAUCAAUUAAUUCAUAAUUAUACCUGCUUAGUAAAAUGAACACUCUAAGCCACAUUUCCUAUACUUGUCUUUCCCGGUGUCUGUUAAAUUGAGUUUAUUUUACAAAGCACCGUUUGUCCGCACAGUACAACAAGGUAGCACUGCUUGUCUGCUAUCCCAGGCUCUUCUCGCAGUAGUUACCUCCCUAGAUUUGUGCAUUUGUCACCCCAUGACCAUGCUCCCUCUUAAUUUCAUGCCCAGGUUUUAAAAUGAAACUAGUGUCCACUGCAUGCCUCAUUGGGCAUCCACAUGCAAAAUAGAUAAUGCAGACAGCAGCCUCAUGUGAAACAUUUCCUAUAUAGCUUAGGCAAGCUCUUGCCUGCUGGCCCAGGAUCAUUCUGUGUAUUCCAAAGGUGAACUCCAGGCAAGAUUCAGAUAUUAUGGUGUACGUGCGAAAGACUGCCUUUCCUGCAUCCCAGUUUCUGUCUAUCCUCGGUUUCCUGACCUGAGGCACAUGAUCCCUUCCUGCCUCCACAGCAGUGACAAAACUAACAUAGAGAGGGCCCGCCCCUGAUGCAACAAUUUGUUUGGGCCCCGCUAUCACAAGGUGGCCAAAAGGUAGAUCUCCAUCUGUCGUACAACUCUCAAUAUUCGUUUCUAGCUGGGAAUAUACCAUUGCCCAUCCUUGCAGAGUCUUAUUUAGCACUGUACUGUGUUUGUGUGUUUGAAUGUAAGCAUGUUUAUGUAUGGAGUAUGUGUGUGUUUAUCUAGGGGUAUGUUUGUAUGGUUUGCAUUUGUGUGUAGUGUUGGUUUUUGAAUGCAGCAGUAUUUUUAUAUAUAAUGUUUUAAAUAGUGAGGUGUAUUUGUAGGCAGUGUUGUGGUUUGAAUGCAGUGGUGUGUUUUGUAUGUAGUGUUUGCGAUAUGCAUGCACAUGCAGAUACAGACAUACAGAUACACGUACUGACAUACAUGCAGAUAAUUUUCUCCAAAGUGAACCAACUAUUUCUAUUAUAUGACAUAUCGGAUAAAGAUGCAGUAAAUAUUCUCUGCAGAACUACACCCAGCAAUGUUCUUUACCCUAGGCCUCUGUCUCACAUGACAAUACUUGCUUAUAAUUGCAUUUGUCAGUGGGAUUCAAUGGAUAAGGCAUCGUGUGGGCCUUUCUUUCUGUCUUCCUCUGUAGUGUUUUGCCAUUUUGAAUAAAAUAAAGACGUUUUUAAAUACAGUGGUGUUUAAUCAUUAAUCUGGGGAUUGUGGAGAAUUGACAAAGGAAUUCGGAAAUGGUUGGUUCAAAAUAUCUUUAAGUAUUUUUCCAUGUCCUCAAUUAUGACCUAAAAUUGGCAAUUCUCCACAAUUCCUGAUUUAUUGAAAAUGUUUUAGUGGUGAACCAGUUUGUGUAUGUAAAAAGCAUUUCCCUUUAUCUAAUCGAGAUACAUGCUGUUAUCAUUGGAGGAAACUGCUAGGAUACUCUGUUAUCUACAAAAUCCAACUAAGUUCUCCUGUUGAUGACCAGAUAGAAGAUACUUGAUAAGUGGAGGAAAGUUCUACAUUGAUGACUUUAAGUGCUAGAAGGUUGUACAGUCCUAUGCAUUGCCUAUUUCCCUGGACCUCAAAGGGUGUAAAGACAGCUUUGCAUGCUGUACCGAGUUACAACAGGAUAAACAAACAUAGCCAUGAAUCACUUCAUAUCACAGCCGCUUAUGUUGAACAGUGGCGAGCAAACGAAAUGUGGAUUCUGAAGUCAUUCAGCAAAACUGCUGCUUUCAAAUUCCUUUUCCAUGACCGCUCUGUUCAUCCAGUAGCUUGACAUGCAAGGCUCUUGUAGACUUUACCUCAUUGCGGAUCGUGUUCUUUAAGUCAGCGUCUCCUCCUUAUGGAAUGUGUUAGAAUUUGUAUAGUAUUUUUAUUUAAUUCUCACAGAGAGUAUAUGCGAAUAGCGUUUGUCAUGCUAGCGUGCAACAAGAUGUUGUGUUAGUUUCCUUGGUGGGAUCACCGUAAUGCACAGGUUCAUUAUGUACCCAAGAUUUGUCAAAGGGUAUUAAAGUUUAACAUUCCUGGACGCCCAGUUGCAGGAAUAGGAGUUAAACAGCAUUAAGUCAUAACACACUGGUAUAAAUCCUAACACACGAAAAGUUAAUUAUAAAUAAAGUUUACACUCUCUGUGUAAUAUAUUAUGCUUUUGGAGGCCAUAAAGCAAGUUUACAUAGUUUAACCUCUUAAGGACACAGCUUUACAAGGCAAAGGCCAACAUGACGGAACAUUUCUUUCAUGUGUCCUUAAGGGGCUAGUAGAAAUUUGGGAUAUUCUACCUAUUAAUGUUUGUGUUUUAUAAAAUUAAUACCUGUUGAAUAAAUUGCAAUAAACAAAGAUUAUUUAGUUAAAGAGCAUUGGAAAUUAUAUAGUGAUGAUUUAAAAGUCUUACUGGUUUUUUGUUUUGUUUUUUUAAUAGUUUUUUUUGGUGUGUCUCUUGUUAUUUUUUUUUAUUUUUUUUAUAGCAUAUGCCUGAUACCCAGGGAACUUUAAUCUGUACCUUGCUGAAUACCCAUAUUAUCGGUCUAAACAUGCAUAUGGGCAGGCCCGAAAUAAGAGCCCAUUGGGCCUGGUGCUGACAAUUGUGAUAGGCCUAAUUACAGAAUCUAAUCGACACAAAACACUAAAACAGUUAUACCUCCCAAGCGUCAUGUAUCUGGUGGAGGUGCUGGGAAACUCACAGGAUAUAGCUAUCAAAAAACAAAUACCCUAUUCUAAUCUCUCGCUUUCAUCUUUCAAGUAAAUUCAUACCCCUGAGCAGCAGUGUCUGGUAAAGCAGGGUGAAAGGGUGGCCCACUGAUGUGAAUCACGUAAUCAAAGCAAUGAAUAUUAACUGUGGAUCUGUGUAUGUCUCCUGUUGGGGGACAACCCCUCUUGAAUUGAAUUCCAAAUGUCAGCUAUCUAAGUCAGGAGUAUAAAGAAGGGGGAUAAAUUCCAGUUAUGUACUGUAAAGUGGAAAUAUAAACCCAAGAGGAUCUCUUGAAAAAUAAAUAAAUUAUAGAUUCUAGUAUAAAAUACCUAACACACACAUACUGAUACCACCACCUUCAAAAAUAAGUAGUUUGCUAGGAAGGAAAUGUAUUAGAAAGGGUCUCUGCUUUUGAUAAAGCUAAGAGAUUCCUAAUGAUAAGAGGGGAAUUGUAAUGCCCUCUACUACUCUAUACUUAAUCUAAACAAAUUUACAUAACCCCGUAGGAGACCGGAGUCUUAACUAGACAGUGUUCAUUGUAUACUUCCUUCGUUCUGCCAGGGUGUCAUGCCUAAAUACGUAAAGAUUCUGACAGAACAUAGAAGAGAAGGGAGGUACCGAUCAAUAUUACAAUUCUUAGUUCCCCUAUCCACGAGCGCAUCGGAGAAAAGAGAAACAGAGGAUAGGGAAUGCAGCCGUAAUAUAGUAAUGUCAACCUGCAGCAAAACAACUCCAGCUAAAUUGUAGUAAUAUGCCUGUUUGUUUGACACUAUUGCAACUAUAAGUGAGUGUCAACAAUUCUGUUAUUUUGUUGCAGGGAUAGAAGCCUAAUUUAAAAGCCGGAGAUUAAGUGGAAUCGGGUAGGAUGCUAAGCCUUCGUUUCGGGCGCCUGGCUGGUACCUAUGCUGUGCCUUCGAGGGCACCCCAUACUCAAAAAUCUAGCUACGUUUUAUUUAUUUGUAUUUCAAGAGAUCCUCUUGGGUUUAUAUUUCCACUUUACAGGACAUUCCUGGAAUAUUUCCCCCUUCUUUAUCCUGACUUAGCUUACAUUUGGAAUUGAAUCACAUAAUCAGAACCGCCCAAAGGGACAAAUAUGCCCAAAAACUAGACAUGUCUGCACGAAGAAUUAGAUGGUCAGCCUGGUGUGAAUGCAUGUCACACUGGCUGCCAAUAAUGCAGGAUGACUAACCAAGGGCAUACCAGUUUUGUUAACCUACAUCCUUCUUAAGGUUCCAUACUUAAACAAGAGCAUGUGAAGAGUAGUUUAGAAAAAAAUCUUUAUUUGUUUAAAAAAAAUUUUUUUAAAUCAAUGGGCCUAUUCCAUAGGCAUGGGCCUGGACCUGCAGCUCCAUCAGCCCCUAUGUUAAUUCAGCCCUGCAUAUGCUGUUCAAUGCCUCUCUUAUACACUGAUCAACCACAAUAUAAAAUCAACCUGCCUAAUAUGCUCAGUUGGAUUAAGAUCUUGGGAAUUUGUAGGCCAAGCCAAUAACUUGAACCCCUUGUCUUGUUCCCCAAAUCAUUACUCAACAUUUUUUGCACUGUAGCAGGGUGCGCUGUCCUGCUGAAAGAGGUCACUGCUAUUAGGGAACACAAUUGCCAUGAAUGGGUAUACGUGGUAUGAAACAAUCUCUAGGUAGGUGGUACGUGUCAGUAAUAUCCACAUAAAUGCCAGGACCAAAGGUUUCCCAACACAACAUUAGCCAACCUUCCUUCUUCCCAUAGUGUUCUGCUGCCAUCACUUCUCCUGGUAAAUGACUUACACACACCCAGCCCUCUUCCUGAUCAAAAGAAAACAUGAUUAAUAAAACCAGGCAACCUUCUUCUAUUGCUCCGUGGUCCAGUUCUGACCCUCACGUCCCCAUUGAAGGCGCUUUUGACAGUGGACACAAGUAAUCUUGGGCACUUGGACAGGUCUGCAGCUGUGCAGUCCCAUAUAAAGCAAACUGUGAUGCACUGUAUCUUCUGACACAUUUCUAUCAUGGCCAGCAUUAAGUUUUUCAGCAAUUUUGGCUACAGUAGCACUUGUAAUCAGACCAGACGGGCUAGCCUUCACUACCGAUGUGCAUCAAUGAGCCUCGGGUGCCCAUGACCAUGACGCCAGUUUACCAGUUGUUUCUUGCACCUUUUUUGUUAGGUACUUACCAAUUCAUACUAGGAACACGGGAACACUCCACAAAACUUGCCAUUUUGGAGAUGCUCUGACCCAGUCGUCUAGCCAUCACUAUUUGGCCCUUGUCAAAAUCACUCAGAUAUUUUUGCUUGCACGUUAUUCCUGCUUCCAACACAUGUUAUUCAAGAACUGAUUGUUAACUUGCUGCCUUAUCCACCCCUUAAUUGGCUCAAUUGUAACAAUAUAAUCAAUAUAUUCACUUCAUCUGUCAAUGGUUUUAUUGUUGUGGUUGAUCAAUUUAUACACACACACACUUCAUUUAUACCCAUUAUAUGUGAUAUAUUUACAUGUUGGAAUGUUUAGCUAAAUACAUGUUGUAUGUUUAGCUAAAUCUGCAGCUUUAUAUUGCCACCUCCUCUGUAAAGAAAAGCCUACCUGUUUCCUCCAUUAAAAUACAAGGAUUUUUAAAGAGGAACUGUCACUUUAACUGAACUUUGCCCCAUCAAAGUCAGAGAAAUGUAAACCUUGUUUCAUUCCUCCUUUUCUCUGUAUGCUCUCUCAAUGCUGAUUGCCAUGUGCAGAACAGACCUUGACAGGGAGAUAAGAUGGAGAAGCCCAGUUGCAGGGUAAAGAGGUGUGGAUUUCUACAUUUAAUUUUUUACACCUCGUAAAUCCAUAUUUGUUAAAUAUAGGGAUAAGUAAUCAUAAUAUUAAAAAUUCAGGUAUGUGACCCUUCCCCCUUUAAAAACUUCCAUCCAAAUUCAGGAAAAGCAUGGUAAGUUACUAGAAAGGCUUACAAUGAAAUGCUAUUUUUUUUUUAUAUAACUUUUUAUACAAAAGUCGUGAAUAGUAAAGUAAAUACAUGACCAUCAAACUGUACAAUAUUAUUUUCUUAUAUUACUUUUGGAGAAACAUGGCUGAGGAAAUAAGAGGGUGAAAGACAAGGGUAAAAGCAGGGGAGGUGAAUAAGAGGAACGGAGUCUGGCUAAAACAUGUGACGUAUGGUUCAGUAUAGAACAUGAACACCAGAGCGAGUUAAAGGACCACUAUAGUGCCAGGAAAACAAACGCGUUUUCCUGGCACUAUAGUGUCCUGAGGGUGCCCCCACCCUCAGGCUCCCACUCCCGUGGCGCUGAAGGGGGAGGAAGGGGUUAAUCCCUUACCUCUUUUCCAGUGCCGGGCUCCCUCAGCGCUGGGAUUCUCCUCCCUCUACUUCCAUCAUCGGCUGAAUGUGCAUGCGCGGCAAGAGCCGCGCACGCAUUCAGCCAGUCUCAUAGGAAAUCAUUCUCAAUGCUUUCCUAUGGACGCUGGCGUCUUCUCACUGUGAAAAUCACAGUGAGAAGUGCGGAAGCGCCUCUAGCGGCUGUCAAUGAGACAGCCACUAGAGGCUGGAUUAGCCCAUAGGUAAACAUAGCAGUUUCUCUGAAACUGCUAUGUUUACAGCAGAAAGGGUUAAUCCUAGCUGGACCUGGCACCCAGACCACUUCAUUAAGCUGAAGUGGUCUGGGUGCCUAUAGUGGUCCUUUAAUUGCUGUCCAAGAUCUUUUUAAUCAAUAGGCUACUCAGGGGGCUCAUACUUUGUGAAAAGAUGAUUGUAUUUGGUUCACAGUGGCCAGCAGUUUGUCCAUGAGCAUGUUCUCCUGCAUAUUAAAUGUAACCAAUGAGAACAGGGACAUUGUAUCCUGCAACCAGUUUAAUGCAAGACCUUCUGUGCUGCUAAUUAACAGAAGCUUGUUUACUACGGUUCAGUAACGGGAAUAGCCAAAGAGCCAGCUUUAUUGGUUUUAGCAAUACAUCGGAAAUGACCAUUGAGCUGUUGCCAUGUCUCCUGUUAGCCACCCAAGUGCUGACAUCAAUCUGCGUUGCUCUUACCCUUAAUUUGUUAUUGUAAUCUUUGCGUGUUACCAUCAGAGCUUCUUUAUUACCAGGUUUAUGUUUCUUUGCACCAGAAUGCACAAGCUCAAUGUCACAUCUAUCCAUUAGCAAACAGAUGACUGUCACUAAUACCAACAUUAUGUUUCCAGGAGACCUCUUCGGACGGUUCAGAUAUAAAUACAACCCUGCUGGUCCAUUUCUUUGGAAGGAAAGGUCAGGAAAAGCUACAUUACUCAGAAUUCUACAGGUAUUGUUAUGUACCUUAAUCGGUAUAUCUUAUUGUAUUAUAUAUUAUUAUUGUAUAUCUUAAACAUAAACUCUACAGUAAAGUAUUUUAUAGUCCGUAGUGUGGUGUGUGUAUACUUAUAGUCACGUCUUUCUAAAUAUGUCCUUUUAAAGAUAUUAGUGAAUUUCUGGGAUUGCGUUUGCAGUGGUUUUCCAGUUUAAUGAUGUUGGUUUAACAUAUAUGUAUGUAAAUCAAGGAUGCUAGUAGCAAAAAGACUAAGGGUAAAUUGUGUUGCCCUGCCCAUACUGACUUAUAGAGACUCGCAAAACUAUGUUAUAAGCAAUUCGUCUGAAUUCAAUUCCUGGUAAAUGUUGAGCAAAUAGAUUCCGUAUUAUUUUACCUGUAGGUUUACUUUUGCAUUAUACAGGUGAGAUUUAUUCCUUUAUCAAUUAAGUUAUUUUAUUCUGUAUGAGUCGCUUCAAACUAAUUUUUGCACAAGUCUACUUAAUUCCCUUCCAUAAUUCUGGUUUAUGUAGAACUCUAAACCUUAACAUGUUCUGUGAAUCACUUUAUAAUACCAAAUAUUUGAAUAAAUUCGGAGUAUUAUCUAAACCUUUGUAAACUACAUCUGCUGUAUUAUAUAAUCUACUCCCACUCUGUUCACCUUAAUGAAGCGGUCUGGGUACAGUGUCCCCGUCCCCUUAACCCUGCAAAGUAAAACAUUACAGUUUCAGAGAACGUUUAUAUUGCAGAGUCAAGACUGUCUUUAGUAGCUCUAUUGAUUUCCUCUGGUGGCUGCGCUCGACAGGUAUCCCAUACGAUGACGUUGGAGGUGGUAGAAUCGGAUAAGUGUUUUUACCCUUUCACUGCAACCAGAUGGGGCGCAGAGGGACGCUAGUGUUGGCAAAUACACAGAUGAUGGAGAAGCUUAUGCUCAGACUAAACAAUUAUUUAUUCCAAAUCCAUUUUUGUCUUCCCCUCCCCCCCCCUAUCCUUGAAUCCUUAAACUGACCAUAUAGAAUGUUGUUAUACACCCAUCUUUCUGUUAUGCAGUAAAUGCCAUAUUUUAUAAAAUGCUGUGGAAAAAGUAAAUAAUAUGAAUAUAUACAUUUUAUAUAAAUAAUAUAAAGGAUCACUAUAGGGUCAGGAACACAAACAUGUAUUCCUGACCUUAUAGUGUUAAAACCACCAUCUGCCCCCCGGGCCCCUCAUGCCUCCAUAAAUAUAGUAAAAAUCUUCCUGUAUUCAAGCCUGAAGCUGUAACUCUGCAUGCUGUUAGACUCAGAAAAACAAGCAGUCUGCUGACAUCAUCAGAAGUGGUAGCCUGAUCCAAUCACAAUGCUUCCCCAUAGGAUUGGCUGAGACUGACAAAAAGGCAGAUAUGGGGCAGAGCCAGCAUGAUUCAAACACAGCCCUGGCCAAUCAGCAUCUCCUCAUAGAGAUGAAUUGAAUCAAUGAAUCUCUAUGAGGAAAGUUCAGUGUCUGCAUGCAGAGGGAGGAGACACUGAAUGUUUGGAUGCAUUUUAGGCAGCCAUGACCCAGGAAGGAUCUCGAACAGCCAUCUGAGAAGUGGCCAGUGAAGUUUCCGCUAGGCUGUAAUGUUAACACUGCAUUUUCUCUGAAAAGACAGUGUUUACAGCAAAAAGCCUGAAGGUAAUGAUUCUACUCACCAGAACAAAUUCAAUAAGCUGUAGUUGUUCUGGUGACUAUAGUGUCCCUUUAAGGGCAUCUUCAGUGUGGCAAACCUAGCCUCUUAUAGACUUAAACCGUGUAUUUCAGCAAACUGUAUAAUUCUGCUACUGUUAUAUGUAUUGUGCAAUGUAUGUGGCAUUCGUGUGUCACAGCACGCGAAUACCGCUAAUGUUAAGUCUAGUUAUCCACGAACAAUGAAUCACCACACUGUUCGUGGAAUAAGCAAAGUACCGAAUGGGAGACCACCCAUAGUAGGUCGUGUGUCUCCAAUUGGGUUCUUUGCAACAUUGCGGGUGGCCACCAUUCGUGUACCGAACACGAGGCGGCGGCCAUCUUUGUUAGCGGAAAUCCAGCAGGGUUUUGUUGUCUAGUGCCUGGAACUCAAAUCGGCUACUCGCCAACACAAGCCCGCUGGACUUCCGAGCCGUUCGGGAGUUUGCAGUUUCGGGACUUUCAUUCCCUCAGUUCAGGCAAUCGGUUGAACGAAUUGGUCCUGAUAAGGGAAACUGAACCGCGUUCGGUUAUUUGUGCUGGGAUCUGAGUGCAAGUUCCCUUAACUGUGCGCCCAGGUCCCAGCUAUGUAAUAAAUGGUUAAAUAGCUGUCUAGCACAAAUAUUAUGUUGGUUAUGGAUUUUAAUAUGAAAACUGUAUUUCUCUGUACCAAGGGAUAAUCCCAUUAGCAAUGCAUUCUGGGAUAAUUAUCUCCUUGGUACAGCAAUGUAUGCUGGGUACUCUGGCUGUAAAACUCAGUCCCCCAUAUAGUCCACUACUGGACAAACCCUGCAUUGUGACUCGGGAAACCCCAUACAAUUGUAACCACAUAAAUACUGUGCCUGUGGUUAAAAACCUCAGUUGAACUCCAAGCUAUGUGUCGUCUAGUUCUUGGGAGAAAGGGAUUAUAACUACGCUACCUGGAUUUUGCCUGCUUUGUACCUGCUUCAUUCUGUCUACCAGCGGACAUACCGUGGAUAAUACUACUACUCCGCUACAUUCAGUAAUUGAGUAUACUGAACUUUCAUACAUGUAUUGAGUAUAGGAUUCAAUUACAUAUACCUCUCUGUACUGUACACAGGUUAGCUGAAACUGGUUAGCAAAAUCAGAGCUUCAAACUAUUCAUGUAACAUACCUGAACUUAGUUUAGUGACUAAUUUUGUUCAUUUUUAGAGUUUUCUGUGUUUUCUGGACCACAGACCAAUGGAAGAAGGUUGCCUGUCUGAUGACAUGUUUUUUUCCGCUUCUUAAAACAAGAAUCUGUACAGUUUUUGCUGCAGCCUGACAACAAUGUGUACAUAAACACGCUACAUAAAAAAAAAACAAAUCAGUGUCAUUUUGGCUUAAAGGAACACUAUAGGGUCAGGAACACAAACAUGUAUUCCUGACACUAUAGUGCUGAACCGCCAUUUAGGUGGCUUGCUGGCCACUUACCCCCCUUAAAAGCAAUUAAAACUCACCUUAUUUCCAGCGCUGCGCGGGUCUGCUGGCACUAGCCCCGCCCCGCCCCGCCCCCUUGGUGACAUAAUCUGAAUUGCCGAUUUAUUUUUUUUGCCAAUCCAAUGCAUUCCCACAGGGAAGCUGUCCCUAGGGGCAAUGUAAACACUGCCUUUUCUCUGCAUGAAAAUGCCUGAUUAUACUCACCAGAACAACUACAUUAAGCUGUAGUUGUUCUGGUGACUAUAGUGUCCCUUUAAGUGUAAAUCUCUCUUCACAUUAUUUUAUAGGAGUAUAAAUCAGGCACAUACUUUUUUUUUUGUAGUUUUUAGCUUUCAAUCAAAUCUUUUUUUUUUCUAUGACGUCUUCUGACAACACUUUGGCUGCACGCAGCAAUAUCAUUGUGCAUGUUUGAUCUUCUCCACGCUGUUUGUACAGGAGAUGGCUGACAAGAUUUACUUACACACAUCAUUUUAACAAGGGAAAUCUCUCCCUGGGUGGGAGGGCAAGUAGUCUUCCAGAUUUGUCCUGUGUGUGCGUUAGAAAGUUUUCUCUGUGAAAUCAAGAAGCUCUUUUUUUUUUUCUUUUUCUUUUUUUUGAUGGAUAUAAAUUUGUUUUGGAUGGUGUUGCCUUUUUAAAGAACAAUUUAGCUAGACCCACAUGAGAGUAAAUGAGAUAAUCGUGAACUGACAGUUUUGAAAAGCUCUGUACACAAGGAGCGGUCACCUGCCAGAUUUCUAAAGCCAUGUAUACAUAUACAGAAGACACCUGUCAAAAAUUGCUGGGCACUAUGCGAGGUCUGCCAGGUUUACUUACAGUUGUUUAACCCUUUAACUUCUUGGUGGAUCAGCCAUGCUUAAACGAACUACCAUUCAAAGAAUAAAAAUAAUGCUUCUUGCAUAGCGUGUUGUAGUCAGGCAGAAAGCUGGGUACUCAACGUACCAUACUUAUUGAAUGAUAAAUAAAUGCUAUAAUGCUUAGAAUGACUCUUUAAGCAAGGUACAUUAACUUACCUUAAAUUAAUGUAAGUUUACAGAUGCUUGGAGUGUCCCUUUAAGAGUAGUACACAAUCAAGUAUUGUGUACUUAUAGAAUAAUGUGCCCUCGUAGAGAUUUUAUAGUAUAUUCUGUUAUUUUUUAAAUAUGUGUAUAACUGGUAAGGGGGUCUUUUGCAUAUCGGUACCCGACUCCCUCUAGAAUAUAAGAUCACUUGAGCAGGGCCCUCUGCACCCUCUGCUUCUGUGCAACCAGCUCGUCUUAUCAAAUAACUGUCUGUUAGUUCACCUAUUCUGCUGGGAAACCUUGGGUCCUGGCAUUCAUGUGGAUGUUACCUUGACACAUAUUACCUACCUAGAGAUUUUUGCAGACCAUGCACACCCCCUCAUGGCAAUGAUGUUCCCUGAUGGCAGUGGCCUCUUUCACUUCACCUGUCAGUGGUUCUAAUCUCUCAGCAGGAUUAUUCACCAUACCACACUGCAAAAAGUGUUCAGGGAUGAUUUGAGGAACAUGACAGUGUUAAAGGACCACUAUAGUGCCAGGAAAACAUACUCUUUUUCCUGGCACUAUAGUGCCCUGAGGGUGUCCCCACUGUCAGGGUCCCCCUCCCGCCGGGCUCUAGGGAGAGGAAAGGGUUAAAUCUUACCUUUUUUCCAGCGCCGGGCGGGGAACUCUCCGCCUCCGAUCCUCCUCUUCGGCUGAAUGCGCAUGCUUGGCAGGAGCUGCGCGCGCAUUCAGCCGGUCUCAUAGGAAAGCAUUUGUAAUGCUUUCCUAUGGACGCUGGCGUCGUCUCACUGUGAUUUUCACAGUGAGAAGCACGCAAACACCUCUAGCGGCUGUCAAUGAGACAGCCACUAGAGGCUUUAGAAGCUGCAUUAACCCAUUUAUUUUAAAAAAGGGUUAAUCCUAGAGGGACCUAGCACCCAGACCACUUCAUUUAGCUGAAGUGGUCUGGGUGCCUAGAGCGGUCCUUUAAAGGCCUUGGCCUCCAAAUUCCCAAGAUCUCAUUCUGACUGAGCAUCUGUGGGAUGUGCUGGAACAACAAAUUCAGUCAAUGGAGUCCUUACCUUGCAACUUGCAGGACUUAAAGGAUCUGCUGCUAAUGUCUUAGCUUUACCACAGGACACAUUCAGAGGUCUUUUGGCGUCCAUGCCUUAACAAAUCAGUUGUUUGGGCAGCACAAGGGAGACUUACACAAUAUUAGGCAGGUGGUUUUAAUGCAGUGGCUGAUAAUUGUAUGUAUUUCAGUGUGGUAUAUUUCAUAAUUAUUUUUUUUAUUUAUUCUAUUUACACAUUAGUGUUCCUUAUGUUAUGCUUGUUUAGGGUUGCUUUGCUUUGUGCAUUCAGAGUGCCAGCCAGAGUCAGAAUGAUCAUCAUGGGGUUAAAUCCGUAGAGCUCUAUAUAUAUUGAAGGAGAGGCUUAAGGUUAUAGUAAACAGGACUUUGUCCCAAUGUAAGUAUUCAAGAUUUUAAGAUAUACUCCCAUCUCUUCACAUUACUGUGAUCACAAAACUGGCAAGAAGUGCUGAAAAUUAUUCACUUAAUACCAAAAAGCUGCAGCCUUGCAGAAAAAUAUUUGAUUACCUCCCUCUGACAGAUCUGAUCUCCCACCCAUCUGAGAAACUAAUUGCGAUUUCAGAUGUUGUUCGUUUCUUGAAACCUACCUCGCAGCUGCCCUGCGGUCCAGUAUUUUAAGUUUCUCAAACUGGAGUAAAUCAAGCCAAUGUUCUCUUUGGGGUUAGAUAUGAAUAAUUAAUUUAAUCAAGUAUUUGGGGCUUAUAAACAUAGCUUCCAUAUCGAGUAGGGUGUCAGCCAGUCAUUGCCAAUUUAAAUAAGUAUAUAGACUGCCACUUCUUAUUAGAUACAAAAUAUGAUCACUUUUUAAUCAACAUUCUUUACAAAAUAUCCAUAAUUCUCUUUAAUUUGUAUUGUAUUCAAUCGCAUUAGUGCACAGUCUAAAUUAUACCUUAAGGACACAACUUCUGGAAUAAAAGGGAAUCAUGACGGAAUAUUUCCGUCCUGUGUCCUUAAGGGGUUAAAGUGGAUGUUUUUUUUUUAAUAUUUUUCCAUUAUUGUGCUGCAAUAUGCAGAGCCACCCUUAAGUAUAUUCAUUCCUGAGAAAAUCUAGAAAAAAGGCUAAUAUGCAAAUUAAUAGGAGCCACUGGGCCACCCAGUAGAAUCCUCUGAUAACCACAUGUGAUCCAAUGGAUUAAAGGGGAACUCUGACUUCCCAGAUUUCUCCAUAUUCUAUUUCCUUAAAUAUGCAUUUGUAAAUUGUGAAAAAAAUAAAGUUGAAUAUAGAAAUCCACACUUCAUUAUCCUGCAACUAGAUGCCUUCAUUAUAGCUUUCUCCUCAAUCAUUAUGAGCUCUGCCCUUUGCACCUGCCAGUCAGAAUAGAGAGAGGUUACAGAGAAGAGGAAAAAUGGGACAAGGUUUCUAUGUCUCCUCGUUAUUUUGAUAUGUUACCUGGGCUUUGCCUUGUCUGAACAAGAGUGUAAUAUAAUUUGUUAAACCUUUAAAGGGAAACCUGAGCACAAAACAACUUUAACUUAAUGAAGUGGUGAUGUAUAUAUCAAACCCCUGCAAUGUUGCUGCUGUCCUGAAAUUGAGGCUGAGGUAUUUACCUUCCCUUGUUGCUCAGAGUGUUUAAUUUAGAAUUUAAGGCUUACACACAGAGGCUGAUAUACAGUAUUCAGUAGCCCCUAUGAAAUUAUUUGGAUAUAGACUGCAGGACAACAAUAAGUAGGUCACAAGUAUUUUUUAACUAAAUAUAUACUAAAUGACGAAAAGUAUGUGGGCACCCUUGUUAAUUAGUGGACGUGGCUAUUUCAGAUAUCCAGAUUUCAAUAAGACGUCAAAUAAAGCAUACAGCUAUGUAAUGGACACACAAAAAAACAUAGCUCAGCCAUGUAUACGUAAGUUUGCAUAUUUUGACUGCAAGUCUGGAAGAAACAUCACUACAAGUAUCAUAAAUUCUAAAACCUUGUCAAGGGUCUACUGAGCACUGGACCAUAAGAUAUCUAUAAAUCGAUCUCACAAAUGACAGCUCACCGUUCACUCACUGUCAGAUGAAGUCUGUAUAUUGGGAGAAUGUCACCUGCCUGGCAGCAUAAUACCAACUGUAAAGUUGUGUAACCUUUUUACCCAUGUAGUAUCUAACAUUGGUAUAAACACUCCUUUUUAAUAAUGUGAUUCCUUCUAUCAUGUUUGUAUCCAUAUGGUAGAGAACCCAGUCUUGCUGAUUGUUGGACAACCUAUUGUUUUUUGUUUAGGUUAUUAUGGUACUUUUUUCAACUGCCUACAAAUAACAAACCACUAGUCUGAAACUUAGCGCAAUGGUAAAGCACUACGGUGCACCAUAUGCAUUACAAUAUAAAGGAACAUGGUCUGGCAACCAUCUGCGGGAGGUUGUGCUGUGACCUAGAGUUACAUUAGUCAAUGGAAGUUGAUUGGUCACAAGAUUCAGCAACCAUAUUGGAACGCGCAAAAUUCUUCAAACAUCAUCUUAUCUAAAAUGGUUUGUUGGCACUUAAUGUCCGCAACUAGUAAACCUACCACAGUAAAUCUCUAUGAAGUAAAGGUGGUUACCUCAAACCAGUGCCCUCAAAGGUCUACUUCAAUCACACACAUUUGCAUCUAUUUGAUAUAUAUUUGCCAUAUCUUUGGCUAUCUAGGUCACAUGGUCUUGCAGCCAUUUAUUUUCUUUCAACCUGUUUCUACCAUAGCAUAAAUGGGCAUUUUUCCAGUAUUAAACUAUGCUGCAAUUUUUGUUGUUAUUAGCAUUUAUAUAACACCAACAUAUUCCGCAGCACUUUACAAUUAUAGAUUAUGGAUAUUUGACGAUCAUGUAAUUGACAUAGAAAAUAUUAACAUUAAAAAUAUUAAUAACAUUAUAACAUUAAUAUUGCACCCUGUUAAACAUAUGAUUAUGCAUAAAAUGUUCAAAACCUAAUAUGGGGGUCAAAGAAAAGUGGCCAUUAAGAGUUUGGGAAACAAAUAUUCAUUAAACUUUGCAAAAUUGAAGAAAUCUGUUGUGAACUCUUCCAUAUAAAAUAUGGAGAUGGUAUGUUGUAAAUAUCUAUACAGCGAUUUAGGCCAGAUGUGAAACUGUGUGUGAGGCUGUGUUACGACCAUUAUUCUAAUUUGUUUCCAUUUUUCUGCUGGUUACCUCCUUUGUAGCUAUAUUUAUUUCUGCUAUUAGUAUUUAUCAAACAGAACCUGCUAAUUAAAACGGACUAUCCGAUAAGAUAGCAGUAUAUAUAACCUGAAGUGGACUAAUCUACGCUAGCGGUAGACAUAGUUGAAAAUGUUGCCUGUGCUCUGGAAAGUUUGCACUUGGUCCAUUUUUUGUUUUGUGUUUCUGUUUGAUGUCUGUGAAGAUGUCAGGAAUAGCGUCUAUUCAGGUAUGUUACUAAUGCAUCAAAGAACCAGAGUGCUCCCUAGUGGUGUUUCUUCUGUGUUGCAAUUGGCAAAAUACGCAGUAUAAAGUUUUUGUUUUUCCCCUACAUGGAAAGAUUGCCACAUUUAAUUACCUGGUACGUCUAAAAUGUUUUAGAUAUUCUAUUGCAAAUUCUUCCUUCACACCAUUUUAAUGUUCGGAAGAUGGCUUAUCAUAUCAUAGGGACACUGAUAAGAGUAUUUUAACACAUUUUAUUAAGUAAUAGGUUUUGCAAUGCAUUCAAUGUGGUAAGGAAGUGUGAAGAUGCUCCAGACAGUACUGGGUAAUACUAAAGCAUGAAUACUUUCAAAAAUAGAAAUGUUAACCCCUUAAGGACACAACUUCUGGAAUAAAAGGGAAUCAUGACGGAAUGUUUCAUCGUGUCCUUAAGGGGUUAAUAGUCUAUUUUUAUCAAUUUGCAUAAUGCAAAUUGAGCUAGCAUAAAUAAAAUCUAAGUCUAAAAGUCUAUUUUGCAUGGUGUGACGCUUUGCUUUUUAAAAAAAAAUUUUUUCUCUUUAAUUUAAAAAUAGGGGGAAAACGUCUCUAGCGACUGUGGUGCUUCCUUCCCUACUGCUUCUGCUUGGGCUAACCCUUCAUUUUUAAAAGAACACUCCAUUGCCCAAAUGGCCAGAAAAUUACAAAUCACUGAUUAGUAGAUAUACCCUCAAUGAAUACAUGCAUGCAGUCAUGUCAGAGGGUUUGUUCAUUUACAUAUAAUGUUGAUUUCUAAUAGAAAAAGUCACUUUUAGAAGUUGUCAUUAUCAUUGAAUACUCCUCACCCAAAAAGCACUUCAGCAAGCUCCACAAUCAUAAAGCUGAAGUGCUUUAUGGAUGUGGAGUGGUCCUUUAACCCAAGCGGUGGUGAUCUCGCAUGAGAUGAGUGCUCUCAGCCAGUCACUGAAACUCAUUGUUUAUACAUUCAGGUUCAUUUCUAUGAAAGGAGAUUCAACAGGCCAACUCACUAAAGAGCAAUUUAUGAGCUUAAAAUGAUGCAGUCACCAUGGAUACAAUUGGAAGGUCCCAACGGAUUGCUCCCGUGUUAGAACAUUAUCCCAGGACUUCUCUCUAUACAAACAGUUCAUUUAAUUUUCGUGUGUUUGUCUCUAAGAGGUGAUUUCAUGUGUGCACCUUUAAAUGUUGUAUAGAAACACUUAAACUUAGAGAUUUACUCCUGUGUUUGAUGGAGACAUACAGGGUUAUUUUCUAAAGUGAGAUUUAAGAGUGAAUACAAUUUUUAUAUCAACUUUAAGGCCAGACUAGCUGAAAUGGAAACAUGGUUUAGUCAGAUAAUUUUUGAAAUUCACAUUGAAUUCUCACUUUACAGUGUUAUUUACUAAGGUGAGAUUUCACGGUAAAUUUCAAACAUUAGGUCAAAAUAGUCGAGCUUGAAACCUUCUCCAUGUCCGCAAUGCUUUCCAUCCACCUAUUCUGACCUUAAAUUUGUAAUUCACCUUGAAUUCUCACUGUAGUAAAUACCAUACACAAUCUCUGAACCUUUACCAUUAAUUAAUAGCUGAAAUCUGUUCUUAUGGUAAAUGGCAGACAGAAUACAGUAUUCAUACACAUCCCUAGAACUGGUGAAAUAGAAACCAUUAGAAUAUAUAGUCUGCUAAUGGAUCUCAGUCUAGCAAUCUAGUAAUGUGAAUUCAGGACCUGUGAUUAGGAACUAUAGGGAGAAACCGCUCCAUGAAGUCCUGCACCCACAAAUGUCAUCCUGUAAAUAUUUCUUUAACUCUGUUUGCUGAAAGGAUGGCUGAUUCUUCAUCUGUGGUGAGAUGCCUGCUGUAGGCAAGUAAUAUUUUAGUGGUUAAUCUGCCUUUCCUUGUGUGAUAGCAAGAAGGCUUGUGCUGACAACUAAAGAUAGCAGAACGGAAGAAGAUUCCAAAAAAUCUCAAUACCAUAAUAAGAGAAGCAUCCUGUAAAGCGGCACAGAGAUAGCAUGACACAGACUUUCCUAGGAACGAGUAAUUACAAGUCUGUACUGACACAGAUUAACUAAAGUCAAACCACGUUAAUCCCUCAAACAACAUUUAGGAGGCACCUGGUUUGCCAGUGAAUUCAGCUUAUAGACCACAGGGGGAAAACGACUUCUGAAAUUUGAAUUUGAAUUUUUUUUUUUAAAUUUAAAUUGAGAAUUGUUUAUUAAAAAUAUCUGAAAUGAACAACUACAGUACAGCUUGGUAAUGAAGAAAUAAAAUAAUAAUUAGGUGAAUAUUUAAGUUACAUCAGUGCUUAAGGUAGAAAUGCAAAGCUCUGUAUGGUGAACUUAUUUUGCUUCGCCAAAUAAAACUUCUAGUUUCCAGAUAAUAUCACUGAAAAUGUAAAUGAUUAAUAUUCUACAUUAUUGAACAGUGCUGUGUCAUAGGCUGUACAGGUAGUAUAUCAGCUAGACACUGGCAGAAAGCUGAGUGGACUGAGACUCCAUUUUUGUGGAUCCGACAGGCAAGUUUGAGGGCAAGGGGAGGACAAUUUCUCAGGUCCUCACCUCAGGCAUGACCCCCAAAUUAACAAUUUUGGAAACCAUAAUCCCACAGUACAUCGGGUAAGAGGAAGGAGAAGAACAUUUAGCAUGUCUCUUACAUAGUCUUCUGGACCCCCAAAUUACUAUUUUUUUUUUUUUUAAUCCACCUUCCAGCGAUCCAAUGGAUGAGGGAGUGAGUGGAUGGCAGCCACAUCUGUUCACCCAAUAGACCAUUACUCACACUGCCACCAAUGUUGUCAGGGAAUAGGAUGAUCCUUAUCCAUGGACCACUCCUGAUUUAAUUUUAUUCAAAAAUAUUUUUUAUUAAUUGUUUAUUAAAUAUUGCAAUUUUAUUUAUUGUUUAUUAAAUAAUGGCAAUCUCCAGAUCUACAUCCAACUGUGCCAGUUUGGAAAUAAAAUAAGUCCUGUGGUUGAGUAAAUAUUUGAAGGUCAUACAUCCCAGUGUGCUGAAUGGAUUAACACGUGCAUUUUCUUGAUAUAACCGCUGAAAUUAGUUUAGUUUAGUAGUCAUCUAAAGUCAGGUAUUUUUCAACAAUUUUUUUUCCUGGUAUUAUUAAUAAUAAUUUGUUAGCGUUAUUAAAUUGUUUGCGAACAAAAAUAUAUGCAGGUUUUUCAUUUAAUGAAACACAUCUCAAAAUUGCAUACGCGUAAUUUGCAAUAUGUGUUUUGUUAGAUUGCAGCAAAUUUUACAUGUAUGUUUUAAUUUUCUGUAUUUAAAUAACAAAACAAAAUUAAAAAGUAUUUGACCGUGUCCCUGUAUAAUGAUUUCAGAUUUGUGGAGAACAUGCAGACGGAGGUACAAGAAAUGGAAUUCAUACAGUUCUCUAAGGGUUUAAACUUCAUGAGGAAGGAAGACUUUGCAGAGUGGCUUCUUUUCUUCACAGAUGAGAACAAUGACCUUUACUGGCAAAACGUACAUUCCAGAAUCCCUCCAGGAGAGGUGGGUACAGUGACCACUUAUUAAAGCUUAUGAUAUUACUGGUCAGCAACUUUGUAUCAUUACACAUCAGUACUGUUGCUUGGCAAACUCUAAAAUUUAAAAAGGCGCAUGUUAGACAUUAUUUCAGUGAUUUUAACAGAGUGAUGAUGGCCCAAAUACAUUCUGUUAUUGGAUGCCCACUCAUUUCCACUACCACCUCUUCCAGCCCAUAUGCUUGAUUUUGGUUUAAACCAUUCAUAGGAGAGUCGUGUUACAUGUUCAUACAUCUCCUUAUCUGCUGCCUCUCAGCAUGUUCCUCUGUACACUCUUGGGAGAGUGGAUAUCCCUCUGUGUAUUUUAAAAAAGGCAAAGAGCAAGCGUUAACAGUUAAAGAUAUGAAGCAUUGAGCACAGUUUUCCUGCUUUCCUUCUAGAGCCCUAAGAAAAAGUUCACAGUGAUGCAUUAAUAAAUAAAUAUUGAUAUUCCCACCCCUCCUGGGUGGUAUGUUUAUUCGUCAUUUUCGGGUCCUCUAUCAGAGGCCUGGGAGUUUGAGGGUUCUGCACAGUAUCGUAGCUGUUCCUAGAACUGCACUCUUAUGGACAGCGAUCUCAGAUGUCCCACUUGAAAUCUGUUGCAGCCACUCCCCCAACUUGGGAGUCACAGCCCCGAGUGCUCCUAUCACAACUAGGACUAUUACUGCCUUCACUUUCCACAUCCUUUCUAGUUCUUCUUUCAAUCCUUGGUAUUUCUCCACCUUCUCAUGUUCCUUCUUCCUGAUGUUAUAGUCACUGGGUAUUGCUACCUCUACCAGGACUGCAAUCUUCCGUUCCUUGUCUACCACCACGAUGUCUGGUUGGUUGGCCAGCACUUGCUUGUCUGUCUGGAUCUUGAAGUCCCACAGGAUCUUAGCUUUGUCAUUCUCGACUACCUUUUGUGGUAUCUCCCAUCUGGACUUAGGCAGGUCCAAUCCAUAUUCUUGUUAGGGACCAGGAAUCAGACAGACCGAACUAGAUGCAAAAACACCUUUAUUAAUAAAUAAAAAAAUAAAGAAAUAACCAAAAGCAAAGUCCAGGGGGCAAGCAGGGGUCAGUCACCAGAGCGGGUAGUCAGACGAGCAAGGAUCAGGAGAAGGGAGAGCAGCGAAGUCAGGAACCAGGAACAAACCGGAAACACAGGAACAAGGAGACUUCUGGGGAACAGGAAACCACGCAAGAGCAAGGAGGUACUGGGAUUUGCUUCUUAAAUAGGCUGCACUGAUUAGCAGCAGGGUUGAUUACUAUUCUCAGGUGAGUAACCGUGGCAACAUACUGAAGGAGCUAAUCGUUAAUCUCAGCUGAAAACUCAGACACUGGAAAAGGAAGGGUUGCUGUUUAAAACAGCAAAUAAACUGACAAUUCUGUGCAGAUGUUUCGGUACACAAUCCCAGCAACUUGGUUGUGUCUCUCUGUGUAUGCUGUUCCUGCUAACAUCUUGCAUCCAACUACUAGGUGCUGGACUGUCUCAGAAGCCUCUUUGCACAGUCUGCACCUUGGGUCUUGUCUGGUGUGGUAGACUCCAGCUUAUAUUUAUCUGGUGCUGAGUGCCUGUUCCUGUGCUGCUAGGAUUAGUGCCUCAGUGCUGCCUUUUCCAGCUACUGGUAGGAUUUUGUCAUGUGAGCCACUACCACUAUCUGAAACCUCCAUUCAUAGUAAGUAGUUUUCUGGUCUUGACAUCCAUGAUGACCAGUUCUUCUCUUGGCCAGGUUAUUAUUCCAGCUGGGUACCUGAUGACCGGUAGGGCAUAUGUGUUGAUGGCUUGGAUCUUGUUCUUGCCAUUGAGCUGAGACUUCAGGACCUGUCUGACUCUUUGCAGGUACUUAGAUGUUGCUAUCCUCCUUGCCUCUUCCUCAUGGUUGCCAUGUGUUUGUGGUACCCCCAGGUAUUUGUAGCUGUCCUCUACAUCUUCUAUAUGGCCUUCUGGAACUUCAACUCCUGUCCUGACCAUCUUCCCUCUUUUUGCGAUCAUCCGCCCGCACUUCUCUAGUCCAAACGACAUUCCGAUGUCCUUGCUGUAUAUCCUAGUUAGGUGGAUCAGUGAGUCUAUGUCCCGUUCAUUCUUGGCAUACAGCUUGAUAGUAGCUCCACUCUUGAACAUGUAUCCGUAUCCACUCUCCUUGUUGAUCUGGCUAAGGGGGUUGAGUCCUGUGCAGAACAGCAUUGGGGAUAGCGCAUCACCUUAGUAUAUGCCACAUUUGAUGUUCAUUUGAGUUAUUGUCCUGGAAUUGGCUUCUAGAGUUGUUUUUCACUCGCCCAUUGAGUUUUUGAUGAAGGUGUUACAAACUCACCCUACUUCAAGAGUGUGCGUGACGUAGUUGUGGUGGUGAACGGGUUAAAGUUCACUAUUUAUCUGCACUAGACCGGAAAUAAUGACAAAAUCCCCCUUAACACCACCCACACUUAAACAUAAUAUAACUAUUACUAUUUUAACGCUGCCACCACCAUGACAAUUUAUAAAUGGGGUGCCUUGGUCCCCCAGGUAAAUCAAUAAUAAAAACCCACCAAAUAUUACUUGGCACAAUAUCUAUGUAAUUGCAAAAUAUGAAUUAGUCUCUUCAGGUAACGUGAUUCUUAACCAAACAAAGGCAGAACUUAAUAAAUGAAUGUUUAUUAUGAGCAAAAAAUUGUCACAGUGCAUACAAAAUUAUGAUAAACAAAUUAUUUACACCAACAACAGAUAAAAACAAAAAGGAUAAAAAAGUCCUAAUUACUCACUUCUGCCUAGGGGGUCUCUGGCAAGGAAGGAUGAUGGUGACUCACUCAAAAUUAGAUCUUGGCCCCAAGCAAGUACACCAACCCCCCUCCAAAUCAUUGGAUAUAUACCCUGUGGAUUAUCAAGUCUUGCCCAGUGGUGAAGUUAAGGCGUACCUAUAGAAGUAAUAAGUGACCACCUCCUUUGUUCCAGACCAUGGUCAAUCCAAAUGGAAACAUUUGUCUCUAUCUUCUAUUAUGUAUCUGCCACAGAAAUAAUAAUUGAAUCUAUGAAUUUAUUAUUUUCCCAUAGACCUGUUGCACGCCCCACCCGCAAUCAAAUAGGAUGGACAUCACAAUUCCUUCCCCUAUGGUCAAGUCAGGCCACUCAUAAUUGGGCUUGUUUAGAAGAUGGUGCUUGUCACAUUCCAAAUAUAACAAAAAUUAGGCUUAAUCAUUAUUCUGUGGGGUAAAUAUGAAUGUUUCUCUUUGGAUAUGAUACUGGAACAAGGCUAAUGGCCAUUAGCAUAUCAAAAGAGAUUGCCUCCUCAAUUACAAGGUAAGAGGAUGAAGAGACAUUCAGACUUUUUCCAAAUGUAGAACCCCACACCUUGCAGAGCCUUGAUUAAUUCACAUCCAUAUGGUAAAAUCUUUUUCACAUCCCUAUGUCAUUCAAACUUACCCCUUCUGUCAUCUGACCUCAGUGGGGGGUCCCAGCUUCAAAAGAUCUAACCUCUUUUGACCUCCAUACAAUCAAAUUAACCCAUUUUGACAUUGAAAAUACCAUCUCUGCCAGGCCAGAGGUCCUUAGUGCACUACAGAAAUUACAUUAAAGGACAAUAUGCCAUAGUGCAAUAAUACAUUAUGCACCCUUGCCGUGACAGAAGGCUCUUAUUGUCUUGCUGACCUUGUAGAAAGCCAAGCAUUCCAGUAUCAUUGUGUCAAAGGCUUUCUUGUAGUCAAUCCAUGCCGUGCACAGAUUGGUCUCUCUGGUCUUAAUACCCUUGUUUCUGCUUGGUCUACCAGUAGUUGGUGUUUUGAUCCUCUGGUGUUGUUUCCAAUUCCCUUCUGAGUAUUGCUUAUAUAUUGCUCAUAUAUAUAUCACCCAUAUUGGUCACAAUAUAUAUAUAUAUAUAUGAAUAUAUAUGUAUAUAUAUGUAUAUGUGUUGUGACCAAUAGAAAAAACAUACAAAAGUGAAGAGGAGUGUGAUUUUGUACAUUGUGAGCACUGUAGUGGUUAUGGCGCUUAAAAUGUUCCUUUAAGAACCAUUGAUGUUCUUUGCUGUCAAUACAAACUUUAAGGAUCAUAAUCUAAAUUAAAUGACUUAAGCACAGUAUGGUGCCACAGUGGUAUAGUUAGCCAAGUGAAACAGCUACCAUAAAACAACCUUGUACAGUUUUGACCUUUUGGGUUUUUGUCUCGUCUGCAUGUUGAUGGGUCACAACCCAGAUGUGCUGUUCUGGUGAUACAAAUACGUACAUUCUCUACUUCUUUUGGCUUCCCUGGGCCUCAUUGAAUUGUCUUGGGCCACACAAAAAAUCUUUAAUGUAAUUAAUUUAAUAAAACGUUAAAAGCCCUUUUCCUAAUGAUGUUUAGUAGAUAAUUUCCUAUUUGUUAUCCUUAUGUGGGAUUGCCAUAUUUAAAGGCCAGCUUAAUGAAGUGGUCUGGGUGCCUGGUCCAGCUAGGGUUAACCCUUUUUUUUUUUAUAAACAUAGCAGUUUAAGAGAAACUGCUAUGUUUAUAAAUAGUGUAACUGACCGUUUUGCACAUAAGCGGUUAAAAACCGUUUAGGCGAUAUUCCCCUUUUUCAGCUGCACAGACAGCUACUGCAAGCACCAAUCUCCCGAACUGCAAACCUACAAAUUCACCAACUCCCGAACUGCAACCAAGGGAAUACUCGAAACUCCCGAACUGCAUACCAAGUAGCACUCCAAACUCCCGAUCUGGAGACACACGAAUAGCUGCUAGCAGACGAACAGGAAAAGCCCCCAAGCAGCUUACACUCCUGGCAAUCAGUCUUUAACAGCAUACAGUAAAUCCUGCUACUGUAGGUGUCCACAGGCAGUAAUGUAAACACUGCGGUUUCUCUGAAAAGGCAGUGUUUACAGUGAUACAUCUGCAGUGACAUGCUAUAGACACCAUAACAGCUAAGUUAAAGACACAAGAAGCAAAAAUGUCCUCUUCAAAGUUCUGUGUGUAAAUAUGGAAACCCUGGAACAUAUUUAUAUGGAUGCAGGACUUAUUACUGACAAAUUACGUCAUGGCGAUAAAAAAACAAAACAUUCAUUGCCACAAACACCUGAAUAAAUGUUUUGAAAAGAAGUUUGCUAAACACCAUAAAAACUACAGAUUAUUGUAGAUGUGGAUAUGGUGCUAGACGUCUAUGCGUAGAAUCCUUCUGAUUUUUGUCAAACAAUUUUCAAGUAGUUUCAUAAAACAAAAUAAGGCAUUACAGCAACAUAUAUCUUGUGUAUAUAUAUAUUAAUGACAUUUAUGUGUGUAUUAUGCAUAUAUAAAUGUAUAUUAAUAUAUUAUAGGCAUAAUUAUAUCUUACUAAUACACACAUCAAUAUACAUGCAUAUAUAUAUAUGUGUGUAUUACUGCCAGGAUCACAUCAAUUACGUCUAUUACGUUUACCUCGCUUAGUGUAUCGUCUCCAAUUGUCUCCUUUUUUUCUCUUACAGUGACCCUUGUGCAUCUUUUACUUCAUCCCAGUCCCUGUGUGUUUCUUUUUACCCUUCUCCAGCCUCUGUAUGUCUCUUUCCCCCAGCCCCUUUCGUGUUGUUCUUAGCCCCAGCCACUUUGUCUCUUUCUCCCCUUCCAAAUCUCAUCUGUGUGUCUCUUUCUAACUCCAGACUCUGUGUGCCUCUCUCUUCUCCCAGCCACUCUGUGACUCUUUUUCCCCCAGCCCAGUGUUGAAUCCCACAAAUCUUGUUACUUUGUUCCCCUUCCCUUCUGUAUGUCUUUGUCCCCUCAACAAACCACCUGUGUGUCUCUUUCUCCCCUCUCCUCUAUGUGUCUCUCUUCCCCAUCUCCCCCCGUGUCUCUCACUCUUACCCUGUCUCUUUGCCCCCCCUUCCCCUGUCUCUAUUACCCCUCUGUCUCGUUGUCCCCCCUCCCCCUGUCUCUCUCUAUUACCCUCUCUCUUUGUCCCCCCAUCCCUUGUGUCUCUCUAUUACCCCUCUCUUUGUCCCCCUUCCCUGUCUCUAUUACAUCUCUUUGUACCUUCCCUUGUGUCUCCAUUACCCCUCUCUUUGUCCCCCUUUCCCCUGUCUCUCCAUUACCCCUCUCUUUGUCCCCCUUUCCCCUGUCUCUCCAUUACCCCUCUCUUUGUCCCCCUUUCCCCUGUCUCUCCAUUACCCCUCUCUUUGUCCCUCCUUUCCCUGAGUUUCAACUGCCCCACUGUUUCUGUGUCCCUGCUGAUCUUGUCACAGGAGGACCGAGGAAGGGGAUGGAGCUAACUACCAUGCUCCCUCACGGUUCCCAUAAUUCCCAGCAUUGACAUAUCCUAGAGUAGUGAUUACUUUAUGAUGUGUAGAUUCUGGGAAUUAUGGGAACCGCGAGGGAGCAUGGUAGUUAGCUCUGCCCCCUCCCUCAGUCCUCCUGUGCUGAUAGCUGCACGGCUGUCAGUAUCAGUGAGUGGACCGGUUAGGCGGCCGCCCGGCACACUCACUGAUUCUGACAGCAGCACAGGAGAUGGGGCCGCCGGCCGCAAGGUGAGUACCCCCUUAGAGUGUGAUCCGCCUGACCAGCCAUCCGGCGGCACAGAUAUGCGGCCUAUGGCCGCGACAUUAUUAAAAAUGGCUGCAGGGCUCCCUCUCUAUAGGGAGUAAGAGCUCAGCAGCCCCCAUGUGCCGUGGCCCACCGGGAAAUUUCCUGGUAUCCCGGUGGGCCAGUCCGGCCCUGCACACCCAUACACACUAUCACCGACUUACACACACAUACAAUCACAGGCAUACACACAGUCACUGACAAAACAUACACAAAAAUUACAUUCAUACACAUUUCAUACUUAAGAGUUCCACCCAGCCUCCAUACCUUGCUCUGGGAGAGCUGGAAUGGAUCCUCUGUCCCUGGUGGCUAGCGGUUGCUGCUGGGCUGGGAUCUCUAUGCUCUUCCUACAGAGGUCCCUUACCCGCUCGGUAGUGAUGCAGAUGCUGGGAUGACGUCAUAUUCCAGCGGCAGGCUCAUGUAGGGCGCACGAGUGGGAGCUGUCCAGGAGCAUCACCGUAUGUGAAGGGCUCCCUGCCUCCCCCUGCAGCCCAGACAGCAACCGGCCCACACUACUAGUGGUCCCAGACCGCAGGGCUGUUAAACCCAUGAGCCGCAGGUUGGACACCCCUGGUUUAAGGCAAACACUUUACUAAAUGACAUCCAUAAUGUACAGCUAGUUUUAGGGCAAAGUCCUGGUUAAAACAAAGGAAAAGUCAUCUCAUCGAUACUCUGCUUGAAACCAAGGAACAUAUGGACUUUGAAAACCACAUUGUAAUCAAUGGAUAGAUAGAGUAAGUAACAGGCUAUAACAUACCGACAGAGUAAAGAAUUAAAUAAAAAUACCUUUUUCUGCUUGACAGGUGGAGGGGAGGAUAGGAAAAUGCCAUACGUUUUUUCUUGUGAUUUGUAGCACUUACUCUAAGGCCAUUGUGAAACACAUCCAGUUAUAGUAUAAAUACACUUUAUAUCACUGACAAAAGAGAACACCUGCUGAUUUAUUUCUGUUCUCUGCAAUAGAUCAGUGGGUGUUUUGUUUUGUCACUGUUAUAAAGUGUAUCUAUACUCCUACUGGAUGUGAUUUAUAGUAUCCUAUCAGUGACUGCUGCAAAUCACCAAGCCUGUAUGGCAUUUUUCAUUCUUCUCCUACCCUGGAAAUUUUUAUUUGUCCAUACAUGAGACAGUAAAGCAUUUCUAAGGCAUCUGAUAAGCCUUCUGUUUUACUGUACGCUAUAUAGUCGUUUAAACCUGCUCCUUCCCAUCAUUCAUUAAGCUACAUGCAGUAGAACAUAUCAAUCUGAACAAAUCAAAGUAAUCUUAAUCCCUGUGUUUGCCAACAGGAACAAUUCAUUUUGACAUUGUAAAAUAUAAUUUAAAAUGGAUCAAAUAUCCACAUAAUUCAGCUAAUAGAGCAUUGAAAGUAGUCCAUAUAUUUUACCAUUAUUUAAAUAUUGUUUGUUGGGGUGAUAUGGAGGUCAGUUAGAACAUGCUUCCAACAUGUUAAAUGACCAUUAAUGCCACCUUUUCGUCAGCAAUGUAAAAUAGAAAAAUAGAAAAUAGAAAAAUAGAAUGUGACGGCAGAUCAGAACCAUUCGGCCCAUCUAGUCUGCCCAAUUUUCUAAAUACUUUCUUUAGUCCCUGGCCUUAUCUUAUAGUUAGGAUAGCCUUAUCUUAUAGUUAGGAUAGCCUUAUGCCUAUCCCACGCAUGCUUAAACUCCUUUACUGUGUUAACCUCUACCACUUCAGCUGGAAGGCUAUUCCAUGCAUCCACUACCCUCUCAGUAAAGUAAUACUUCCUGAUAUUAUUUUUAAACCUUUGUCCCUCUAAUUUAAGACUAUGUCCUCUUGUUGUGUUAGUUUUUCUUCUUUUAAAUAUAGUCUCCUCCUUUACUGUGUUGAUUCCCUUUAUAUAUUUAAAUGUUUCUAUCAUAUCCCCCCUGUCUCGUCUUUCCUCCAAGCUAUACAUGUUAAGAUCCUUUAACCUUUCCUGGUAAGUUUUAUCCCGCAAUCCAUGAACCAGUUUAGUAGCCCUUCUCUGAACCCUCUCUAAGGUAUCAAUAUCCUUCUGAAGAUACUGUCUCCAGUACUGUGUACAAUACUCCAAGUGAGGUCUCACCAGUGUUCUGUACAAUGGCAUGAGCACUUCCCUCUUUCUAUUGCUAAUACCUCUCCCUAUACAACCAAGCAUUCUGCUAGCAUUUCCUGCUGCUCUAUUACAUUGUCUGCCUACCUUUAAGUCAUCAGAAAUAAUCACCCCUAAAUCCCUUUCCUCAUAUGUUGAGGUUAGGACUCUAUCAAAUAUUCUGUACUCUGCCCUUGGGUUUUUACGUCCAAGAUGCAUUAUCUUGCACUUAUCCACAUUAAAUGUCAGUUGCCACAAUUCUGACCAUUUUUCUAGUUUACCUAAAUCAUUUGUCAUUUGGCUUAUCCCUCCUGGAACAUCAACCCUGUUACAUAUCUUAGUAUCAUCAGCAAAAAGACAUACCUUACCAUCAAGACCUUCUGCAAUAUCACUAAUAAAAAUAUUAAAGAGAAUGGGUCCAAGUACAGAUCCCUAGGUACCCCACUGGUGACAAGUCCAAGCUUCGAAUAUAUUCCAUUAACUACAAACCUCUGUUGCCUGUCACUCAGCCACUGCCUUACCCAUUCAACAAUAUUGGAAUCCAAACUUAAAGAUUGCAGUUUAUUGAUAAGCCUUCUAUGUGCAACAGUGUCAAAAGCCUUACUGAAAUCUAGGUAAGCAAUGUCUACUGCACCACCCUGAUCUAUAAUUUUAGUUACCCAAUCAAAAAAAUCAAUAAGAUUAGUUUGGCAUGAUCUCCCUGAAGUAAACCCAUGUUGUCUCUGAUCUUGAAAUCCAUGUGUUUUUAGAUGUUCAGCAAUCCUAUCCUUUAACAUGGUUUCCAUCACUUUCCCCACUACUGAAGUAAGGCUUACUGGCCUAUAGUUGCCCGACUCCUCCCUAUUACCUUUCUUGUAAAUGGGCACAACAUUCGCUAACUUCCAAUCUUCUGGGACUACUCCUGUUAACAAUGAUUGGUUAAAUAAAUCUGUUAAUGGUUUUGCUAGUAUACCACUAAGCUCUUUUAAUAGCUUUGGGUGUAUUCCAUCAGGUCCCAUUGACUUAUUUGUCUUUACUUUUGACAGUUGAAAUAGAACCUCUUCCUCUGUAAACUCACGUGUAAUAAAUGACUAAUUUAUCCUUUUUCUCAACUGAGGUCCCUUUCCUUCAUUUUCAUCUGUAAAUACAGAACAAAAAUAUUCAUUGAGGCAGUCAGCCUAGACCUUUAUCCUCUUCUACAUACCUUCCUUCUUUUGUUUUUAAUCUAACUAAUCCUUGUUUUACUUUUCUUUUCUCAUUUAUGUAUCUAAAAAAUGUUUUAUCCCCCUUUUUUACUGACUGUGCUAUUUUCUCUUCUGUGUGUGAUUUGGAAGCUCUUAUAACUUGCUUAGCCUCUUUCUGCCUAAUCUUAUAGAUCAUUUUGUCUUCCUCACUCUGGGUUUUUUUAUAAUUCCUAAAUGCUAACUUUUUGUUUUUAACUAUUUUGGCCACAUCUGCGGAGUACCACAGUGGUUUCUUGAAUUUUUGCUUUUACUGACAAGCCUAAUGCAAUUUUCUGUUGCCUUCAAUAGUGCAACUUUUAAAUAAUCCCAUUUCUCUUGGACUCCAUUUAAAUUGCUCCAGUCUGAUAAUGACUCCUCUACACAUAUUCUAAUUUUAGAAAAGUCUGUUUUUCUAAAGUCUAAAACUUUUUUUUUUGUGUGGUGUGACUCAUUCACUGUUCUUAUAGUAAACCACACUGACUGAUGAUCACUGGAUCCUAAACUUUCACCUACAGUAAUAUGAUACCAAAUCUCCAUUUGUUAACACUAAAUCUAGUAUGGCCUCUUUACGAGUUGGCUCCUCAAAGAAAAGCCUGUACCUGGAGUAUGGUUCCAUUAAAUCCUGCUGUAGCCAGGCAAAACACUGCCUAUCAUUGCAUACAGUCAUGCAGACACAUAGUACUUCCUUACACCAUACAAAUAUAGGUAUACUUGAUGUGCUUGGGUUGCUGUGAUGCCUUAUUUUGUUUUAUGAAACUACUUGAAAAUUGUUUGACAAAAAUCAGAAGGAUUCUACGCAUAGACUUCUAGCACAAUAUCCACAUCUACAAUAAUCUGUAGUUUUUAUGGUGUUUAGCAAACUUAUUUUCAAAACAUUUAUUCGGGUGUUUGUGAAUGUUUUGUUUUUUAUCGCCAUGACGUAAUUUGUCAGUAAUAAGUCCUGCAUCCAUAUAAAUAUGUUCCAGGGUUUCCAUAUUUACACACACAACCUUGAAGAGGACAUUUUUGCUUCUUGUGUCCCCUUUAACUUAGCUGUUAUGGUGUCUAUAGCAUGUCACUGCAGAUGUAUCACUGUAAACACUGCCUUUUCAGAGAAACCGCAGUGUUUACAUUACUGCCUAUGGACACCUACAGUAGCAGUCACUCAGAAGGCCACUAGAGGUGCUUCCUUGGUCAGUGCUGCACAACGUGUGCAUGCAGACGCUGAGCUUUCCUCAGAGAUGCAUUGAUACACCAUGCAUCUCUAUGAGAAGAUGCUGAUUGGCCAGGGUGGCAUAUGGCUCUGCCCCCCACCCCACCUCCUUGGCUGAGAUCAUCAGAAUUGACCAUCUCAGCCAAUAGGAAAGAAUUGGAUUGGCUAAAAUUGUCCGUUUUGAUGUGCCAUUGAGACAGAUUGAGGGCAGAGUCAGUGCUGGCAGACCCGUGCAGCACUACAAAAAAAUGUAAGUUUAAAGGGGGGUAAGGGGCUAAUAUGUUGUUUUUAACACUAGGGUCGGGAAUACACAUAUGUGUUCCUGACCCUAUGGUGUUCCUUUAACAUUUAAAAUAGAAGAAAACAACCUGGCAGAUUAUCAGGCCUGAUUAUCAGGUCUUUGCAUUCAAUAUGAAGUGUAACAAAAAUGCCUCAAUAUUUAUAAAGAAUGUUAACUAAUACCCUUUUCGUCUUCAUUCAGAGCAUCAGCUUGGAAGAAUUUAAAAAUUUUUAUAAGUUCAUGAAUAACCUGGAGGAUUUCUCCAUCACAGUGAAAAUGUUCAGUGUGGCAAACAGAGCUGUGAAGUUAGGUAAGUGUUCAAUAUCAUAAAAUGAAUUUGCUUUGGAAAGACACAAUGGUGUCAGACUACAUAUUUGAUUUAAAGAUUCAAGAUUGCAGGAUAUUAUACACUCAAACAAACGGUAAAGUAUACACACUAUACAAAGUGGAAAUAAAAACCAUCUAUUAGGGAGAAGUCCCAGGUGUACUUCACUAACACCUAAAACACAUAUAGUUAAAAAGACAAAAGUGGGAGGAUAUUAUACACUGCCUGGCCAAAAAAAAAAGUCACCACCUGGAUUUAACUAAGCAAAUAGGUAAGAGCCUCCUAUUGGAUAGUUACUGCAUGGGCUAUUUUCUUUCAGCUGGCAACAAGUUAUUUAACCCCAACUGAUGUAAUUAGUAGCUUCUCAUUUUUUAAGCAACCAUGUCGAAAGACAAAUCCCGUGGUCGUGGAAAAGAUGUUAGUCUGUUUGAGAAGGGUGCAGUAGAGAAAACAUCCAACGAGAUUGCAGAAACUACUAAAAUUGGGUUAAGAACUGUCAAAUGCAUUAUUAAAAACUGAAAGAAUAGUGGGGAACCAUAGUCUUCGAGGAAGAAAUGUGGUCGGAAAAAAAUCGGAUUGAUCGUGAUUGGCGAUCACUUAAACGUUUGGUGAAGUCAAAUCAUAGAAAUUUAAUAAUAGUAAAAGUAAGAGCAUAUCCACACGUACAAUGCAAAGGAAACUCAAAGGAUUGGGACUAAACAGCUGUGCAGCCUUAAAAAAAACCACUAAUCGGUGACACUAAUUGGGGGGGGAAAAGGCUUCAAUUUGCUAGGGAGCAUAAAGAUUGGACUCUGGAGCAAUGGAAGACGAUCAUGUGGUCUGCUGAGUCCAGAUUUACCCUGUUCCAGAGUGAUGGGCACAACAGGGUAAGAAGAGAGGCAGAUGAAGUGAUGCACCCAUCAUGCCUAGUGCCUACUAAGCAAGCCUGUGGGGGCAGUGCUAUGAUCUGAGGUUGCUGCAGUUGGUCAGGUCUAGGUUCAGCAACAUUAUGUGCCCAAAGAAUGAGGUCAGCUGACUAUCUGAAUAUACUGAAUGACCAGGUUAUUCCAUCAAUGGAUUUUUUUCUUCCCUGAUGGCACGGGCAUAUUCCAAGAUGACAAUGCCAGGAUUCAUCUGGCUCAAAUUGUGAAAGAGUGGUUCAGGGAGCAUGAGACAUCAUUUUCACACAUGGAUUGGCCACCACAGAGACCAAACCUUAACCCCAUUUUGCAUCUUUGGGAUGUGCUGGAGAAGGCUUUGCGCAGUGGUCCAACUCUCCCAUCAUCAAUACAAGAUCUUGGUGAAAAAUGAAUGCAACACUGGAGGGAAAUAAAUUUUGUGACAUUGCAGAAGAUUAUCGAAACAAUGCCCCAGCGAACGUGUGCCGUAUUCAAAGCUAAAGGCGGUCCAAUGAAAUAUUAGAGUGUGUGACCUUUUUUUGGGGGCCAGGCAGUGUGUUUUUUUGUGAGAGAAAUUAAAACAUCUCUUGUAUCACCCCUUUAUUUAGAUUCCAAAGCUGUUAAGAAUAGUGCAAGUUGUUAAAAUGCACAGGGUUCAUCCUUGGUUACUUACAGCCACAUGGUAUGAAAAGAACAUUGGAAACAAAGUCAUCCACAUAUUAACCACAAGGUGCUUAGCCAAAAUGACAACCUCCAAGCAGUAAUCCAACAAAGAAUGAGAUCCAGGAAUGUGCAUUAUUUCAAAGAAGAUAUAAUGGAGUAAAGUGUAACUCAAGAACAGCAGUGUUUUGACCCCUAUCCGAGGUCUUAAUGAAAACCUUGCAUAAGUGUUGAAACGUUGCUAAAGCACACACAAUCAGAAUUUCUAAUUGUGUGUACUUUUCCCAAAAAAGGAAAAUUUAAUGACUAUAGUUUUUAAUAACAUAACAGAAACUUAAAUGGUGAAAUUGCUCAUUUGGUUAUUGCUUUAACUAUGGAACCUAUUAAAACCUCAGGAAUGCAUAUUCAAUUCUUAAAGUAGAUAUUUUAGCUUUUAAUCCUUUGAGUUUAACAAAUAAGCACUAUUAAGUUGGGCAGCAUAAAAUGUCCCAUACGUGAACUAAAUAAGUCUCAAUGUGGCCAUCCUAAAGCAUAUUGUAUAUGUUGACAGAUAUAUAUUAAUUACUGGACUUGUCUUGUUAUACCAGUUUCCAUAACAAUUGUGUAGACUAUGAAAGUGAAGUUGGCUCUAUUCAUUUAUUUUAUUAUCUUUUAUUAGCGGAGUUCAAAAGGGCUGUCAAGGUGGCAACAGGCCAAGAAUUGUCAAACAAUGUUCUGGAUACGGUCUUCAAGAUUUUUGAUCUUGAUGGGGAUAACUGCUUGAGCCAUGGAGAAUUUCUAGGUGUUUUGAAGAACAGGCUUCAUCGAGGCUUAAAGGUAAUAUUAGAUAUGUAAUUAAUGGUAAUGAUGAGCUUAUAGUAACAUCCCCAGGAUAUUGGGCAAAAGUAACAUCCCCCAGGACGUACUUAGAAACCAGAGUAAUCUGAAUGUACCUUUCCUGGUUAAAUACUUUGUUGUUGUUAUUAUAGACAAGGUCCACACAUUAAAUGGAAAUUAGAGCUAAAAAGCAGAUUGUAUUUAUAGGUCUCUGUGUUGGAAAAACAUGCUUGUGGUACAGUUUAAAAAAUUGGCAAAACACAUUUUCUCACGCCCUCUUAAAAGCACACUAAUACAGUGGUUUUGGUGCAUAGAACCGGUCUCUUUUCUCUGACAAUGUAAGACAUGUAAGAGUUUACACUUCCAGUGGCUGUCAGACAAACAGCAGUUAGAAGCGCUUGCUUAUGAAGAGCUUCACUUUCAGCAGCAUCCUGCCCAGCUUGAUGACUCUGACCCCUGUUUUUCUUAGAGAAGCAUUGAAUUGACAACAUGCUGCACAUGCACAAUAUGUUUCUAAUGCUUCUCUAUGAUAAACAUUGAAUUGGACUGAGAUAAUCACAAUGCAGCUGCAAAGAGGAGGCUGUCCUGGAGCUAAAUUACAAUUACAUUUUAAUUGGAGUUUUUGGGGGUGUGGGGGGGUGCAUUUAUUCCAUCAAGAUGACAGUAAUCGAUAUUAAUAAAGGAACAUGUGGUGGAACCAGCCUCACCACUGGGCAUUGGAAAAGACUGAUUGCCAGCCUCCUGCCAUGUGACUAUGGCCCCUGGGAUGUAUUGCCUGCUCUCCUGUACUGCUGAGGUUUGCUACCAACUAGGUGGAUUUGGCUAUGGAGCUUGUCUAGUGACCUCUUUUGGUAGCAACAGCAAUAUGCACUACCUGAAUAGCAAGACUGGUUCAUUUGCAUAUUCGGGUAGAUUUGCAUAUUGCUAAUUCUGCAGGCACGUGAGAUAUUUUCUGUUAAUUAUUGUCUACCCCACCUCUUUAAAAAUAUGCCAUUGUGUUAUAAUAAGUCACUGUAUGUUGCCUGCUAUGCUUUGACUGUUUGUGAUUUUAUUGAGUUUUCACAGCAAUGUUAAUGUAAUGACCAUAUGGGCUAGUCCCAAGUAAAAUAAAGUUUUAGACAGUUCUUCUUUACCCAAAGAUAAAUGAAGAUAGGGAGUACAAGCGCUUCUAUGUAUAGUUUUAAAUUAAGAUUAUACCAAACAAAUUUAAUGUGAGCUGCUAUACCACCGUGCUUAUCUUUCUAUCGAAAAAUGGUGGAAAAGUGAGAGGUAUCGGUGUAGCGCUCUAUAGUAGUGGAUGUGUAGAAAUGAAUAAAAGCAAACCUUGCUAUACCUUGAUGGGUUAUAUAUACUUAUAAAUCGUCCCAAUGUUUUCAGGUUUACCUUAAAUAAAAAACACAAAUAUACAGAACAUAGUGUAACCUGUAUACAAAAUGUAAAUAGAAAUAAAGUGCAUAGGUAACUAACUCACACUUUUCUGAGCUAAUGUACUAGCUCAGGUAUAUGCGCCUUAGGGUCCGUAGAGGCGACCCUUCCCCUCCUUUUCGUCCAAAUUUUCUCCAGGUGCAGUGUCCUAGGUAAUAGGUAUAGGAGGAAAGAAUAGCGUAGUACAGUCUGAUGUAUGUAAGGUAUAUUCAAUAAAUAAUACCAAUAUACUCACAAACCCUGAGCCAAUAUAUCGGCUCGCUUCAUAAGAUGUAUGUGGUUAAGGACCACAUUCCUUCUUUAUAGUAGCAGGUAGGAAUAAAAGCCGUAAGUGUAAUAAAAAUAUAUAUAUAAUUUAUUGUAUAAAAAGUAUAACAUAAAUAUAAAAGAUACUAUAUCGAUAAAAUCAACACUUGUGGCUAUAGUUCAAAAGACAAUUUUGUCUGCUCACUGUUCAUCCAGGACGCGUUUCACCAAAUUGGCUUCCUCAGCUGGAAAAAAUGUUCAUGAGACUUCAAGGACUCCUUCCUGCUUUUAUAUCCAGUUAAUUGAGGCUUAUAGCUUGUAUUUUUCGCGGGCAAUCUCCAUGGUAACGGAGAUGCCCUGUAUUUCAAGCCUCUUUUUCGUCCGGUUACUUCCGGAAGCGAUCAUACCCAGAAGUAACCGGACGAAAAAGAGGCUUGAAAUACAGGGCAUCUCCGUUACCAUGGAGAUUGCCCGCGAAAAAUACAAGCUAUAAGCCUCAAUUAACUGGAUAUAAAAGCAAGAAGGAGUCCUUGAAGUCUCAUGAACAUUUUUUUCCAGCUGAGGAAGACAAUUUGGUGAAACGCGUCCUGGAUGAACAGUGAGCAGACAAAAUUGUCUUUUGGACUAUAGCCACAAGUGUUGAUUUUAUUGAUAUAGUAUUUUUUAUAUUUAUGUUAUACUUUUUAUACAAUAAAUUAUAUAUAUAUUUUUAUUACACUUACGGCUUUUAUUCCUACCUGCUACUAUAAAGAAGGAAUGUGGUCCUUAACCACAUACAUCUUAUGAAGCGAGCCGAUAUAUUGGCUCAGGGUUUGUGAGUAUAUUGAUAUUAUUUAUUGAAUAUACCUUGCAUACAUCAGACUGUACUACGCUAUUCUUUCCUCCUAUACCUAUUACCUAGGACACUGCACCUGGAGAAAAUUUGGACGAAAAGGAGGGGAAGGGUCGCCUCUACGGACCCUAAGGCAAAUAUACCUGAGCUAGUACAUUAGCUCAGAAAAGUGUGAGUUAGUUACCUAUGCACUUUAUUUCUAUUUACAUUUUGUAUACAGGUUACACUAUGUUAUGUAUAUUUGUGUUUUUUAUUUAAGGUAAACCUGAAAACAUUGGGACUAUUUAUAAGUAUAUAUAACCCAUCAAGGUAUAGCAAGGUUUCCUUUUAUUCAUUUCUACGCAUCCACUACUAUAGAGCGCUACACCGAUACCUCUCACUUUUCCACCAUUUUUCGAUAGAAAGAUAAGCACGGUGGUAUAGCAGCUCACAUUAAAUUUGUUUGGUAUAAUCUUAAUUUAAAACUAUACAUAGAAGCGCUUGUACUCCCUAUCUUCAUUUAUCUUUGGGUAAAGAAGAACUGUCUAAAACUUUAUUUUACUUGGGACUAGCCCAUAUGGUCAUUACAUUAACAUUGCUGUGAAAACUCAAUAAAAUUACAAACAGUCAAAGCAUAGCAGGCAACAUACAGUGACUUAUUAUAACACAAUGGCAUAUUUUUAAAGAGGUGGAGUAGACAAUAAUUAACAGAAAAUAUCUCACGUGCCUGCAGAAUUAGCAAUAUGCAAAUCUACCCGAAUAUGCAAAGGAGGGGAAGGGUCGCCUCUACGGACCCUAAGGCGCAUAUACCUGAGCUAGUACAUUAGCUCAGAAAAGUGUGAGUUAGUUACCUAUGCACUUUAUUUCUAUUUACAUUUUGUAUACAGGUUACACUAUGUUCUGUAUAUUUGUGUUUUUUAUUUAAGGUAAACCUGAAAACAUUGGGACUAUUUAUAAGUAUAUAUAACCCAUCAAGGUAUAGCAAGGUUUCCUUUUAUUCAUUUCUACACAUCCACUACUAUAGAGCGCUACACCGAUACCUCUCACUUUUCCACUAGUUCUUCUUUACCCUUCAAAACGUAGCCUCGUCUCGUUAUUGGAGGGAACUGCUAUAAUCACACUGGGGAUUGCUAUGCUCUGCAUACUCCCUUGAGCUUUAAUCACUUAGCUCUUUUAAGAGCUUGUUCCUGGUACACUCUCCUGGAGGAGAGGUCUUCCCCACACGGUCCUGAGGACAGAACAGCGAGACUCCAGUUAAGCUACGGCGGUCCAGUGCGGUGCUUGUGGUCCUUGACGCAGGCUCGGAGGCAUCCAUCAACGGAAGGUACUUGGUCGGAGUACGGGGAGUUCUGUGACAGAAGACCCUAAAGCUUUUUCCCCUGCCCUUUAUCUUACUUUCUUUCUGAAUGCUUGUUUUUAGUUUUCCGUAAUUUUGUUCUUUUCUCUCCUUUCUCAGUGUUCAUUCACUCAUUCUCCAGGCAUUACUGUCACAUUUUAGCCCUGGUAGUAAGACCAGGCGAAGUAGCCUAGUAAUUAAGCAUUCCAGAAAUAUGUUUGGCACACAGAUUUCAUCACCACGCUCAAUACACAAUGGCCAAUCCGUAUUCAGACGCUCAAGUAAUAAACUGGAUUCAUUAAAAAGCCCAUAGACCCCAAACAAAAUAUUUCAAUGUAGGUGUGAAAGCCUGCUAAAAGGAACACUCGAGAAGUCUGUCAUAUUUGUGACCGUUUAUGAAAGUGCUAAUUUACAUAGAAGUCAGCACUUUGCUGUAACACCCUCCCUGGUUGUCAAUCAACAGCCAGGAAAUUUUCUUCCACUUACCUUUGCUCCAAAGUGUACUACAGUUCAGUGAAAAGCCUCUGAUUGGUGCAUUUCCUGGUACAGUUCUCCAGUUUUUUAAUACACGCUCAAAGAAACCCUGAAGGGAAAAAUGCAUGCAAGAGUAUGUCUCAUCUAAAUCUUGUUCUUUUUCAGCCUUUCUAACUUGUUAAUACUUACCUUCCUCACAUUUGUCUUCUGUCCAUACUGCCCAUCACUGAUCUCUCCUUAAAAGCUACAGCUAAUGGAAGUGGUCUGGGUGCAGUGCCUCUAUUGCAUUAGUGCUGCAAUGUAAAACAUUGCAGUUCCACUGGGGGCGCUUCUGGAAUGUAAACAGACUUUUGGUCCGUUAUCUGACAAUGGACAAACUCGCGCUCUCCAUGAGGACCUCUGGCAUCAGAUAUUUCCCAUAGGAAAGUAUUGAAUAAUGCUUUCCUAUGGAGAGAUCUAAUGCGCGCGUGGCCAUUGUGGCACAUGCACAUUAGGUCUCCCCCGUCUGCUGACGGCGGGGGAGGAGCGUGGGCGGAGCAUGACCUACCUCGGAGGGAUAUCGGUGCUGGAUUCAUGUAAGUGGCUGAAGGGGUUUUUACCCCAUUCAGGCCCGCGGGAGGGGGUAACCUAUUAGACCUAUGGUGUGGCAACCGCUUUGUUUUCCUGGCACUUUAAUGUUGUAUGUUGGAGGUCUCCGUUUCCUCAUUCAUUUUUCUUUCUUCCAUUCUUUUGGCCUUUUAUGUCCCAUGAGGUUUUAAAUAUUAAUAUAAUUGCAUGGUUAAAAUCAACUCUUUUUAUUAAUGCCUUUAACUGUACUGUAGAGGUGCUUCUUUAAUUGAAAUAUUCUUUAAACUGCAUUAUAGUUAAUGCAUACCUCCCAACAUUUUAAAUUGACAAAGAGGGCACUUUAAUUUUAGGGGAGUGUGUGGCCAUGGGCAGGGCUGCUCUGAGAGAUUUGAGCUGACUUACUAAUAAUUUCUGCAACUGAAAUGUAAUUUAUAACAAGAACAAUGUAUCUCAUUUACACAGACUGAUUUAUAAACACAUUUAUUGUAGUUUAAAGGAUCACUAUAGGGUCAGGAACACAAACCUAUAUUCCUGACCCUAUAGUGUUAAAACCAUCAUCUAGCCCCCUGGUUCCCUCUUGCCACCCUAAAUAUAGUAAAAUAUUACUUGUAUUUAAGUCUUCAGUUGCUACCUCUGCCCUUGUUUGCCUCUGAACUGCCUCUGUCUACUGACAUCAUCAGAAGUAGUGGUCUGAGCCAAUAACAAUGCUUCCCCAUAGGAUUGGCUGAGACUGUCAAGGAGGCAGAUCAGGGGCAGAGGCAACACAAGUCAAACACAGCCCUGGCCAAUCAGCAUCUCCUCAUAGAGAUGCAUUGGAUCAAUGCAUCUCUAUGAGGAAAGUUCAAUGUCUGCAUGCAGAGGGAGGAGAUACUGAAUGUUUGGAUGCAUUUUAGACAGCCAUGACCCAGGAAGCAUCUCUAACAGCUAUCUGAGGAGUGGUCAGUGAAGUUAUCACUAGGCUGUAAUGUAAACACUGCAUUUUCUCUGAAAAGACAGUGUUUACAGCAAAAGGCUUGAAGGUAAUGAUUCUACUCACCAGAACAAAUGUAAUAAGCUGUAGUUGUUCUGGUGACUAUAUUGUCCCUUUAAAGACACAUCACUGUAAGUAUUAUUGCUGUAGAGCUCUGUAAUACACUCAGACACACCAGCAAUACGGAGCUCUAGAAACUGGGGACCUUAGGUAGGAAAAAGGGGGCAGAUGGAUUUGGGCCCAAAAUAGGAACUGUCCCUCCUAAACAGUGAAACUGUGUGUAAAUGUAGUCCACAACAACUGCACUCUCAGAAAUUGACCAGCUGUAUUCUUGCCAGUGUAAUCACUAAGCCUUUGUAUUCUGAUGCCUGAUAUAAAUAUAACAAGGUGGUUGCUCAGAACUAGUAGGAAUGUGUUUUCACACAGAUACGUAUUUUUUCAUACAAAGCAGACUAUCAUUCUCUAAAUAUUAUUGUCUGCUUCUCUGACACACAGGGUAUAUAUUUUUGUUUUGUUGUGGGUUUUUUUUCCUUUAUCAUAUCAUUUCUAUCCUCCCUCUGAUUCUCUCUCAAACUUCUCCCAUGUCUUAAUUUCCCGCAUUGCCUUCAGGAUGUUACUGGCAAGUUCACAUCUCCUCUGGUUUAGACUACCUUAUCUCUGAAUGAGAACAUGCAGAGCCCAGCUGCAGGCUGUAAUCUGUUCUGAUGGCUUGGACUUUUAUAAAUGCACAUGUGAUUUUGAAAUCUCGUAAUGUCUUUUCUUGGAUGGUGUUUGAAUUUGUAUUUUUUUAAGAUCAAAUGAAAGAAUACUGUAUUUGCUUCCAUGAUGAAGUUUUUUCCAUAUCCUGUAGAAAUGACACAAACCACACACGUUUCAAUCAUACUUUUUGUUUUAAUAGUAUAAUUCUAACAAGUCCACAGUUUAUAUACUUUCUUCUUUUUUUCCCCCCCCAGCAUGUCCCACAACAGCAAGGUUUUCAAGGAUACUGGAAGUGCGUCAAAAGGGAAUCCCUAAAAGGAGCAAAUGAAGUUCUGACACAAAGUGGAAAGAGUCCAUUUUAA